AGCCUCGCCUCGGGUGUAGGGAUUGCAAAGAAAACAAAACUACACCGUUUCGACUGUGUAGUUUUGUUUUUGAGGGCUAGAGGCUCAACCAUUCUCAUGUUGGGAUUGUUUAAAAUCAUCCUCUGGAUAAGGACGUCGUUCCAGAAACUUCCGUUUGGGCUUAGCCCGCUCCACUUAGGCACUCUUGUGAAAUCAGAGUGCCUGCAAAGAUGACAACGAAAGCGCCAACAUUUACACAGCCGUUACAAAGUGUUGUGGCACUGGAGGGUAGUGCUGCAACCUUUGAGGCUCAUAUUAGUGGUUUCCCAGUUCCUGAGGUGAGCUGGUAUAGGGAUGGCCAGGUUAUUUCUGCUGCAGCUCUGCCCGGUGUGCAGAUCUCAUUUAGCGAUGGCCGCGCUAAACUUGUGAUCCCCGCCGUGACCGCAGAUAACAGUGGAAGAUAUACCCUACAAGCCACCAAUGGAUCUGGACAAGCUACAAGUACCGCGGAACUACUUGUUACCGCCGAAACAGCGCCACCCAACUUUUCACAACGACUACAGAGCAUGACAAUUAGACAAGGAAGUCAAGUUCGACUUGACGUGAGAGUGACUGGAAUCCCUACACCUGUGGUGAAGUUCUAUCGGGAUGGAGCAGAAAUUCAAAGCUCCCCCGAUUUUCAAAUUUUACAUGAAGGAGACCUCUACAGUUUAAUAAUUGCAGAAGCUUACCCUGAAGACUCCGGAACCUAUUCAGUAAACGCCACAAAUAGCGUGGGACGAGCCACUUCAACAGCUGAACUGCUCAUUCAAGGUGAAGAAGAAGCCGUUCCCGCUAAAAAGACAAAGACAAUUGUUUCGACUGCUCAGAUUACACAAACAACACGACAAACCCGAACUGAAAAGAAGAUUGAAGCCCACUUUGAUGCCAGAACACUUGCGACUGCUGAGAUGAUUAUAGAAAGUGCCACUGGGCAGCAGCUGCCCCAUAAGGCACCCCCACGCAUGCUUCCUCGUCCUUCCUCUAAGUCACCAACUCCACCAAUCAUUGCAGCCAAAGUACAGAUGGCACGCCAGCAAUCACCAUCCCCAGUCAGACAAUCACCAUCUCCUGUACGACAUGUUAGAGCUCCUACACCAUCACCAGUCAGACCGGUGUCUCCUGCUGGGGUUGGAAGGCUCUCAGUCUCUACGUCGCCUAUCAGACCUGUGAGGUCACCACUCUUGGUCCGGAAAACACAGGCAGCAGCGGCGGCAGCAAUGGGGGCUGAGGUGCUUCCUCCAUGGAAACAGGAAGGCUACGUAGCUACGUCUGAAACCAGAAUGAAAGACACCAGAAUAACUACGAGCGCCACCCAGAUGAGGACUGAAGAAAGAUGGGAAGGGAGAUACGGACUGCAUGAACAGAUUGCUGUCAGCGGAGCCGCUGCAGCAGAUGCCACCCUCGCAGUUGGUGCUGCUGCUGCUGCUGCUGCCGCGGCAGCAGUUACAGAGGACAUUGACAGAACAGCAGCUGUCGCUACAGUAGUUGCAGCUGUUGACAUGGCCAGAGAGAGAGAACCUCUUCCAAGCCCUGUAGAGCAGGUGGCUAGAAGGACAGCCACGACUGCAGUACACAUUCCGCCUGUCCAGGAGCAGGUUAAAAAAGAAGCUGCCAUAGUAGUUACUACUGCUACUGAGAAAGCCAGAGAGCAAGAAAUGAUAUUAAGAGCCAGAGAAGCAGUUACUACAAAAGAAGAACAAAUACAGAUCACUGAGGAAAAGAUACGAAAAGAACCAGUGAAAGUUCCUGUGCCCAGGGUAAUAAUUGCCACUGACACAAUUAAAGAACAAGAACUGAUUUCAAGAGCUAGAGAAGAAAUUCCUAUGAGAAAGGAGGAAAUUCAUAUUACUCGUGAAAAGAUAAGAAAAGAACCAGUGAAAGUUCCUGUGCCCAAGGUAAUAAUUGCUCCUGACACACUUAAGAAACAAGAAGAGAUUUCAAGAGCUAGAGAAGAAAUAUCUAUCAGAAGGGAAGAAAUGCGCAUCGCUCAUGAAAGGACAAGGAAAGAAGUUGUGAAGCCCGUGAAACCUUCUGUACCUAAGGUAGUAAUUACAGCUGACAAACCCAAAGUGCCCGCACCAGUAGUAAAAACUACAGAGAGAAUUACUACCCAGCAAGAAGUACAAGCCCACUUUAUCCAAGAUAAGGUAAGACAGGAGACUGAGAAAAUUGCCAUAGUUCCGAAAAUCACUGAGGUUGAUAAACGCAAGGAACAAGAUAUAAUAUCAAGAACUAGAGAAGAAGUUGCUGGCAAAAGAGAACAAAUCCAUCUAGUUCAUGAUCAGAUUGGUGUUGAGAAAAAGGCUGAAGCCGUAGCCACAGUUGUUCAUGCAGUUGACCAAGCACGCGUUAGAGAACCAAGAGAGCCAGGUUAUGCCGAAGAAGCUUAUUCUGAGCAGGCAUUUUUGGAGUAUGGAUAUAAAGAACAUGCUUUAGCAAGACAUGUUGUUGAGGCACCACCAGAACCACAUAUUGUCACCAAAGAGGUGAAAACUGAGGAGGUUCGAGUUCCUCCUGAAAUACAUGUUGUAGCUGCUGAAAAAAUGGAAAUGGACAUACCAACACAGAUUAAAAGGACUGCAGAAACUUCGCUCGACAAACCAAUCCAUGUGGAACACAUACGUCCCCGUACAGCAAGCCCUCAUUUUACAGUUUCAAAAAUUACUGUUCCUAAACCAGAACAUACUUAUGAGGUUUCAAUAGCAGGAACUGCUAUGGCUACUCUGCAAAAAGAGUUAUCAGCCACUUCUGUUCCAAAGAUAACCAAACCUGUGAAGCGUCCUGUUGCAAAGUCUCCUGAACCCAGAGUGAUGCCAGAGAAAGUCAUCUCUCCACAGUUCCCUUUCGUAGAGACUCCUGCCGACACCUAUCAGAGGCUUUAUGGUGCUGAAAUAAAAAGAGAAAUAGGUGUGAGUGUGCAGGAACGUGAACACGUUGAAUUAAUGCCAGAAGCUGAACCCAAGGUGAUUGAAGUUGCUAGAGUUCCGGAACCUACAGAAGUUCCCGCGACACCCCCAUCUAUAGUCACAAUGCUGAAAAAUGUGACCGUCAUGGAGGGAGAGUCCGUCACCCUGGAGUGCCGCAUCUCUGCAUAUCCUGCCCCAACUGUUGCUUGGUACAGAGAGGACUACCACAUUGAAAGUUCCAUUGAUUUCCAAAUUACCUUUGAGGCAGGAAUUGCUCGCCUUGUGAUUCGAGAAGCUUUUGCAGAAGACAGUGGGAAAUUUACUUGCACAGCUACCAACGAGGCAGGAAGCGUUAGCACUUCAUGCUACCUCCUUGUACAAGUCUCAGAGGAGUUUGAAACCAAAGAAGCUGUUUCUGUAAAAGAAGUCACAGAAGAAAAACGCUAUGUGGAGUCAAAAGAUGUAAUAAUGGCAGAAAUUGCUGCGGCAGAAGAGGUACCUGGAGAAGCUGCAGCUCCGUUCUUUAUAAGGAAACCUAUUGUACAGAAGUUAAUUGAAGGCGGAAGCAUCAUUUUUGAAUGCCAAGUUGGGGGCAACCCAAAGCCACAUGUUUACUGGAAGAAAGCUGGGCUUCCUGUCACUACAGGCUACAGAUACAAAAUAAUUUAUAAAAAAGAAACUGGGGAAUGCAGACUUGAAAUUUCUAUGACUUUUGCCGAUGAUGCCGGAGAAUAUACUAUUGUUGCUCGUAACAAACACGGGGAAGUUUCUGCAUCAGCUUCCUUACUAGAAGAAGCUGAUUAUGAGGUCUACCUAAAAUCUCAAGAAGAAAUCAUGUAUCAAACUGAAGUAACUGCAUAUGUUCAAGAACCCAGAGUAGCUGCGGUUGCCCCACCAACUUUAUAUGCUGACUAUGAAAAGGAAUAUGAAAAAGAACAAGCUCUGAUUAGGAAGAAAAUGGCAAAAGAUACUGUAUUAAUCAGGACAUUUGCUGAUGAACAAGAGUUCCAUAUUUCUUCCUUUGAAGAAAGACUUAUGAAAGAAAUUGAAUACCGGAUUAUUAAGAUCACACUUGAAGAACUUCUUGAAGAAGAUGGAGAAGAGAUGGUAGUUGACAUUCCUGAAUCUGAAACCAUUGAAGCAGGAUUUGAAUUAAGAUUAAAAAAUUACAGAAUCCUUGAGGGAAGUGGUGUGACUUUCCAUUGUAAAAUGACUGGAUAUCCUUUGCCAAAGAUUGUAUGGUACAAGGAUGGCAAGCGUAUCAGGCAUGGAGAGCACUACCACAUGGAAGUCCUAGAAGAUGGCAGAGCCAGUCUACGUUUACCUGUUGUCUUACCUGAAGAUGAAGGCAUUUAUACUGUCUUUGCCAGUAAUGUCAAAGGAAACGCCAUUUGCUCUGCAAAAUUAUAUGUUGAGCCUGUUGGACCAACUGGGUCUCCAGGUUAUAUCCCAUCACCUGAAAUGAUUAGAAGAUAUCGAUCUCUUUCACCUCGAUCCCCAAGCCGUUCCCCUGCACGUAGUUCGCCUUCACGCUCUCCUGCACGCAGGCUGGAUGAGACAGAUGAAUCACAGCUGGAAAGAUUGUACAAACCAGUAUUCGUGUUGAAGCCAACUUCAUUUAAAUGUGCAGAGGGACAGACGGCAAGAUUUGACCUCAAAGUUGUGGGUCGACCAAUGCCAGAGACAUACUGGUUUCACAAUGGUCAGCAAGUUCUUAAUGAUUAUACCCACAAAAUAGUGAUUAAGGAAGAUGGCACACAGUCACUGAUUAUUGUUCCAGCAAUGCCUUCUGAUUCCGGGGAAUGGGUUGUAAUUGCUCAAAACAGAGCAGGAAAAGCAUCCAUUUCAAUGACCUUGACAGUGGAAGCUAAGGAACAUUUGGUAAGACCGUUGUUUGUAGAAAAACUGAAGAAUGUGAGUGUCAAGGAAGGAGAUAAACUGGAAAUGAAUGUGAAAGCCCGGGGUAAUCCUAAUCCUGACAUUGUGUGGCUAAAGAACAGUGACAUCAUUGUGCCCCAUAAAUACCCAAAUAUAAAAAUUGAGGGAACCAAAGGUGAGGCUGCCUUGAUGAUUGAGUCCACCAUCAAACAUGAUGCUGCAUGGUAUACUGCUACAGCCAUUAAUAAAGCUGGACGUGACACUACACGAUGUAAAGUGAAUGUUGAAGUUGAGUUUGCUGAACCUGAACCAGAAAGAAGACUCAUCAUUCCCAGGGGGACAUACAGAGCCAAAGAAAUUGCAGCCCCAGAAUUGGAACCUCUCCAUUUGCGUUAUGGUCAAGAACAGUGGGAGGAAGGUGACCUUUAUGACAAAGAAAAACAACAGAAGCCAUUUUUCAAGAAAAAACUCACUUCCUUAAGGCUCAAACGUUUUGGGCCAGCCCAUUUUGACUGUAGACUCACACCUAUUGGUGAUCCAACCAUGAGAGUAGAGUGGCUACAUGACGGCAAGCCUUUGGAGGCAGCAAACAGACUUCGGAUGAUUAAUGAAUUUGGAUACUGCAGUCUUGACUAUGAUGUUUCCUAUCCCAGAGACAGUGGUGUGAUUACAUGCAGAGCUACAAACAAAUAUGGUACAGACCAUACAUCAGCAACACUCAUUGUUAAAGAUGAGAAAAGCCUUGUUGAAGAAUCUCAGUUGCCAGAAGGCAGGAAGGGACUUCAGCGCAUUGAAGAGUUAGAAAGAAUGGCACAUGAAGGUGCCAUUACUGGUAUUGUAGAAGAUCAAAAAGUGAAACAAAAGCCAGAAAUAGUUUUGUUUCCUGAACCUGCAAGAGUCGUUGAAGGUGAAAUUGCACGAUUCCGCUGCCGGGUAACUGGUUACCCGCAACCGAAAGUCAAUUGGUAUCUCAAUGGACAGCUUGUUCGUAAAAGUAAAAGGUUUAGACUUCGUUAUGAUGGAAUCUACUACCUGGACAUUGUGGACUGCAAAACAUAUGAUACAGGCGAAGUAAAAAUAUCUGCAGAAAACCCUGAAGGAUCAGUUGAACAUUCAGUGAGAAUUGAGAUUCAACAAAGGGAAGAUUUCAGAUCAGUACUUCGCCGGGCACCUGAGCCUAAGCAUGAAGCUCCAACAACAGAGCCUGGAAAACUUUUGUUUGAAGUCCAAAAGGUUGACAAACCAGUUGAGGCAACUACCAAAGAGGUGGUGAAGCUCAAAAGGGCAGAAAAAGUCAGCCAUGAGAAAGUACCUGAAGAAUCUGAAGAACUCCGCAGUAAAUUCAAACGAAGAACUGAGGAGGGCUACUAUGAAGCUAUCACUGCUGUGGAGCUUAAAUCUCGUAAGAAGGAUGAAUCAUAUGAAGAGUUGCUUAAGAAGACAAAGGAAGAACUUCUUCAUUGGACCAAGGAGUUAACAGAAGAAGAAAAGAAAGCCCUAGAGGCUGAAGGCAAAAUCACUAUUCCAACUAUCAAGCCAGAGAAGAUUCAACUUAGUCCAAGCAUGGAGGCUCCCAAGAUAUUUGAGCGUAUACAAAGCCAGACAAUUAGUGAAGGAACUGAUGCCCACUUCCGUGUUCGAGUAGUAGGCAGACCAGACCCAGAAUGCCAGUGGUUCAAAAACGGUGUGCAGAUUGAAAGAACAGAUCGCAUCUAUUGGUACUGGCCAGAAGAUAACGUUUGUGAAUUGGUCAUCAGAGAUGUAACAGCAGAGGAUUCUGCCAGCAUAAUGGUGAAAGCUGUGAACAUAGCUGGUGAAACCUCUAGUCAUGCUUUCUUACUAGUACAAGCCAAACAGCUUAUAAAAUUUACCCAGGAGUUACAAGAUGUCACUGCUAAGGAGAAAGAUUCAAUGGCAACCUUUGAAUGUGAAACCUCUGAGCCCUUUGUUAAAGUGCAAUGGUACAAGGAUGGGAUCGAGAUCUUUUCCGGAGACAAGUACCGAACACAUUCUGACAGGAAAGGUCACUUCCUUUCAGUACUAAUGAUUGACAAGUUUGAUGAAGAUGAUUAUAGCUGUGCCCUUGUAGAAGAUGAAUCUGUAAAAACAACAGCUAAACUAAUUGUAGAAGGGGCUGUUGUUGAAUUUAUAAAAGAAUUGGAGGAUAUUGAAGUUCCAGAAUCCUUCUCAGGGGAACUAGAAUGUGAAAUUUCACCUGAAGAUGUGGAAGGAAAGUGGUAUUGUAAUGGUAUUGAACUGACACCCAAUAAUAAAUAUGUGAUAACCUCACGCCGAGGUCGUCAGAUCCUCACAAUUAAAGAUGUUGCUAAAGAAGACCAAGGAGAGUAUAGCUUUGUGGCAGAAGGGAAAAAGACUUCCUGCAAACUGAAGAUGAAACCACGACCUGUGACUAUCCUUCAAGGUCUUUCUGAUCAGAAAGUCUGUGAAGGUGACAUCGUACAACUUGAAGUGAAGCUCUCCCAGGAAAAUGUUGAAGGUGUCUGGAUGAAGGAUGGCGUUGAAGUUCAACCAAGUGAUCGUGUCCACAUUGUCAUAGACAAGCAGUCACAUAUGCUUUUGGUUGAAGAUGUAACCAAAGAAGAUGGUGGAACAUAUUCCUUUAACAUCCCUAGUGUAUUUCUUACAACAACUGGCCGCGUUACUGUCUCUAGUGUAGAGAUAAUUGUUCCUCUGAAAGAUGUCCAUGUUGUUGAAGGCACAAAAGCCACCCUUGAGAGCAAAAUUUCAGUCCCUGAUGUAUCUUCCUCCAAAUGGUACAUAAAUGAUGAACAGAUAAAGCCUGAUGAUCGUAUACAAGCAGUCUCCAAGGGCAUGAAACAGCGACUCGUCAUUACCAGGACAUAUGCCUCAGAUGAAGGGCAGUGUAAACUAGCUGUUGGCAAAGUUGAAACCAGCUGUAAUCUCAUAAUUGAAAAAAUUAAGAUUAUUAAAGGUCUUCAUGAUAUCACCUGUACUGAAACCCAGAAUGUCACCUUUGAAGUUGAGCUGUCCCAUGCUGGGGUUGAUGUGCUAUGGCAUUUUAAGGGCCAAGAACUCAAAGCCAGCCCCAAGUACAAGAUAGGGGCCCAUGGCACAAUAUAUAAACUGACAGUAGUCAACAUGAUGAAAGAUGAUGAAGGAGAGUACACAUUUUAUGCUGGAGAAAAGAAGACCUCUGGGAGACUUGUUGUAGCAGGUGGCGCCAUUUCAAAGCCCCUCACUGAUCUCACGGUAGCUGAGUCCCAGAAAGCUGUUUUUGAAUGUGAAGUAGCCAAUCCUGAAUCUGUAGGCCAAUGGCUGAAAGAUGGAAAACCACUUGCUAUGACAGAUCGUUGCAAAAGUGAAUCUGAUGGUUUGAAGCGGAGACUUAAUAUCCCAAUCAGCAAAUUGGAUGAUGUUGGGGAAUAUACCUUCCAAGUGGCAUCUUCAAAAACAUCAGCUAAGCUGAAAGUUGAAACUGUCAAGAUCAAAAAGACACUAAAGAACCUGACUGUGACAGAAACACAAGAUGCAGUAUUUUCAGUAGAACUUACUCAUCCAGAUGUGAAAGGAGUUCAGUGGAUUAAAAAUGGUGUUGAGCUACAUUCUAGUGACAAAUAUGAUAUCAAGGUGGAGGGAACUACCUACACACUGAAAGUCAAGAACUGUACUGUAACCGACGAAUCAGUUUAUAGUUUUAAACUGGGAAGAAUAGGAGCAAAUGCUAGACUCCAUGUUGAAACUGUUAAAAUCAUCAAAAAACCAAAGGAUGUGACUGCUCUGGAGAAUGCUGUUGUUUCCUUUGAAGUGAGCGUAUCUCAUGAUGCGGUCCCUGUGAAAUGGUUCUACAAAAACAUCGAGCUCAAGCCAAAUGACAAAUACAGACUGAGUUCUCAAAGGAAAGUUCAUAAGCUGACAUUGCAGAAUAUAUCUCCUGCUGAUGCUGGAGAAUACACAGCAGUUGUGGGACAACUGGAGUGCAAAGCUAAGCUUUUUGUGGAAACGGUACACAUUACAAAGACCAUGAAAAAUAUUGAGGUUCCAGAGACUAAAACGGCCUCUUUUGAGUGUGAGGUGUCUCAUUUCAAUGUACCUGCUGUGUGGCUGAAAAACGGAGUGGAAAUUGAAAUGAGUGAGAAGUUUAAAAUAGUUGUUCAGGGGAAGCUCCACCAGCUCAACAUCUUGAAUACCAGCAGUGAGGAUUCUGCGGAAUAUACCUUCAUCUGUGGGAAUGACAAAGUUAGCGCAACCUUAACUGUCAAACCUGUCCUGAUUACAUCUAUGCUGAAAGACAUCAAUGCAGAAGAGAAAGAUACAAUCACUUUUGAGGUGACUGUCAAUUAUGAAGGCAUUACAUAUAAAUGGUUGAAGAAUGGGGUGGAAAUAAAGUCCACGGACCGAUGCCAGAUCAGGACGAGGAAGCUUACGCAUUCACUCUCAAUAAGGAAUGUCCAUUUUGGAGAUGCUGCUGAAUAUACGUUUGUUGCUGGCAAAGCAGCUUCAGCAGCAACUUUAUACGUGGAAGCCCGCCAUAUUGAAUUUAGAAAACACAUCAAAGAUAUUAAAGUGGUGGAGAAGAAAAGAGCUGUUUUUGAAUGUGAAAUCUCAGAACCUGACAUUUCUGUUCAGUGGAUGAAAGAUGGGCAGGAGCUUCAGCUUGGAGACAGAGUAAAACUUCAGCGGGAAAGAUUUGUUCAUCGUCUUCUGAUUACAUCCACAAAGAUGUCUGAUUCAGGGAAGUACACAGUAGUGGCUGGAGGAAAUAUAUCCAAUGCUAAUUUGGUGGUGGAAGGGCGUGAUAUUCACAUCAGAAGCCUCCAAAAGAAUGUUCAGGUCCUUGAGAGGCAGCGAGCUGUAGUAGAGUUUGAGGUCAAUGAAGAUGACAUUGAUACUCACUGGUAUAAGGAUGGAAUUGAGAUCAACUUCCAAAUUGAGGAAAGAUAUCAUUAUGUGGUGGAAAGACGUGUCCAUAAGAUGAUCAUCACAGAAACUAAAUAUACAGAUGCUGGAGAAUACACCUUUUUAGCUGGAAAAAACAGGAGUUCCAUCACUCUUUAUGUAAAUGCACCCGAGCCACCUGAAAUUCUGAAGGAGCUCCAGCCGGUCACCGUGGAAUCCGGGAAACCAGCUCGUUUCUGUGCUAUUGUGUCAGGCAGACCUCAGCCCAAGAUCUUCUGGUACAAAGAUGAGCAGCCUCUUUCUCCCGGCUUUAAGGUCAAGUUCCUUCAUGAUGCCCAAGAAUACACCUUGUUGCUGAUUGAGACUUUCCCUGAAGAUGCUGCUGUUUACACAAUUGAAGCAAAGAAUGACUAUGGUGUUGCCACCUCUUCGGCAUCCCUUUCUGUGGAAGUGCCAGAAGUUGUUUCUCCUGAUGUAGAAGUGCCCAUUUACCCACCUACCAUCAUUACACCGCUCCGUGAUGCUGUUACAUCUGAGGGACAAUCUACUUUCUUUCAGUGCAGAGUUACUGGGACAGACCUCAAAAUAUCGUGGUAUAGCAAAGACAAAGAAAUCAAGCCAUCCCGCUUCUUUAGGAUGACCCAGUUUGAAGACACCUACCAACUGGAGAUUGCAGAAGCUUACCCAGAGGAUGAAGGAAUUUACACCUUUGUUGCCAGCAAUUCUGUUGGCCAGGUGUCAAGUACAGCUACUCUGAGACUGGAAGGGUUUAAGCUUGAAGAAAUUACCUCAUAUUCUUCAUCUGUUUCCAUUAAGAAGGAAUCCGUUGGCCAAAGGCCCGUCUUUAUCCAGCCCGUUUCAAGCUGCAGAGUAUGCAGCGGGGAAACAGUCAGAUUCCAAGCCAGGGUUUCUGCCAGGCCCAAACCAGAAAUCCUCUGGUUUCAUAACCAGCAGCUAAUGUUGCCAUCCAAAGAUGUAGUUUUCCAUUUUGAUGAGUCGACUGGCACAGCCAUAUUGAUAAUAGUAGAUGCUUUCUCAGAACAUGCUGGGCAGUACUCUUGCCAAGCCAGAAAUAGUGCUGGAGAUGCAACUUGCACAGCUACACUUACAGUGACCACUGAAGCUCUGGAAAAAGUUCUUCAGGAGAAGAUAGAGCAGCAGAUUGAAAUGGAAGUUAAAGAGAUUUCUAGCUCAGUUAUUGUGUCUGCUGAGGAAGAAAGCACCAAGAGUUUCAACAGUGACCUACAGUUAUCUGAUAAAGAUGCAACACAUGAACUCAUGCCUGAAAAAUCCAUUUAUUCCAGCAAUUUAGACAGGAAAGAGGAGAAGAGGGAUAUUCCAAGCUUCCUCAAACAUGUGUCCAGUGUUGAAGUCAGUAUAGGAGAUAUAGCUAAACUUUCUGUUACUGUUACUGGCAAUCCAAAACCUCAGAUACAAUGGUUUUUCAAUAAUGUUAAAGUCACAUCAUCUGCAGAUUAUAAAUUUGUGUUUGAUGAGGAAAGCUACAGCCUCAUUAUUCUUUCUGCAAACUCUGAACAUGAGGGAGAAUACACCUGCAUUGCUAGUAAUGUUCAUGGCAAGACUGCUUGCAGCACUUAUCUGAAGGUCAAUCCUAAAGGAAGCAGCAUGGGAUCAGAGGCAGAGUUCACCAGUGCAGUUUCCACAGAGAUGACAAGAGGUCCUCAACCUCCAUAUUUUGUUAGGAAACUAAAUCCUGUUCACUUUGUGCAAGGUGCGCUAGCUGUGUUUGAAUAUAAGGUGGCCGGUGAGCCGGCUCCUAUAAUUCACUGGUUUAGGGGAAAUGACCAACUUUUCUCCAGUGCACAUUACACCAUCAGUCAUAAUCCAGAUGGUUCUGGGUCUCUGAUGGUGAAUAACUGUCAGAGGGAAGAUGGAGGUUUAUACUUCUGUAAAGCAAGCAAUAUCUUAGGUGAAGCCACAAGUAGUGCAGAACUUCUUAUUCCCCAAGAUGUCCCUGCUGAACUUCCAUAUGUAGAUCAGAAGGCUAUGCAGAUAAAACGCACUAAGAUUUUUAAAGAAACUGUAAGAGAGCAGGCCACUGAGUCACAGAUGUGUACAGUUAAAUUGCCCGAUGAUAUAGGGCACAACGGCCAGCAAACAAUAGCUACUACUGUAAAAGAGGAUAAGCAUCUCCUAUUCUCCGUUCCGAGAGCUGGAGAAGCUAUUUCAGCCAGCGAACCCAAGCAAAAGGUGCAUAUUUCUGGAGCUGAGAGCAUCCAAAUAUUGACCAAGGAAAGCUCUUUGGCAGUCCAAGUACAUAAGUCAGAGAAGGGAGUGCUAGUGCAGGAGGAGCACAGUUGCUUUCAGUCCAUUAUGGCAGCCCAGCAGCGUGAGAUAAGUGAGGCUCAUACAGUGGCAAUGAAUAAUGUUGACGCACCUGAAAAUGUUCAGCCAACCCAAGAGUCAUUAAAGGUACUGCAGGUGGCUCUGAUUGCCUCUGAAGAGACAUUCCCCAAAGAGAGGACCUUUGAAGCAGCUAUGGAAGAGCUGCAAAAAGGCUCCCUGAAGCAGGACAACCUUGUGAAAGCAGCCCUGAUGGCAGAAGAAAAACAGAAGCUCUCCCAUGAACUCACCGAAAUGAUUCCUCAGUUAGAAAGCACAGUCCCAGCAGAGAUACAGAAAGCAGGUGGAAGCCCAUUGCAUUUGCCCAUUGCGUUUGAACAAGCAACUCUUCCUAAAGAAGAGCACUUUAGUGCUGAGGUACCACCAGAAGAUGAAGCCGUAUCUAGGAAAAGCCAAAGGCUGUUUCACAGCUUAAUAACAGAAGAGCAGCUUCCCACGUCAUGCGAAGAAGCUAAGCUUCUUUCUCCCCUGGGGGAAGCAGUCAGCCUGCAGUUUGUCAAAGAGCCUGUUUCUCUUUUGCAUCUCCAGACCAACGACACUGAGCAAGUGUUGUCUAAGGAAGGCAUUUUGGCUUUACCAAAACCUGAAUGCCAAACUGCAUUGCAGAAAGCAGAAAGCAUGAUUAAGCGCACUGUGAUUUGUGAGGAAAAGACCCCAAUCUCUGCAGAUGCCCUGGAGGCCUUUCAGGAUGAGAUUGCUGGAGAAAGGACUUUGACUACAUUAGAGCCUCAGCUCCGUAAGUGUUUGACUGUUGUGGCAGAAGAAUGGCUAUUGCCCAAAGAGCAAAUUCUUCCUCAAAUGGCCACAGAGCAGAAAGCAGUCUUGAAGAAAGAUGAUUUUCAGAUGGUUAUGCAGGCUUCAGAUAUCACUGAAAAGAGGGUCUUGGCUGCUGAGUACAUUAAACCACUGAAGGAUGUGGCAGGCAAGAGCUGUGGGGUAGCCUCUGAGCCCAGACUAGUAUUGGAAUCCCUAUGCGUUGAGGAAUUCGGCGUUCCUAUUGAGAAUGCUGAUCUGUUAGAAGCCACAGAGCAAGAUUUUGCAGCACGAAUCCAAGAAGGACAGUCAGUCAGGCUUCCAUUAAUGCUAGAAGAAAAACAGCCUUUCAAGGAAGAACACGUAAACAAACUCAGAAGUCCGGAAAGUCAACACAUGACAGUCCAGAAACAAUCAAGAAUAGUGAUGGGAAUGCCUGAAACUCUGGAAAACAAAACUCUUUCUAAAGAAAGUCAACUUGCAAGAGAAAUUCUAGCAUGUUGCAGCCUAGAUGUGAAACCUCCAGAAAGAAGUCCCUUAAAAAUAGCUCUAAUAAAUGAACAUCAUUCAUUUUCUUUUGACACUUUCAGUGAUGUAGAAAGUAUUCAAGUAAAAACUGUAAGAAUAGUCAGGGAACCUAAACAUUCUAUGUACAUCUGCCUUGUUACCAAAGAAAGUUCAAAUACUGCAGAAAUAACUCUUCCCUUUGAUGGAAUAUAUUCACAUAAAGCUACCUUAAAAAAUGAAUUGCAAGCUCCAUUUCAGCCUGUUGUUCAUGAAGAGAAAUACACUCUGAUGGCAGAUGAACCCAAAGUUAUAUCUGAAACGAAAUGCUGUAAGUUGCUUAUUAUUUCUUCAUCUUUCAGAGAAAUGCACUCAGGUAUUGUAACUGAUAUGCCUGUUCAACAGCAAACAGUUGGGGAUCUCAUUGGUUGCCUUGAGCCACAAUGUGCCAGAAUGAGUACUGAAUCCAAAAUACAGCUGGAGCAACUUGUGUCUGCCCAAGAAGUCAAAACUGUUGCUCUAAAGGAGCAAAUUAAAGAUGUUGGUACAACCUCACUUACCCUUGAUAUUCCAUCAGUGCCUGCCUCAACUGAAAAACCAAUAGAUACUCUGAAAGUGAGAGAAAGAAAAGAAGAACAUUUUGAGGAACAUGACGAGGAGACACAUAUAGUUGAAGCCAAGGAACAAGAAGACAGAAGUCCCAUCAUGUACCUAGGUUUGAUGGACACUGUUGUUGAGGAAGGUGACAGUGUGAAAUUUACUUCCAACAUAGUAAAUGCUGAGGUGGUAAAUUGGUAUUUUGAGAGUAAUCUGAUAUUUUCAGGCAGUGAGUUCAAGUGUUUGCAAGACCAUGACACUUACACACUCAUAAUCAACCAAGCACUCAAGGAAGUACAUCAAGGAGAGUACACCUGUGAGGCUCUGAAUGAAAAUGGAAAAACGACAGCAACAGCAACACUCACAGUUGUAAAAAGAGUUGCACCCAUCCUGAGGAGAAGGCUAGAAUCCCAAGAAGUUGCUGUGAACCACCUUGCCAAGUUCACUUGUGAGAUUGAAAUGGCACCAGAUGUACGAUUUCAGUGGUACAGAGCAGGACGGGAAAUCUUCGAUGGGGAUAAGUACACCAUUUAUACAGCUAAUUACACAUCGAUUCUUCAAAUCCCAAGACCUCAAGUUGUGGACUGUGGUGAAUACAGCUGCAAGGCAUCCAACCAGUAUGGGAGUGUCAGCAGCAAAGCCACAUUAACAGUAACUGAAGCGUUUCCUCCAACUUUUGUAACCAGACCUGAAUCUCUUACAACUUUUGUGGGUAAGAGUGCCAGGUUUCCCUGUACUGUGGCAGGCACGCCCGUGAUAGACAUAGUGUGGCAGAAGGACGGAGUUCCCAUCUCUUCCACCGAACACUACAGGAUUUUAGCAUCUGACACCAAGCACUGUUUAGAGAUUGCACAUCUCACAGUUAACCACAGGGGGGUAUACAGCUGCAAAGCCUCCAACAAGUUUGGAGCAGAUGUCUGCCAGGCAGAAUUAACCAUUAUCGAUAAGCCACAUUUUAUUAAGGAAUUGCAGUCUGUACAGUCUGCAGUCAAUAAAAAGAUACGUCUUGAAUGUCAAGUGGAUGAAGACCGAAAAGUAACUGUCUUCUGGACUAAAGAUGGCCAUAGAAUACCUCCAGGCAAGGAUUACCGGAUCAUCUUUGAAGACAAAAUAGCAUCACUCGAAAUCCCACUGUCCAAGCUUAAAGAUUCUGGCACGUAUUCCUGCACUGCCACAAAUGAAGCUGGAAGUAGUUCCUCGUCUGCAACAGUAACCAUCAGAGAACCUCCAAAGUUUGCCAAGAGGCUAGACCCAUUCAACGUUGUGAAACAGGGUGACUCCACACGACUUGAGUGUAAAAUCACUGGCUCUCCUGAAAUCAGAGUGGUAUGGUACAGAAAUGAUACUGAGCUCCAUGCUAGUGAAAAGCUCCAGAUGUCAUUCAUAGAUUCUAUUGCAGUUCUUGAAAUGAGGCAUCUCGGCAUUGAAGAUAGCGGAGAUUACAUAUGUGAAGCACAGAAUCCUGCUGGCAGAGCAAGCUGCAGUACAAAACUUCUAGUAAAAGAACCUCCUGUAUUUAGCAGAAAACCAUCUCCAGUAGAUACCCUCAAAGGUACCGAAGUUCGCCUUGAAUGUGAAAUCUCUGGGAGUCCACCAUUUGAUAUCACAUGGUAUAAGGAUAAGAGACAAAUCCGCAGCAGUAAAAAAUACAAGGUCACCUCCAAAAACUACUAUGCAAAUAUUCAUAUUCUUAACAUUGAAACUUCUGACAUUGGUGAAUAUCAGUGCAAAGCGAAGAAUGAUGUGGGAAGUGAUACUUGCCUUUGUACUGUAAAACUGAAAGAACCACCAAAAUUUGUCACCAAAAUCAAUAGUCUAACUGUUGUGGUGGGUGAACCAGUAGAGUUACAAGCAACAGUAGAAGGCUCUCAGCCUAUUUCAGUUUUGUGGCUCAAGGAUAAGGAAGAGGUCAUCCGAGAAAGUGAAAACACUGCAGUAACCUACGUGGAAAACAUUGCCACUUUACAGCUUGCCAAAGCAGAGCCAUCAAGUGCUGGGAAGUAUAUCUGUCAAGUCAGCAACGAUGCUGGAACCCGUGAAUGUAUGGCUAUUUUAACAGUCUUAGAGCCUGCUGUCAUUGUGGAAAAGGCAGAGCCAAUGAAAGUUACUGUAGGAGAUGCCUGUACCUUACAGUGCAAAGUGAGCGGAACCCCUGAACUUUCAGUAGGCUGGUUUAAGGAUGGAAAAGAACUGAUAAGCAGUGACAAAUACAGAAUUGUCUUCUACAAAAACACGUCUACACUUAAAAUUCUUGAUUCAGAAAGGGAAGACAGUGGCCUAUAUACCUUUGGGGUACAGAACAACGUGGGCAAAAGCAGCUGCACCGCUUCAGUUGAAGUUCUAGAUCGGAUCAUUCCACCCUCUUUCACAAGAAAACUAAAAGAAACCCAUGGUGUCCUGGCUUCUUCUGUGGUUCUCGAAUGCAAAGUUGCAGGAUCUCUACCAAUUACCGUUGCUUGGUUUCAUAAUGGUCAUAAGCUGACUGGUGGGGAAAAACAUCAGAUCACCUUUUCUGAUAAUGUUUGCACUUUGCAAAUCACUUCACUGAACUUAUCUGAUACAGGGACUUACAUAUGCAAAGCUGCUAAUGUAGCAGGCUCCAGUGAGACCAGGGCUGUUUUAACCGUGCAAGAACCACCCUCUUUUGUGAAGGAACCCGAAUCUGUGGACAUUUUGCCCAGCAGAAGUGCUACCUUUUCAGCUGCCUUCAGAGGAACUCCACCAUUUAAAGUGAACUGGUUUAGAGGAGUCAAUGAACUGGUACCGAGUGAUAAAUGUAAUAUCUAUUUGGAAGAUUCUGUCACAGAUCUAGAGCUCUUUGAUGUAGAGCCAUCACAGAGUGGAGAGUACACUUGUAUUGUAAGCAAUGAAGCUGGCAAAGUGUCUUGUACAACACAUCUUUUGGUCAAAGAGCCAGCAGUUUUUGUGAAGAAACUAAGUGACCACUGUGUGGAACCAGGAAAAUCUAUAAUUUUAGAGAGCAGGUACACAGGUAGCCUCCCAAUUUCAGUGACAUGGAAGAAAAAUGGAGUCAUUUUAAGCCAAUCUGAUAAGUGCAGCAUCACUACAACCGAGAAAUCUUGCAUUCUGGAAAUACUUAAUAGUACAAAAGAUGACCAAGGGGAAUAUACCUGUAUGGUGGAAAAUGAGGCUGGAGAAGAUAUUUGUGAAGCAUUGGUAUCUACUUUAGAACCUCCUUCUUUCAUCACACACCUGGGGCCUCUUGAAGUAUCAGUUGGAGACUAUACAACUUUACAGUGCCAAGUUUCUGGAACUCCAGAAAUCACAAUAUCUUGGUACAAAGGCGAUACUAAAUUAAGAUCCACUCCCGAGCAUAAGAUGUACUUCAAAGACAAUGUUGCCACAUUGAUAUUUAACAAAGUAGAUGUCGGUGACAGUGGGGAAUAUAUUUGCAAAGCUGAAAACAGUGUUGGAACUGCCUCUUCAAAUGCUAUCUUGACAGUCCAAGAACGAAAACGUCCACCUUCUUUUGUGAAGAUAUUAAAGGAUACAGAGCAAACUAUUGGCUUCCCAGUUAAAUUUGUUUGCCGCCUAAAUGGGUCUGAACCUAUUAGUGUUACUUGGUAUAAAGAUGGUGUACCUUUAAGAGAUGACUUCAAUGUGCAAACCUCUUACAUUGAUAAUGUGGCCACCCUUCAUCUCUUGCAAACUGACAUGGCCCAUACUGGGCAGUAUUCUUGCGUGGCUACCAAUCCUGUUGGGACUGCUACUUCUAGUGCUAGAUUCACAGCCUCAGAAGCCAAACAAGCUCCCUUGUUUGAUAUCACACCUGAAUCUAGAGAUGUUCCUGUGGGAGAAGGUGUUGACUUCGAGUGCCAUGUGACUGGAACCCACCCUAUACAUGUUAUCUGGGCAAAAGAUGGCCGAGAGAUCCGCACAGGAGGAAAUUAUGCAAUCACAUUUGUGGCAAAUACAGCUCACUUAAGGAUUCUGAGAGUAGGCAAAGGAGAUUCUGGACAGUAUACCUGCCAGGCUAGCAAUGAAGUUGGCAAAGACUUUUGCUCAGCUCAGCUUAAUGUGAAAGAACCUCCUAAAUUUGUAAAGAAGCUUGAAGCCUCAAGAAUGGUGAAGCAGGGUGACUCAUGUCAACUUGACUGUAAAAUCAGUGGCUCCCCAGAAAUCAAAAUUGCAUGGUAUAAGAAUGACCAAGAACUCCAUGCUAGUGAUAAAUACUACAUGACCUUCAGUGAUGCUACAGCGGUUCUCAUCAUCGUUGAUGCCAAUCUUGAAGACAGUGGCGAUUACAUUUGUGAAGCUCUUAAUUCUGCUGGCACUGCGAGCUGCAGUACAGUAGUAACAGUAAAAGAGCCUCCUGUUUUUAGCAAGAAGCCUAGCCCUGUAGACACCCUUAAGGGCACUGAUGUUAUCCUUCAGUGCGAAAUUGCAGGCACACCACCAUUUGAAGUUGCCUGGUUCAAAGACAGAAAGCAGAUCAGAGGCAGUAAGAAGUUCAAAGUCACAAUAAAGAACUUCAGUGCCAGUGUUCACAUUCUUAACCUUGAAGCUGCUGACACAGGAGAAUAUCAGUGCAAAGCCUCCAAUGAGGUGGGAAGUGACAUUUGCUCUUGCGCUGUCAAGUUCAAAGAACCACCACGGUUUGUUAAGAAAUUGAGUGACACUUUCACCUACGCAGGGGAACCCACUGCUUUACGAGCUGUAGUGGAAGGUUCCCAGCCCAUUUCUGUUUUGUGGCUUAAGGACAAAGGUGAAAUAAUCAGGGAGAGCGAAAACCUCCAGAUUUCAUUUUCAGACAACAUUGCAACUCUUCAGAUUGCAAGCGCUGAAGCCGCCAGUGGUGGGAAAUACAUCUGCCAGAUUAAAAAUGAUGCUGGGAUGCGAGAAUGUGCUGGAUACUUGCAAGUCCUAGAACCAGCUGUAAUCCUAGAAAAGCCUGAACCAAUGAUAGUUACAGCUGGCAGUGCUUUUACUUUGGAGUGCACUGUGGGUGGGACUCCAGAGCUAAUCACCAAAUGGUUUAAGGAUGGAAGACAGCUGGCCAACAGUCGCAAACACCAAAUUAGCUUUUCCAAUAAAGUAGCAACGCUCAAGGUCCUUUCUGCAGACAUGGAUGACCGAGGGCUAUACACUUUUGAAGUGCAAAAUGAAGUGGGGAAAAGCAGCUGCACUUCCUCCGUGGAUGUCUCAGAACACCUUAUCCCACCUUCUUUUAUAAGAAGAUUAAAAGAAACGUUUGGUGUGCUGGGUUCUUCCAUUGUUCUGGAGUGUAAAAUUGCUGGAUCGCUACCAAUGACCGUGGCUUGGUUUUAUGGAAGCGAUGAGAUCUUCAGUGGAGAUAAAUAUGAAACCAGCUUUUCCGAUAAUGUCUGUACCUUGAAGGUGAAUGCUCUAGAAUCCUCUGACACAGGUCCCUAUACCUGCACUGCUGCCAACGUAGCUGGUUCUGACGAAUGUAGCGCUUUUUUGACUGUUCAAGAACCACCCUCUUUUGCAAAGACACUGGAUCCGCUGGAGGUUUUACCGGGGAUGAGUGUGACAUUCAGGAGUCUGAUCAGAGGAACUCCUCCAUUCAAGGUGAACUGGUUCAAAGGAAGCAGGGAACUUGUGCCAGGGAAAACAUGCAACAUCCUCUUGACAGAUUCAACUGCAGAACUGGAAUUGUUUGAAGUAGGACCUCUCCAGACCGGAGAUUACACCUGCCUUGUUACUAAUGAUGCUGGCAGUGCUUCUUGUACUACACAUCUUUUUGUGAAAGAACCAGCUGUAUUUCUGAAGAAACUGAGUGAUUUCAGCGUAGAGCAUGGGAACUCCAUCAUUCUAGAAAGUACAUUCAGUGGAACUCCUCCACUUUCGGUGACAUGGAAGAAGAAUGGCUUAAACCUCACACAGUCUCCAAAAUGUAAUAUAACGACCACAGAAAAAUCAGGCAUCCUGGAAGUCCUUAGUAGUAACAGAGAAGAUGAAGGAGAAUACACAUGUGAAGUUGCAAAUGAUGCUGGGGAGGAUGUAUGCCAUGCCUUGGUGUCAAUCUUAGAACCACCUUAUUUUGUUAAACACUUGGAAAGUGUGGAGGUGACCAUUGGAGAGCCUUUGUCUUUACGAUGCCAAGCAGCUGGAACGCCAGAAAUUAAAGUGUCGUGGUACAAAGGAGAUACCAAACUAAGAUCUACUCAGGCUUAUAAAAUGCACUUCAAGAACAAUAUAGCUACACUUACUUUCAGCCGGGUGGAGAAUGCUGACAUUGGCGAAUACACCUGCAAAAUAGAGAACAGUGUUGGGUUCGCUACUUCAACAACCAUGCUAGCUAUCAAAGAACGUAAACUUCCACCUUCAUUUACGAAGAAGCUAAAAGAUGUACAAGAAAUGGUUGGGUGUCCUGUUGCUUUUGAUUGCCGCAUCAUUGGCUCUGAGCCUCUUCAGGUGUCUUGGUACAAGGAAGGGCUGCUCUUGCGGGAUGAUCAUAACAUUCAAGCAACCUUCUUAAAUAAUGUAGCAACCCUUCAAAUCUUACAAACAGAGAUGGCUCACUCUGGCCAGUACAUUUGCACAGCUCAAAAUGCCCUUGGAACGGCUUCUUCCAGUGCCAAACUCCAACUCUCAGAACAUCUGAAACCUCCUUUCUUUGACGUGAAGCCUUUGCCUCUUGAUGUUGCUCUUGGGGAAAGUGGUUCUUUCACGUGCCAUGUCACAGGAUCUGCGCCAAUGAAAAUCACCUGGGCGAAAGAUAGCAGAGAGAUCCGUCCUGGUGGCAAUUACAAGAUUACACUGGUAGAAAACACAGCCACACUGACUGUUCUUAAAGUAGGUAAAGGUGAUGCUGGACUUUAUACCUGCUCUGCAAGCAACAGUGCUGGGAAGGAUUCUUGUGGUGCUCAGCUGACCUUCAAAGAGCCACCAAGAUUUAUUAAGAAGUUAGACUCUUCCAGAGUUGUGAAAGAACAUGAUUCAACUAGAUAUGAAUGCAAGAUAGGUGGUUCCCCAGAAAUUCACAUUGCGUGGUACAAGGGUGAAACUCAAAUUCAUCCCAGUGACAAAUACAGCAUGUCUUUCAUUGAUUCAGUGGCAGUCAUUGAAAUGCACAAUCUGACUGUUGAAGACAGUGGAGACUACGCUUGUGAAGCUCAAAAUGCAGCUGGUAGUGCUAACAGCAGUACCUCCCUGAAAGUGAAAGCUCCUCCAGUUUUCCGCAAGACACCUCGGCCAAUAGAAUCCUUGAAAGGAGUUGAUGUUCAUCUGGAAUGUAUGCUUCAAGGCACACCUCCCUUCCAAAUUUUAUGGUAUAAAGAUAAAAGAGAAAUCCGAACUAGCAAGAAGUACAAGAUUUUGUCUGAGAAUUACCUUGCUAGUCUACACAUUCUUAACACUGAUGCUGCAGACGCCGGUGAAUAUCACUGCAAAGCUGUCAACGAUGUGGGAAGUGAUGCUUGCGUUUGUUCUGUGACGCUGAGAGAACCCCCGAGGUUUGUGAAGAAACUUCAUGAUAUCAGUGCACUAGUUGGGGAGCCAGCAGAAUUACAAGCAACUAUCGAAGGCUCUGAGCCAAUUUCUGUUCUUUGGUUGAAAGACAAAGGAGAAAUUAUCCAAGAAAGUGACAACCUCUGGAUGUCAUAUACAGAUAAAGUGGCAAUCCUUCAAGUUGUAAACGCAGAGCCAACCGACGCAGGAAAAUACACUUGCCAGAUUAAAAAUGAUGCUGGAAGUCAGGAAUGUUUUGCUACCAUAUCAGUUCUCGAGCCAGCAACUAUUGUAGAGAAGCCAGAACCAAUGAAAGUUACAGCAGGAGAUUCUUGUACCUUAGAGUGUACUGUUUCUGGGACACCUGAGCUUACCACUCGGUGGUUGAAGAAUGGAAUUGAACUCACUUCUGACCAGAAAUACAAAAUCACUUUCUUCAAUAAAGUAUCUGGGCUCAAGAUUCUGAAUGCAGGUUUACAGGAUAGUGGAGAAUAUACAUUUGAGGUGAAGAACAGCGUUGGUCAGAGCAGCUGUACAGCUUCUGUACAGGUUUCAGAUCGCAUUAUACCACCUUCAUUCACAAAAAGGCUGAAAGAAACACAUGGUCUCUUGGGCUCAUCAACUGUACUUGAAUGCAAAGUCAUUGGAUCCCCUCCAAUCUCUGUUUCUUGGUUCCAUGAUGGUUAUGAGAUCAGUAGUGGAGAAAAAUAUCAAGCAACUCUUACAGAUAACACGUGCUCUUUAAAAGUGAAUGCUCUUCAAGAAUCAGAUAUUGGAACUUACACUUGUAUAGCAACCAAUGUAGCUGGAUCUGAUGAAUGUGAAGCAUAUUUCAUGAUCAGAGAACCUCCAUCUUUUGUGAAGAAACCUGAACCUUUGCAAGUUUUAUCUGGAGCAAAUGUAACAUUCACAAGUAUCAUUAAAGGAACCCUCCCUCUUGAUGUCAAAUGGUUUAGGGGUAGCGUUGAAUUAGUCCCAGGACAUAGAUGUAACAUAUCUCUAGAAGAAUCAGUUGCUGAACUGGAGUUGUUUGAUGUUCACCCUAUCCAAAGUGGAGACUAUACUUGCAUUGUUAGUAAUGAAGCUGGCAAAAUCUCUUGUACAACUCACCUCUUUAUAAAAGAACCAGCCAAAUUUGUGAAGAAACUGAAUGACUUCCGUGUUGAGAAAGGAAAACAGUUAAUUUUAGAAUGCUCAUACACUGGUACCCCUCCUAUUCGGGCAUCUUGGAGGAAAAAUGGUAUAAAUUUAUCUCAGUCAGAAAAAUGCAGUAUUACCACUACAGAAACAUCUGCCAUACUGGAGAUCUCUAACAGCAGACUAGAGGAUGCUGGAUUGUAUUCUUGCCAUAUAGAAAAUGAUUCAGGACAAGAUCAUUCUCAGGCAGCUGUAUCAAUCUUAGAACCACCAUACUUUGUCCGAAAUCUAGAGUCAGUCCAGGUGACAGUCGGAGAUUCUGCAUCAUUACAAUGUCAGAUCGCUGGAACACCAGAAAUCAGUGUAUCAUGGUACAAAGGAGACACAAAACUAAGACCAACCAGUACUUCUAAAAUGCACUAUAAAAACCAAGUGGCCACUUUAGUAUUCAACCAGGUGGAUAGCAAUGAUAGUGGGGAGUAUGUCUGCAAAGCAGAAAACAGUGUUGGGGAAGCUGCAUCUUCAGCACUGCUAUCUGUUCAAGAACGUAAACUUCCUCCUUCAUUUUCACGAAAAUUAAGAGACAUUCAUGAAACUCUCGGCUUACCAGUUACAUUUGAUUGUGGCAUUACUGGUUCUGAACCAAUUGAAGUAACCUGGUAUAAAGAUGGUGCACAAAUAAGAGAUGGCUAUAAUGUGCAAACAUCAUAUUUAAAUAAUGUUGCAGCUCUACAGAUCUCACAAACUGACAUGAGUCUUGCUGGACAAUAUACUUGCACAGCUUCCAAUGCCAUUGGAACUGCUUCUUGUAGUGCCAAACUCAUCCUUACAGAGGGGAAGAGACCACCAUUCUUUGACAUCCCAAUUACGCAUGUUGAUGCAGUUGUUGGUGACAGUGCUGACUUUGAGUGUCAUAUUUCUGGAACACGUCCUAUUAAGGUUACUUGGUCAAAGGAUAAUCGUGAAUUACGAACUGGAGGGAAGUAUCAGAUCAGCUAUAUAGAAAACACAGCCCAUUUGACAAUUCUGAAAGUUGACAAAGGAGACUCUGGAAAAUAUUCAUGUCAUGCUAGUAAUGAAGUUGGAAAGGAGUCUUGCACAGCUCAACUUAAUAUUAAAGAGCGACAGAAUCCACCUAUUUUCACCAAAAAGUUAUCUGAAACGGUAGAAGAGACGGAAGGAAACAGCUUUAAACUUGAGGGCCAUGUUUCUGGUACCCAACCUCUGAUGGUUGCCUGGUACAGAAAUAACCAGGAGAUCUAUGGAAGUCCUAACUGUGAACUAGCAUUUGAGAACAACACUAUUCUGCUGCUUGUUAAAAAUGCAGGACCAGCUGAUGCAGGCUUAUAUACCUGCAAAGUAUCCAAUGAAGUUGGAAGCGCCCUUUGUACUUCCUCCGUUGUCAUUAAAGAACCCAAAAAGCCUCCGGUAUUUGAUCGACCUCUUAAAUCAGUGACAAUAGACGAAGGCAAAAUCCUGCAACUCGUUUGCCAUGUCGUUGGAUCACAGCCAAUUAGGAUCCAGUGGCUAAAAGCUGGGAGAGAACUGAGAUCAACUGACAAAUGCAGCUUCAGCUUUGCAAACGGAACUGCUCUCUUAGAAAUCCAAGCAGUUACUAAAACUGAUUCUGGCGAAUUUGUGUGCAAAGCCUCAAACACAGCUGGAAGUGAUUCUUCCAAGGCAAAAGUGACAGUUAAAGAAAAACCCACAGCUGUACCAGUUGCUAAGGCAGUACCAACUGACGGAAAGCUUUUCUUUGUCUCUGAACCUCGAAGUAUCACUAUAAUUGAAAAGAGUGUAGCAACAUUUAUUGCUAAAGUUGGUGGUGAUCCGAUCCCCAAUGUGAAAUGGAUGAAAGGAAAGUGGAGGCAACUUAAUCAAGGAGGUCGCAUUACAAUCCAGCAAAAAGGAGAUGAGGCCAAGCUGGAAAUCAAGGAUGCAACAAAAACUGAUUCUGGGCAGUACAGAUGUGUGGCUUUUAAUGAGCAUGGUGAAAUUGAAAGUGCUGCCAACCUUCAGGUUGAGGAACGAAGGAAAGAAGUUAUUGAAGGUGACCUAAGAGCAAAAUUAAAAAAAACUCCCACAAAAAGGAAGGAAGAUGAGGAAGAACAGGCAAUUGAUAUCAUGGAACUCCUAAAAAAUGUAGAUCCCAAAGAAUAUGAGAAAUAUGCUCGCAUGUAUGGAAUCACAGAUUUCCGAGGUCUCCUGCAAGCAUUUGAGUUGCUAAAAGAAACCCAGGGAGAAGAAACACACAGACUGGAGAUUGAAGUAAAAGAGAGAUCAAGGAGAGAAGAACAAGAGUUUGAUGAACUUGUAGCAUUCAUUCAGCAAAGGCUUACACAAACAGAGCCCGUUACUUUGAUCAGAGAUAUUGAAGAUCAGACUGUAUUAACAGAUGAAGAUGCUAUCUUUGAAUGUGAUAUUAAAAUAAAUUAUCCAGAAAUCAAACUGUCCUGGUACAAAGGCACAGAGAGAUUGAUCUCAAGCAAGAAGUAUGAAAUCAGAAUUGAAGGAGACCGGCAUAUACUUAAAAUCAGGAAUUGUCAACUUGGAGAUCAGGCAAAUUACAGAGUGGUCUGUGGUCCACAUAUUGCCAGUGCUAAGCUUAACGUGAUUGAACCUGCAGUUGAACGUCAUUUGCGUGAUACUUCCCUCAAAGAAGGCUUUACCUGCUCUUUGGUUUGUCAAUUCUCUGUGCCAAAUGCAAAAUCUCAGUGGUACAGAAAUGGAAAAGUCCUUCAUAUAGGAGGUAGAUAUUCCACAGAUGUCUCCGACAAAGUGCAUAGACUCAUCAUCAAAGAUGUAAGAACAGAAGACCAGGGACAAUAUACCUGCAGAUUUGACCAUCUAGAGACAACUGCUGAGCUAACAAUUGAAGCUGAACCAAUUCAGUUUACAAAGACCAUCCAAAAUAUUGUGGUCAGUGAAUUCCAAUCUGCAACCUUUGAGUGUGAAGUCUCCUUUGAUGAUGCCGUCGUCACAUGGUACAAAGGGGCAACAGAGCUCAAGGAGAGUCUGAAGUACAGCUUUAGGAGCGAAGGCCGAUGCCAUUAUAUGACUAUCCACAACGUUACUGCAGAUGAUGAAGGAGUGUAUUCAGUUAUUGCUCGCCUUGAGCCAAGAGGUGAAGCAAGAAGCACUGCUGAACUCUACCUUACUACUAAAGAGAUUAAACUGGAAGUAAAGCCUCCAGAUGUCCCAGAUGCCCGAGUUGCAGUUCCAGUUGAAGUUCCAGCUGAAGAUGUUCCUGUUCUUCCUAUCUUCAUCCCUGUGCCAGAAGAAAAGAAAAAAGAAAAAGUGAUUAAAAAGAAAAUCAUCAAAAAGGUGACUCCAAAAGUCCCAGAGGAAGUUCCACCUCCUAAAGAACCAGUAAGGAAACCAGAACCACCACCUCCUGCCCCAGUCCCAGUCCCAGUCCCCAUAGUAGAAGAAAUUGUUCCAACCAAAGAACCAGUAAGGAAACCAAAACCACCACCUCCUGCCCCAGUCCCAGUCCCAGUCCCCAAAGUAGAAGAAGUUAUUCCAACCAAAGAACCAGUAAGGAAACCGAAACCACCACCUCCUGCCCCAGUCCCAGUCCCCAAAGUAGAAGAAAUUAUUCCAACCAAAGUUCCAGCCAAGAAACCUGAAAAGAUCAAAGUCACAACUGUGAUUAAGAAGAAGGAGCCUGUUUAUGAGAAGAAGGAAGAAAUCUAUGAGGUUCGCAAAGAAGCAUAUGAAGAAUGGGAAGAGGAAUAUGGGGAGAAACAGGAAUAUUAUGAAAAAGAAGAAGGUUAUGAUGAAGGGGAAGAGGAAUGGACAUAUGAAGAAAGAAAAGUAAUUUACGAGAAAAAACCAGCUUAUCGGGAGGAGUGGGAAGAGGAUUAUGGGGAGGAACAUGAAUAUUAUGAAAAAGAAGAAGGUUAUGACGAAGGAGAAGAUGAAUGGACAUAUGCAGAAAAAGAAGUAACUUACAAGAAAAAGCCAGUUUAUCACGAAGAAGUGGUCCAAGUUCCUAAAAAGCCAGAGCCUGUGCGAAAACCACCAGAAAUUUCAGCCAAGAAAGAAGAAAAGAAAAAAAUCAUUACACAGAAAGUUAUUCGGAAGCCUGUAACUGAAGAGGUGGCAAAAACAGCUCAGCAGCUGGAGGAAGAACGACUGAGAAGAGUUAAAGCUCCAGAAGUUCCAUCCAAAAAACCUGCAGAGAUGCUUGUCCAUGAGGAAGUUAUAGAACGAAAAGUCCCAGCUGAACCGAAAUGGACUAUUUCAGAGGAAAAAGUGACUGUUUCCUAUCACGAAGAAGAAGAAUAUAAAUAUGGUUCAGAACCUGAAGAAUAUGAGGAGGAAGGCUUCUAUGUGGAAUAUCCAACUGAAGAACCAGAAGAGUAUGAAGAAAAAAAGUUCUAUGUAGAAGUUCCCGAAGUUCCACGACCUAAAGUUCCAGUGGUCCCUAAGAAAGCAGAAGAGAAAGUUCCUAUUGCUGUCCUCAAGAAACCAGAGCCUCCGCCAGCUAAAGUUCCUGAGGUGCCAAAGAAGCCAGUCCCAGAAAAGAAAAAACCUGCUCCUCCUGAAAAAGUGGAGGUUCCUCCAGCUAAAGUUCCUGAGGUACCUAAGAAACUUGUUCCAGAAAAAAGAAAGCCUGCUGCAGUCCCCAAGAAAGAAGUACCACCACCAGCUAAAGUGCCUGAAGUGCCAAAGCCAGUCCCAGAGGAAAAAGUGCCUGUUCCCAUUCCUAAAAAAGUGGUACCACCUGCUAAAGUGCCAGAGGUACAUGAGAAAGUUGUUCCAGAAGAAAAAGUUGCCGUUCCGAAGAAAAAAGAGGUUCCCCCAGCUAAAGUACCGGAGGUGCCCAAGAAACCAGUUCCUGAGGAAAAAGUACCCCGACUCCGUAAAAAGGAAGAGGUUUCUCCAGCAAAAGUGCCUGAGGUACCAAAGAAAGUAAUUGCUGAGGAAAAAGUUCCUGUUGCUGUGCCCAAAAGAGUUGAACCCCCUCCAGCUAAAGUGCCCAAGAUGCCUAAGAGGGCUGUUUUAGAAGAGAAAAUGUUUGUUUCUGAAGAAACAGUAUCUGUUACCAUUUCUAAAAGAUUGGAAGCUCCUUUACCUGAAGUGGAAAAAUGGACAGAAGAAGUAGAGGAAGAAGAAGAGGAAAAAGAAGAGGAGGAAGAAGAAGAAGAAGAAGAACCCAUUUCUUAUGAGGCAGAAGAAGAAGUCCCUUAUGAGAAAGAGGAGGAGAUCUCAGAAGUAACAGAAGAGACCUAUUACGCUGAGGAGGAAGUGCAUAUUACUGUUCCUGAAGAAGUGCCACCAAUUAAAGUGCCAGAGGUCCGGAAGAGACCUGAACCAGAGAAGAGAGAACCAGUUGCUCCUCCCAAGAAAGUGGAAGCUCCUCCAGCAAGAGUGCCCAAGAAAGUCCCUCCUGAAGAGAAAGUUCCACCUAAAGUUAAAGAACCUCCACCACCCAAAGUGACAGAAAUCCGCAAGAAAAAAGUGAUUACUGAAGAAAAAGUUUCUGUCUCUAAAAAAGAAGAAGUUCCACCCAAAAAAGUACCAGCUGUGCCAAAGAAAGUUGUCCCAGAAGAGAAAGUCCAUGUUCCAAAACCUAAGAAAGAGGUAGCACCACCACCACCUAGAGAAGUGCCAGAAGUUCCAAAGCGAGUUGUGUCAGAAGAAAAAGUAUCAAUGGUUAUCCCCAAAAGAAAAGUAGCUCCACCAGAAAAAGAAGCCAUGGAAGAGCACUGGGGUUAUACAGAGGAAGUGUCUGUUUCUCUUCGUACAGAGGAGGACGUUUCAUAUACAGUUCCUGAAGAGCCUGAGAGAGCUAUCAGAAAAGAAAGAAUACCUAUAUCAAUUACUGCAAAAGUGAAGAAACCUCCUGCUAAAGUUCCUGAAGUUCGUAAGACUGUAAUUCGAAAAGAAGUGGUCCAUGUGGAAGUUCCUCAGUAUGAAGAAGAGGCUCCUCAGUAUGAAGAAGAGGAAGAAGUUCCCGAAUAUGAAGAGGAAGAAAUCCCACAAUAUGAAGAAGAGGAACAAUAUGUGGAGGAAGUCUCACGAUAUGAGGAGAAGGUCUCACUAUAUGAGGAGGAAGUCUCACGAUAUGAAGAAGAAGUACCUCGUGAGGAAGAAGAAGAAGUAGUAGUGGUACCUCAUUAUGAAGAAGUUCCUGAGUAUGAAGAAGAAGAAGAAGAAGAAGAAGAAGAAGAAGAAGAAGAAGAAGAAGAAGAAGAAAUUCCUCCACCUCCUCCACCUAAAGUGCCUGAAGUCCUCAAGAAACCUGUGCCUGAGAAAAAGGUUCCUGCUGUGCCUGUUCCCAAGAAAAAGGAAGCUCCUCCAGUGAAAGUGCCCAAGGUGCCAAAGAAACCUGUCCCUGAAGAAAAGGUUCCUGUGCCAAAACGGAAAGAAGCUCCACCAGCUAAAGUGCCUGAAGUACCCAAGAAACCAGUACCUGAAGAGGAAGUGCCUGUUCCUGUCCCUAAACGGGUAGAAGCUCCUCCUGCUAAAGUGCCGGCUGUGCCGAAAAAGGUUGAGCCUGAAGAAAGAGUACCUGUUGCAGUUCCUAAAAAACCAGAGCCCCCUCCACCUAAAGUGCCUGAAAUACCUGAGGAAGCAGUGGUUGAAGCUGAAGUGCCUCCACCAGCUAAAGUCCCAGAAGUACCUAAGAAAGUUGUACCAGAAAAGAAGAUUCCUGCAGCUGUUCCCAAAAAAGUGGAGCCACCCCCACCUCCUGUUGCAAAAGUGCCUGAAGUUCCCAAACCUGUUCCAGAAGAGAAAGUGCCUGUUCCCAAGAAGGUGCCAGCUCCACCAGCCAAAGUGCCCGAAGUUCCCAAACCAGUCCCAGAAGAGAAAGUGCCUGUUCCCAAAAAAGUACCAGCUCCACCAGCCAAAGUGCCUGAAGUUCCCAAACCUGUCCCAGAAGAGGAAGUGCCUGUUCCCAAAAAAGUGCCACCUCCACCAGCCAAAGUUCCCAAACCUGUCCCAGAAGAGAAAGUGCCAGUUCCCAAAAAAGUGCCAGCUCCACCAGCCAAAGUUCCCAAACCUGUCCCAGAAGAGAAAGUGCCAGUUCCCAAAAAAGUGCCAGCUCCACCAGCCAAAGUGCCUGAAGUUCCCAAACCUGUCCCAGAAGAGGAAGUGCCUGUUCCGAAAAAGGUGGCACCUCCACCAGCCAGAGUGCCUGAAGUUCCCAAACCUGUCCCAGAAGAGGAAGUGCCUGUUCCCAAAAAAGUGCCACCCCCACCAGCCAAAGUUCCCAAACCUGUCCCAGAAGAGAAAGUUCCUGUUCCCAAAAAAGUGCCAGCUCCACCAGCCAAAGUGCCUGAAGUUCCCAUACCAAUAGUAGAAGAGGAAGUGCCUGUUCCCAAAAAGGUGCCACCUCCACCAGCCAAAGUUCCCAAACCUGUUCCGGAAGAGGAAGUGCCUGUUCCCAAAAAGGUGCCAGCUCCACCAGCUAAAGUGCCUGAAGUUCCCAAACCUGUCCCAGAAGAGGAAGUGCCUGUUCCCAAAAAGGUGCCACCUCCACCAGCCGAAGUUCCCAAACCUGUCCCAGAAGAGAAAGUUCCUGUUCCCAAAAAAGUCCCAGCUCCACCAACCAAAGUGCCUGAAGUUCCCAAACCUGUCCCAGAAGAGGAAGUGCCUGUUCCCAAAAAAGUGCGAGCACCACCAGCCAGAGUUCCCAAACCAGUAGAGGAAGAGGAAGUACUUGAAGUUCCCGAAAGAGUGCCAGCUCCACCAGCCAAAGUGCCUGAAGUGCCCAAGAAAGCAGUCCCAGAAGAGAAGAUACCAGCUGCUGUUCCAGAAGCACCUCCAGCCAAAGUGCCUGAAGUACCCAAGAAACCCAUUCCAGAAGAAAAACUUGUGCCUAAAAAACCAGAGGCCCCACCUGCUAAAGUUCCCAAGGUACUAAAGAAACCUGUUCCAAAAGAAAAGGUUCCGGUUGCUGAGCCAGAAGCUCCACCUCCUGAAGUGCCUGAAGUGCCAAAGAAAGUUGUCCCUGAAAAGAAAGUACCAGCUAAGGUGCCUAAGAAACCAGAGGCUCCACCCACCAAAGUUCCUGAGGUUCCUGAGAUUCCUGAGGUUCCUGAGGAAGUGGUCCCCGAAGAGGAGGUGGUCUCUGAAGAGGAAGUGGUCCCCGAAGAGGAAGUCUAUGUUCCUGAGGUCAAAAAGCCCGUGCCACCUCCUGCCAAAGUUCCAGAAGUGCCCAAGAAAGUCAUCCCAGAAGAAAAAGUUCCCGUGAAAAAGCCAGAACCUCCACCCCCCAAAGUGCCAAAAGUUCGCAAGGAAGUUGUUCCAGAAGAGAGACCUGCUGAACCAGAGGCUCCGCCUACUAAAGAACCAGAGCCAGAAAAGAAGAUAAUCCCCAAACCCAAACCCCGUGUUCCUAUCCCACCGAAAGAGGACAUUAAGGAGGCAAAGGUUCAGCUGAAAGCACCUGGACUGAAACCACGGAAACAACUUCCUGAGCGUGCUGCUCCUCCACCUAAGGAAGAAGUUAUUCUGAAAAGAGUCACAAAAGCUGUUAAGAAGCCUGAGGAGGAAGAGGCUAAACCAGAGAAAGAGCCUAAAGUGGAACCCAAGCCUGUUGAAAUAAUUAAGAAGCCUGAAGUGCCAGAGAUUGAAAAGAAGAAAAUUGAGAUUCCACCAAUCAAGAAAAAAGAAGAAAAAGAAAAGCCAGUGCCUGAACCAGCCAAAGUUGCAGAACCUAAACCAGCAACGAUUCCUGAACCAAAGCCUGCUGUAGCUCUAAAAUCUCCUAAGCCAGUUGCAGAACCAGCACCUGAAGUUGCUCCUGUGACAACUCCAGUGGUUGGGAAGAAAGCUGAGCCCAAAAUUACACCAAAGGAGGAAGCUGCCAAGGGUAGAAGUCCUAUUAAAGCCAAAAAGACACCUUCACCCCUUGAUGCAGAAAGGAGGAAAUUAAGGCCAGGAAGUGGCGGAGACAAGCCACCUGAAGAGCCUCCCUUCACAUACCAACUGAAGGCUGUUCCACUCAAGUUUGUGACAAAGAUUAAAGAUAUUGUGCUGACAGAAGCAGAGUUCAUUGGCUCUUCUGCCACCUUUGAAUGCCUCAUCUCUCCAUCCACUGCUGUCACCUCUUGGAUGAAGGAUGGCAGCAACAUCCGGGAAAGCCCUAAGUACAGGUUCCUGUCUGAUGGCAAAGACCGGAAGCUCCAUAUUCUUGAUGUUCAGCUUGCAGAUGCUGGGGAGUACACUUGUGUCCUGAAGCUGGGAAACAAAGAAACAACAUCAACUGCUAAACUCGUUGUUGAAGAACUGCCAGUGCGCUUUGUGACGCCCUUGGAGGAGGAAGUUACUGUCAUCAAAGGGCAACCCUUUUAUUUAAGUUGUGAGCUAAACAAAGAGAGAGAUGUUGUAUGGAGAAAAGAUGGGAAAAUUAUCCUGGACAUACCUGGGAAACUUGCUGUGGGCAUUAUUGGCUUACAGAGGGCCAUUACAAUCAUGGAUGCUACUGACAAUGAUGGUGGAGAGUACACUGUAACUGUUGCAAAUACUGAACUCAGUUGUAAAACAACUGUUAAAGUUGUUGAAAUGAUAAAGGACUGGCUAGUGAAGCCCAUCCGAGACCAACAUGUGAAACCAAAAGGCACUGCAACAUUUUCUUGUGACAUUGUUAAAGAUACCCCAAAUAUUAAAUGGUACAAAGGUGAUGAAGAAAUUCCUCUUGAACCUAAUGACAAAACUGAAAUUAUAAAAGACGGGCAUCAUAUCUACCUCAAAAUUAAGAAUGCCACACCAGAUGACGUUGGAGAAUAUACAGUUGAAGUUGAAGGUCGCAGAUAUACAGCAAAACUGACACUAGGAGAACGUGAAGUUGAACUGCUUAAACCCCUUGAAGAUGUUACUGUUUAUGAGAAAGAAACAGCAAAUUUUGAUACAGAGAUUUCUGAAGAAGACAUCCCUGGGGAAUGGAAGCUGAAAGGAGAAAUCCUCCGACCCUCUCCUACUUGUGAGAUCAAAGCUGAAGGAGGAAAACGCUUCUUAACGUUACAUAAAGUCAAAUUAGACCAGGCUGGGGAAGUUCUCUACCAGGCUUUGAAUGCAAUUACUACAGCCAUCCUAACAGUAAAAGAGAUUGAGCUGGACUUCAUUGUGCCUUUGAAAGAUGUGACCGUGCCGGAGAAACGGCAGGCAAGGUUUGAGUGUGUGCUCAGCAGAGAAGCCAAUGUCAUGUGGUCCAAAGGCACUGACAUCAUCAAAAUUGGGGACAAAUUUGACAUAAUUGUAGAUGGAACAAAGCAUAUUCUAGUUAUCAAUGAUUCUCAGUUUGAGGAUGAAGGGGAGUACACAGCUGAAGUUGAAGGGAAGAAGACUACAGCAAGACUGUUUGUAGAAGGUAUUAGGCUGAAAUUCAUCACUCCCCUCAAAGAUCAGACAGUGAAGGAAGGAGAGACCGCUUACUUUGAUUUUGAACUUUCUCAUGAAGAUAUGCCAGUAACCUGGUACAAAAAUGAUAAAAAACUUCAUAAUAGUAGGUCAGUUCAUAUUUCUGCAGAAGGGAAGAAACACAAACUGGAAAUAAGUGAAGUGACGCUGGACGAUAUCUCUGAAAUCAAAGCCGUAGUUAAGAACUUGCAUACUGAGGCACACCUAAAGGUCUUAGAGGCUGAUCCAUAUUUCACGGUGAAAUUGCAAGACUAUACUGCUAUUGAAAAAGAUGAUGUCGUUUUGGAGUGUGAACUUAGCAAAGAUGUGCCAGUGAAGUGGUAUAAAGAUGGUGAGGAACUGGUAGCUUCCAAGAGAAUCUCCAUAAGGACUGACGGCAAGCGCCGCAUAUUGAAAAUUAAGAAAGUGUCAGAUGCUGAUAAAGGACAUUAUGAAUGUAAUUGUGGGACUGACAAGACAAAUUGUGAACUUAAGGUUGAGGCUCGAAUGAUAAAUGUAGAGCGUCCCUUAUAUGGUGUGGAGGUAUUUGUUGGUGAAACAGCACGAUUUGAGAUUGAAAUCUCUGAGCCUGAUGUUCCUGCAGUUUGGAAGUUAAAGGGAGAAACUUUAACAGCUUCACCUGAUUGUGAAAUGAUUGAAGAUGGCAAGAAACACAGCCUCGUUCUUUACAACUGCAAGUUGGAUAUGACAGGAGAAGUGUCUUUUGAGGCUGCCAAUGCUAAAAGUGCUGCAAAUCUGAAAGUGAAAGAGCGGCCUCUCCUCAUUAUAACUCCUCUCAGCGAUGUCAAAGUCUUUGAGAAGGAUGAAGCUAAAUUUGAAUGUGAGGUCUCUAGGGAACCAAAGACUUUCCGAUGGUUGAAAGGAACCCAAGAAAUCGCAGGAGAUGAGAAGUUUGAAAUCAUAUCAGAAGGCACAAGGCAUGCUCUUGUCAUUAAGAGUGUGGCUUUUGAAGAUGAAGCAAAAUAUAUGUUUGAGGCUGAAGACAAACGAACAAGUGCUAAACUGAUCAUUGAAGGCAUUCGUCUUAAAUUCAUUACCCCACUCAAAGAUGUAACAGCAAAGGAGCGUGAGUCUGCAAAAUUCACUGUUGAGCUUUCCCAUGGCAACAUUCCUGUCAUCUGGUAUAAAAAUGACCAACGACUCCAUACAUCCAAGGUUAUUUCGAUGAAAGAUGAUGGCAAAUUUCAUACACUCAUAUUUAAAGAUCUCACUAUUGAUGACACAUCUCAGAUCAGAGUGGAAGCUAUGGACAAAUCAAGUGAAGCUAAACUUACUGUUCUUGAGGGAGAUCCUUAUUUUACUGGGAAGCUUCAAGAUUACACUGCUGUGGAAAAAGAUGAGGUUGUUUUACAGUGUGAAAUUAGCAAAGCAAGUGCUCCAGUAAAAUGGUUUAAAGAUGGACAAGAAAUAACUCCAUCUAAGAACGUGAUUAUCAAAGCUGAUGGCAAAAAGAGAAUGCUUAUCCUCAAGAAGGCACUGAAAAAAGAUAUUGGUCAGUACACCUGUGACUGCGGUACUGACCAGACAUCUGCCAAGCUCAACAUUGAAGACCGUGAUAUAUCUAUUGUGCGUCCCCUAUAUAGUGUGGAAAUAUUUGAGACGGAGACAGCUCGUUUUGAAACUGAAAUCUCCGAGGAAGAUAUUCAUGCAAACUGGAAACUGAAAGGACAAUCCUUGGCUCAGUCACCUGAGUGUGAUAUUAAGGAAGAAGGGAAAAGGCACUGUGUUGUACUCUACAAUGUACGCUUGGACCAAGCUGGUGGUGUAGACUUCCAAGCGGCCAACGUCAAAUCAAGUGCUCAUCUUCGAGUGAAACCCCGUAUCAUUGGCCUGCUGAGACCACUCAAAGAUGUAACUGUGACGGCUGGUGAAACGGCAACAUUUGAGUGUGAACUCUCCUAUGAGGGAAUUGUAGUGGAAUGGUUUCUGAAGGGACAGAAAUUGGAACCCAGUGACAAGGUUGUGCCCCGUGCUGAUGGAAGAGUUCAUACUCUUGUUCUCAGGGAUGUGAAGCUAACAGAUGCUGGAGAAGUCGCACUGACUGCAAAGGACUUCAAAACUAAAGCAAACCUUUUUGUAAAAGAACCACCUGUGGAGUUUACUAAACCCCUUGAGGACCAAACUGUGGAGGAGGAAGCCACUGCAGAAUUGGAGUGUGAAAUAUCCAAAGAAAGUGCGCCUGUGAAAUGGUUCAAGAAUGGUCAGGAAAUCCACAAAACAAAGAAAUAUGAUAUCAUCGCUGAUGGCAGAGUCAGAAAACUUGUCAUUCGUGACUGCACGCUGGAUGAUGCUAAAACAUACACCUGUGAUGCUAAAGAUUUCAAAACUUCUUGUUUCUUGAACGUUGAACCCCUUCGUGUUGAGUUUAUUAAACCUCUUACUGAUCUUGAAGUUAAGGAAAAGGAAGUGGCUCGGUUUGAAUGUGAAAUUUCCCGACCAUCUGUUAAGGCACGGUGGUUUAGGGAUGGAACCGAAAUCAAAAAAGGCAAGAAGUAUGACAUCAUUGCAAAAGGUGCCGAGAGAAUACUUGUCAUCAACAAAUGUUUACUUGACGAUGAAGCAGAAUAUGCUUGUGAAGCAAAAGCAGCCAGAACCUCUGGCAUGCUUACAGUGAUAGAGGAGGAAGCUGUCUUUACUAAAAACCUGCCCAAUGUGGAAGUUAAUGAAACAGAUACCAUCAAAUUUAUUUGUGAAGUCUCCAAACCUGGUGCAGAAGUAACAUGGUUCAAAGGUGACCAGGAGCUGCCUGAGGGUGGUAGAGUUGAACAAAAAGCUGAUGGCCGAAAGAGAAUUUUGAUCAUUCACAAUGCUCGCCUGGACGAUGCAGGAGCCUACAGUUGCAAGCUUCCAAGUGCUCAGACAACAGGCAAACUCAAAGUUAAUGAGCUUGCAGCAGAGUUUAUAACUAAACCUCAAAACCUUGAAGUUAUUGAAGGAGAAAAGGCAGAAUUUUCCUGCUCGGUGUCUAAAGAUGGUGUUGAUGUGCAAUGGCUCAGAGGCGAUACUGUUCUUGAAGCAGGUGACAGAUACGAUAUAUAUUCUGAUGGCAAAAAGAGAGUCUUGGUCAUUAAAGAAUCCAUCUUGAAUGAUGAGGGCCGUUAUACUGUCAUGCUUGGAGAUGUCAAAGCAAAAGCAAACUUGAAAGUGAUUGAAAAACUCAGGAUUGUUGUUCCACUGAAAGACCAAAAAGUUAAAGAAGGAGAAGAGCUUGUCUUCAACUGUGAAGUUAAUACAGAAGGUGCCAAAGCUAAAUGGUACAAAAAUAAUGAACCAAUAUUUGAUAGUGUAAAAUACAUCAUGGUCCAUAAGGAUUUGGUGUAUACUCUAAGAAUCAGAGAUGCUCAUCUGAAUGACCAGGCAGUUUACACAGUAACGCUAACAAAUCAGCGAGGAGAACACGUCAAGACAUCUGCUAAUUUAACUGUACUUGAGGAAGAUCUCAGAAUUGUUGAACCUCUUCAAGACAUUGAAACCAUGGAAAAGAAAUCUGUCACAUUCUGGUGCAAAGUUAACCGUCUUAAUGUGAAACUUCCAUGGACAAGGAAUGGUGAAGAAGUCACUUUUGACCGCCGCAUUUUAUACAAAGUGGAUAGAUACAAGCAUUCCCUUAUUAUUAAAGACUGUGGGUUUAUAGAUGAAGGAGAAUACACUGUCACUGCUGGCCAAGAUAAAUCUGUAGCGGAGCUUAUUAUCACAGAAGCACCUGCAGAUUUCAUUGAACAUUUGCAGGACCAAACAGUUACUGAAUUUGAUGAUGCUGUCUUUAGUUGCCAGCUUUCCAAAGAGAAAGCAGCUGUGAAGUGGUACAGAAAUGGGCGUGAAAUAAAAGAAGGCAAAAAGUAUCAGUUUGAAAAGGAUGGAAAUUUACACAGAUUAAUUAUAAAAGAUUGCAGACUAGAAGAUGAAUGUGAAUAUUCCUGUGGAGUGGAUGACAGGAAAUCCAGAGCAAGACUCUUUGUUGAAGAAAUUCCUGUUGAGAUUAUCCGCCCACCACAAGAUGCUUAUGAAGCUCCUGGUACUGAUGUCAUCUUUUCUGCUGAACUGAAUAAAGAUAAAGUGGAGGUCAAAUGGUUGAGAAACAACAUGAUUAUAGUCCAAGGUGACAAACAUCAAAUGAUGAGUGAAGGAAAGAUCCACAGGUUGCAGGUCUGUGAAAUAAGGCCCCGUGACCAAGGAGAAUAUCGAUUUAUUGCCAAAGAUAAAGAAGCUCGAGCUAAGCUAGAACUAGCAGCUGCUCCAAGAAUAAAGACAGGUGAUCAAGAACUUGUGGUAGAUGUUGGGCAACCAUUAACCAUGGUUGUUCCAUAUGAUGCUUACCCACGAGCAGAAGCCGAGUGGUUUAAAGAAGAUGAAGCCUUACCCACUCAGACUGUUGAUACUACAGCUGAGAGUACUACUUUCAGAAUUCCUGCAGCCAAGCCAUCACACCAGGGAAGUUACAAAAUUAUACUGAAAAAUAAACAUGGAAAAGCAGAAGGUCACAUCAACGUUAAAGUAAUCAAUGUCCCUGGCCCAGUGAGGAACUUGGAAGUCACAGAAACAUUCGAUGGUGAAGUCAGCCUUGCAUGGGAAGAGCCAGAAAGUGAUGGUGGUAGUAAGAUCAUAGGUUAUGUAGUGGAAAGGCGUGACAUCAAACGCAAGACCUGGAUUUUGGCAACUGAUCGUGCUGAUAGUUGUGAAUAUACAGUAACUGGUCUUCAAAAAGGAGGAGUGGAGUAUCUCUUCCGUGUGAGUGCAAGAAACAGAGUCGGCACCGGUGAACCUGUGGUAACAGACAAACCUGUUGAAGCAAAGAGCAGAUUUGAGGUGCCAGGUCCUCCUCUCAAUGUCCAGGUUGCUGAUGUGAACAGGUCCAGUGUAACUCUUACCUGGGAGCCACCAGAAUAUGAUGGAGGAUCUCCAAUUACGGGCUAUGUGAUUGAGCUGCGUGACAAAGGAUCCAUUAAGUGGGAGCCAGCUAUGACUACAGCAGCCCAUGAAUUAUCUGCAACAUUGACUGAUGUUGUGGAGAACAAAGAAUACUUUUUCAGGGUCAGGGCACAAAACCAAGUUGGAGUUGGCAAACCCAGUGCAUCUACACAUGCAGUGAAGAUUACAGAUCCAAUUGAAAGACCAAGUCCUCCCAUUAACCUUGAUCAUUCUGACCAAACUAAGUCAUCUGUGAAACUGACAUGGGAGCCUCCAAUAAAAGAUGGAGGCAGUCCAAUUUUGGGUUACAUUAUAGAACGACGUGAAGAGGGAACAGAUGACUGGAUUCGCUGCAAUCUAAAGCUUGUACCUAAGCUUUCUUAUAAAGUGACUGGAUUGACACCUCUAGCUAAGUAUUAUUAUAGAGUGUCUGCAGAAAAUGCUGCUGGUAUAUCAGAUCCAACUGAAGCUAUUGGACCACUACUUGCAGAUGAUCCUCAUGUUGGACCUACAAUGGACUUAAGUGGAUUUAAAGAUGGACUUGAAGUUAUUGUUCCAGAGCCAGUGAAAAUCCGUGUUCCCAUCACUGGCUAUCCAGUUCCCACAGCCACAUGGUCAGUGGGUAGCAAAGUUUUAGAAGAUGGCAAUCGGGUGAAAAUUGAGACUAGUGCAGCCUUUGCACAACUUACUAUUACACCAAGUGAACGGCCAGAUAAAGGCAUUUAUACUCUGAAAUUAGUCAAUCCGGUAUCAUCUGUAUCAGGAGAAAUUGAUGUUAACGUCAUUGCUCGCCCAAGCGCACCGAGAGAACUAAAAGUUGGAGAAAUAACUAGGAACACAGUACAACUAACAUGGGAACCACCUGAAAAUGAUGGAGGAAGCCCUUUGACUGGCUAUCUUGUUGAGAAACGUGAAGUGAGCCGCAAAACAUGGAUUAAAGUGAUUGACAAGGUUCUUGACCAAGACUUUACUGUCCCAGAUCUUGCCCAAGGGAAAGAAUACUUAUUCAGAGUUUCAGCAUGCAACAAAUGUGGACCAGGAGAACCUGCUUACAUCGAUGAGCCAGUUAAUAUGACAGCGCCUGCUACGGUUCCUGAUCCACCAGAAAAUGUUAAAUGGAGAGAUCCAACAUCCAAGUCCAUUUUCCUUACAUGGGAUCCACCUAAAUUUGAUGGUGGCUCACGUAUCAAAGGCUACAUAGUUGAAAAGUGCCAGCGUGGCACUGACAAAUGGGAGCCCUGUGGUGAACCCGUAGUUGAGACCAAAAUGAAAGUGGAACCACUUAAGGAAGGGGAAUGGUAUGCUUAUCGUGUGAAGGCUCUGAAUAAGCAAGGAGCCAGUAAACCAAGCAAACCAACAGAUGAAGUCCAGGCAGUGGACGCAAAGGAGGCUCCAGAGAUUUUCUUAGAUGUGAAAUUACUUGCUGGAAUCACUGUCAAAGCUGGAACUAAGAUAGAGCUGCCUGCAAGAGUAACUGGAAAGCCUGAACCUCGGGUUACCUGGACAAAAGCGGAACAUAUCUUGAGACCUGACAAAAGGAUCUCCAUUGAAACCAAACCUAACCAUUCCACAGUGAUAAUAACAGACAGCAAGAGGAGUGAUACUGGCACCUAUAUUAUUGAAGCUGUAAAUACCAGUGGACGGGCAACAGCAACUGUUGAAGUUAAUGUUCUAGAUAAGCCUGGUCCACCAGCUGCUUUUGAUGUGUCUGAUAUAACAAACGUGUCUUGCCUUUUGACAUGGAAUCCUCCUCGAGAUGAUGGUGGAUCCAAAAUCACAAACUAUAUUCUAGAGCAAAGAGCUGCAGACAGUGAAAUAUGGCACAAAUUAUCAUCCACCAUCAAGGAAACAAAAUUCAAAGUUACAAACCUCACACCUCUUAAAGAAUACAUCUUCAGAGUCAGUGCAGAGAACAUGUAUGGAGUUGGAGAACCAGCACUAUCCAGUCCUAUAAUUGCUAAAUAUCCAUUUGAUACACCAGGUCCUCCAACAGGAGUUAAGCCUAUUGAGAUCACUAAAGAUUCUGUAACAUUAACUUGGACUGAACCAGAUGAAGAUGGAGGCAGCCCUAUCACUGGGUACUGGGUUGAACGGUUUGACCCUGAACAAGAUAAAUGGAUACGAUGCAAUAAAAUACCAGUUAAAGAUACAACAUUCAAGGUAAAGGGUCUUACAAACCAUAAGAAGUACAAGUUCCGGGUCUUGGCAGAGAAUCUUGCUGGGCCAGGAAAACCGAGCAAACCCACAGAUGCAAUCUUAGUGAAGGAUCCCAUUGAUCCUCCAUGGCCUCCUGGGAAACCAACGGUGAAGGAUGUUGCCAAGACAUCAUGUUUCCUACAGUGGACAAAACCAGAACAUGAUGGGGGUGCCAAAAUUGAAUCCUACGUCAUUGAGCUGCUAAAGACUGGCACAGAUGAAUGGGUGAGAGUGGCGGAAGGUGUUCCCAUGACAGAACAUUUCCUCAAAGGACUUAUGGAAAAACAGGAAUACUCUUUCCGAGUAAGAGCUGUGAACAAAGCUGGAGAGAGCGAACCUAGUGAACCCAGCGACCCCGUGUUGUGCAAGGAGAGGCUAAGUCCGCCUUCACCACCACGAUGGCUCGAGGUCAUUAAUAUCACUAAAAACACCGCAGACCUUAAAUGGACAGUGCCAGAAAAAGACGGGGGUUCUCCUAUUACAAACUACAUUGUUGAAAAGAGGGAUGUGCGGCGGAAAGGCUGGCAGACUGUGGACACCACAGUUAAGGACAUCAAAUAUACUGUGACACCUCUGACCGAAGGCUCUCUCUAUGUAUUCCGUGUGGCUGCUGAAAAUGCAGUGGGACAGAGUGAUUACUGUGAAGUUGAGGACUCAGUUCUAGCUAAAGACACUUUCACUACUCCUGGAGCACCAUAUGCACUUACACCAGUUGAGGUGACAAAGAGACAUGUUGACUUAAAAUGGGAACCACCUAAGAAUGAUGGUGGCAGACCAAUUCAACGAUACGUUAUCGAAAAGAAAGAGAAGCUCGGCACACGCUGGGUGAAAGCUGGCAAGACAGCUGGACCUGACUGUAAUUUCAGAGUCACUGAUGUCAUUGAAGGCACAGAGGUGCAAUUCCAAGUUCGUGCUGAAAAUGAGGCUGGCUGUGGUCAUCCUAGUGAACCAACCGACAUCCUGGCUAUUGAAGAUCCAAUGAGUCCUCCUUCACCACCUCUGGAUUUGCAUGUAACAGAUGCAAGCAGAAAACACAUUUCCAUUGCCUGGAAACCACCAGAGAAAAAUGGUGGAAGUCCUAUCAUUGGGUACAAUAUUGAACUCUGUGAAGCAGGAACUGAAAAGUGGAUGCGAAUAAAUUCUCGGCCAGUCAAAGACUUGAAAUACAAAGCAGAAGAAGGCAUUGUACCUGACAAGGAAUAUGUUCUCAGAGUCCGAGCUGUCAAUGCAAUAGGAGCUAGUGAACCUUCAGAUAUAUCAGAAACGGUUGUAGCCAAAGAUCCAGAUUGUAAUCCGACUAUUGAUCUAAAAACUACAGAUAUUGUUGUGGUUGAAGGUCAAAAGUUAAGCAUUCCAGUUCCCUUCAGAGCUGUUCCUUCUCCAACCAUUGCAUGGCAUAAAAAUGGGAAGGAAGUUAGAGCAGGUGACAGAACCACAAUGAAAAGCCACUACGCUUCUGCCUUGCUGGAAGUCACAGAUGUUGUCCAUGCAGAUGCUGGUGUUUACACCAUUAACUUGGAGAAUAGAUUGGGUUCAACUACUGGCACAAUUAAUGUCAAAGUAAUAGGUCUGCCUGGACAAUGCAAAGAUAUUAAGGCAAGUGAAGUAACUAAAAGCUCAUGCAAAGUUACCUGGGAACCUCCAGAAUUUGAUGGCAAUACUCCCAUAUUACACUAUGUGUUGGAAAGAAGAGAAGCUGGGAGGAGAACAUACAUACCAGUGAUGUCUGGUGAAAACAAAUUGGCAUGGCAUGUAAAGGAUCUUAUUCCAAAUGCUGAAUACUAUUUCCGUGUUAAAGCUGUCAAUAAAAUUGGAGGAGGUGAAUACCUUGAAAUGAGAAAUCCAGUGAUUGCUGAAGAUCCAAAGCAACGACCAGAUCCACCUCUUGAUCUUGAGACUCACAACCCAACAUCAAAGUCAGUAACGCUCACAUGGAAACCACCAUUGUAUGAUGGAGGAACGAAAAUUAUGGGUUAUAUUUUGGAAAAACUAGUUAAAGGAGGAGAUAAGUGGGAAAGAUGCAAUGACUAUUUAGUACCUCUUUUGACUUACACUGUAAAAGACCUUGAAGAAGGCAAAGAAUAUCAGUUCCGAGCCCGUGCUGAGAAUGCUGCAGGAGUCAGUGAACCAUCUAAUAUUACUCCUCUAGUGAAAGCAGUGGAUCCUAUUGAGGCUCCAAAGGUCUCCCUUAGUGCUAAUUUGCAGGCUGGCCUUGAAGUGAAGCAAGGUGCUGAUAUUCCACUAGACGCACGGAUUUCAGGUUCACCUUACCCAGCAAUUGCUUGGUUAUGGAAUGAUGAAGUUAUUAGACCAGAAGAAAUUAAGAAGAGAGUCAUCAAGAUUUCUAGGAAGAAGAAAGGUGAAGCUGAAGAUGAUGAGCCUUUCCACUUAUCCUUGCCUGAGCGACUAAGCAUCGACAAUAGUAAAAAAGGAGAGUCUUUUCUGGUUGUACGAGACUCACUCAGAGCAGAUCACGGCACAUUCACUAUACGAGUUGAAAAUGACCAUGGAGUAGCAAAAGCUUCCUGUGAAGUCAAUGUUUUAGAUGUACCUGGACCUCCAGUCAACUUUGUUUUUGAAGAUGUUAGAAAAAAUUCCAUAACUUGCAAGUGGGAUCCUCCUCUUGAUGACGGUGGUAGUGAAAUACUGAAUUAUAUCUUGGAAAAGAAAGACAGUGCAAAAACUGAAGCUGGCUGGGUUACUGUCACUUCCACACUUAGGCACUGCAAAUAUAACGUGCUUAAACUGAUUGAAGGAAAAGAAUACGUCUUCCGUGUGAAAGCCGAGAACAGAGUAGGGGCUGGACCACCAUGUAUUUCAAAACCUGUUGUAGCUAAAGAUCCAUUUAGUCCUCCUGAUGCACCUGAUAAACCUUUAGUAGAGGAACCUACUAGCAGUAGUAUGUUGGUUAAAUGGAAUGAACCUAAAGACAAUGGUAGCCCCAUUCUGGGGUACUGGAUUGAAAAACGUGAAAUCAACGGAACUCAUUGGGCUCGGGUGAAUAAAGAUCGUGUGAAUGCUCUGCAAACAAGAGUUGAAGGAUUGUUGGAAGGAUUAACAUACGUUUUCAGAGUUUGUGCUGAAAAUGCAGCUGGCCCUGGCAAAUUUAGCCCCCCAUCAGAUCCUAAAAUUGCACAAGAUCCAAUAUUACCACCUGGUCCACCUAUUCCAAGAAUCCUUGAUACAAGUUCAACAUCUAUUGACCUAGUGUGGGAUGCUCCACUAUACAAUGGAGGUGGAGAAAUCAUUGGUUAUCAUGUUUACAAGCAAUUUGUGGGCUCAAAGGAAUGGUCCCGUUGCACAGAUAAACCUGUUAAGGUUCAAAGCUACUUAGUUAAAGGAAUUAGAGAAGGUGCUGAUUACAAACUUCGUGUCACUGCUAUUAAUAUUGCUGGGGAAGGACCUCCUGGAGAAACAGAACCUGUAACUGUUUCAGAACCUCAAGAGCCUCCCACUGUGGAACUAGAUGUUUCUGUCAAAGCAGGUGUUCAGAUACUGGCAGGUCAAACCCUUAGACUUCCUGCUACUGUUACUGGACGUCCUACACCUACAAUUGUAUGGACUUUAGAGGAUGGGGAACUAGACAAAGAGCGAGUGGUGAUUGAGAAUAUUGGCACUUCAUCAGAAUUAAUGAUCAAAAACGCACUCAGAAAAGACCAUGGAAGAUAUGUAAUUACUGCAACUAAUGAGAGUGGCUCUAAAUCUGCUGCAACCAGAGUAGAAGUAUUCGAUGUUCCUGGGCCAGUGACUGAUCUACAUCCUGUAGUGGUGAACAGAAAAAUGUGUCUGCUUAACUGGGAUGAUCCCAAAGAUGAUGGAGGAAGUGAGAUUAUAGGCUUCAUCGUAGAAAGGAAAGAUGCCAAAAUGCAUACUUGGAGACUAGCUGUGGAUACAGACAGAUCAAAAUGUGAUAUUACUGGUCUUGUGGAAGGGCAAGAAUAUAAAUUCCGUGUCUCUGCCAAGAACAAGUUUGGCUGUGGUCCACCAGUGGAACUUGGGCCACUACUUGCUGUUGAUCCCCAAGGUCCUCCAACUGCCCCUGAGAGGUUAAUGUAUACAGAUAGAACAAAAUCAUCAAUUACCCUUGACUGGAAGCCUCCUCGUAAUGAUGGUGGCAGCCCUGUCAUUGGCUAUCUCGUUGACAAGAGAAGACAUGACUCAGAUGAAUUUGAAAGAGUCAAUAAAACACCUUGUCCCACCACAUCACUUCUUGUUGAUAACCUUGCUGAGCUGCAUAUGUAUGAAUUCCGAGUCAAGGCAGUCAAUGCGAUUGGAGAAAGUGAACCAUCACUGCCUCUCAAUGUUGUUAUACAAGAUGAUGAAGAACCUCCCACAGUGACAUUGCGUCUUGCUGUUAGGGGAGAUACUAUCAAAGUCAUGGCAGGGCAACCAGUUCACAUUCCUGCAGAUGUGACAGGUCUUCCGAUGCCAAAGAUUGAAUGGUCCAAAGAUGAGGUUCUCAUUGAGAAAACAUCAGAUGCCCUUAAGAUCACCAAAAAGGAAGUAUCUAGAACAGAGGCCAAAACUGAACUCAGUAUGCCUGCAGCAGUUAGAAGGGAUAAAGGCACUUACACAGUUACAGCCUCCAAUCGUCUGGGCUCUGCAUUCCGCAAUGUUCACGUUGAAGUAUUUGAUCGUCCUUCUCCGCCAAGAAAUCUUACUGUUUCUGACAUUAAAGCUGAGUCUUGCUGUCUAACCUGGGAUGCUCCACUUGAUAAUGGUGGCAGUGAAAUUACUCACUACAUUAUUGAGAAGCGUGAUGCAAGCAAGAAGAAAAUAGAUUGGGAGGAAGUAUCCAACACUGCGGUGGACAGACGAUUUGUGGUCUAUAAAUUGACAACUGAUGGUCACUAUCAAUUUAGAGUUAGGGCUGUAAACCGGUAUGGAAUAAGUGAUGAAUGUCUUUCAGAGAAAGUGGUCAUCAAGGAUCCUUAUGGGCUACCUGGGCCACCUGGAAAACCAAAAGUCAUAGAUCAUACUAGGUCAACCAUGCUGGUAACAUGGACACCUCCUUUAGACAAUGGAGGAGCACCGAUUACUGGCUAUUGGCUAGAGAAGAAAGAAGAAGGAGGUGUCUAUUGGUCUCGUGUCAACAGAGCACCAGUAACAAAACCCUCAGUGAAAGGACUGGAAUUCAAUGUGUUGCGUUUGAUUGAAGGUGUAAAAUAUCAGUUCAGGGCGAUGGCUAUUAACAUUGCUGGAGUUGGUCCUCCCAGUGAACCAUCAGAUCUUGUUGAAGCUGCAGAUCCAAUCUUUCCUCCUGGUGCACCAUCAUGCCCAGAUGUCAAAGACAGAACUAAGUCAACCAUAUCUCUUGCAUGGAAACCUCCACAAAAAGAUGGUGGCAGUCCUAUUAAAGGUUAUAUUGUUGAAAUGCAAGAAGAAGGUAGUUUGGAUUGGAAGAAUGUGAAUGAGCCAGAUAAGCUGUUCCCUACCUGUGAAUGUGUUGUUCCCAACCUGAAAGAGCUAAGAAAAUACAGAUUUAGAGUAAAGGCUGUAAAUGCUGCAGGGGAAUCAGAGCCAAGUCUUGCUACUUCAGAAGUACCAUGCAAGGAAAUUCUAGAAGAGCCAGAAAUAUUUAUUGAUGUUAAAGCAAAAGAUUUGCUUUCUUGUCGUACUGGCACAACAAUCAGAAUCCCAGCAAUUAUUAAAGGACGCCCAGUUCCCAAAGUAUCUUGGGAAUUUGAAGGAGAUGCAAAGAAGACAGUAAAGGAUGGACAUAAUAUACCAGAAGAUGCUACAGUGGAAUCAACUGAUACCAGUUCAGUAAUUACUAUUCCUGAGUGUAACAGAGGUCAUUCUGGAAAAUAUAGUAUUACAGCAAGAAAUAAAGCAGGACAGAAAACUGUAAAUGUGAGAGUGAAUGUUCUUGAUGUUCCUGGGCCACCAAAAGACCUGAAAGUAAGUGAUGUAACAAGAUGCAACUGUAAACUUUCAUGGAAAAUGCCAGAUAACGAUGGUGGAGACAGAAUCAGAAAUUAUAUUAUAGAGAAGAGAACUGUUGAAGGGAAAGCCUGGACAAAAGUUAGUGCAAACUGUCCCGGAACAUCAUUAAUUAUUCCUGAUCUCAUAGCUGGACAACAGUAUUUCUUCCGUGUACGUGCAGAAAACCGCUUUGGUGUCGGUCCACCAGCAGAUACAGUUCAAAGAACCACAGCAAGAGAUCCAAUCCAACCUCCUGAUCCACCAAUCAAACUUAAGAUUGGUCUUGUAACCAAGAACUCUGCCGACCUGACAUGGAAACCUCCAAAGAAUGAUGGUGGUGCUCCUGUGACACAUUACAAUAUUGAGUGCCUGCGCUGGGAUCGUACAGGUGAAGGCAAGGAAGCCUGGCGCCAGUGCAAUAAACGUGACGUGGAAGAAACAAAGUUUACAGUUGAGGACCUUAAUGAAGGUGAUGAAUAUGAAUUCAGAGUGAAAGCAGUAAAUGAAGCAGGUCCUAGCAGACCAUCAGCUACAGUUGGACCUAUUGUUGUCAAAGAUCAGACAUGUCCUCCAUCUGUUGAACUCAAAGAGUUUAUGGAGGUAGAAGAAGGAACAGAUAUUAACAUUGUAGCUAAAGUGAAGGGUGUGCCUUUCCCUACAUUGUCUUGGGCUAAAGCUCCUCCAAAGAAACCAGAUGACAAACUACCAGUGGUGUAUGAUCAACAUGUCAAUAAAAUUGUGGGUGAAGACUCUUGCACGUUGGUGAUACAACAGUCUCGCAGAAAGGAUACAGGCUUGUACACCAUAACUGCUGUCAAUAAGUUUGGAACAGAUUCAAAGGAGAUGAGACUAAAUGUUCUAGGUCGCCCUGGACCACCAGAAGGACCCAUUAAAUUUGAAUCUAUUACAGCUGAUCAGAUGACAUUGUCUUGGCUACCUCCAAAAGAUGAUGGUGGCUCUAAGAUAACAAACUAUGUUAUUCAGAAAAGGGAAGCAAACAGAAGGACAUGGAUCAAUGUUACCAAUGAGCCUAAGGAAUGCAUUUUCACAGUUCCCAAGCUGGUUGAAGGCCAUCAAUAUAUCUUCCGCAUAAUGGCACAGAAUAAAUAUGGCAUCGGGGAGCCUCUUGAUAGUGAACCUGAAACAGCAAGGAAUCUUUUCACUGUUCCUGGAAUUUGUGACAAGCCAACAGUAAGCAGCAUCACACAUGACUCAAUGACUGUCAACUGGGAGGAGCCAGAAUAUGAUGGAGGCUCCCCUGUGACAGGUUACUGGCUGGAACGCAAAGAAACCACUGGCAAGAGAUGGACAAGAGUUAACCGUGAUCCUAUUAAGCCUAUGACGCUUGGCGUUUCUUACAAAGUAAAUGGCCUCAUUGAAGGUUCAGAUUAUCAGUUCCGUGUAUAUGCUAUUAAUGCUGCUGGUGUUGGUCCACCAAGUAUGCCUUCUGAUCCAGCCACUGCAAGGGACCCAAUUGCUCCACCUGGCCCUCCAAUUCCAAAGGUCACUGACUGGACAAAAUCAUCAGUUGAUCUUGAGUGGUCUCCACCAUUAAAAGAUGGUGGCUCUAAAGUUACUGGUUACCUUGUUGAAUUCAAAGAGGAAGGGAAGGAAGAGUGGGAAAAGGCAAAGGAUAAAGAAAUAAGAGGAACCAAGUUUGUUCUGGCAGGAUUAAAAGAAGGAGGCUUCUACAGAUUCAGAGUCAGAGCAAUUAAUGCUGCUGGUAUUGGAGAGCCUGGAGAAGUUACUGAAGUUAUUGAAAUGAAGGACAGAAUAGUGCCCCCUGAUCUUCAGUUGGAUGCCCACGUGAAAGACAGAAUUGUUGUUCAUGCUGGUGGGGUAAUCCGCAUUAUAGCUUAUGUCUCAGGAAAGCCACCUCCAACAGUUACUUGGAGUAUGGAUGAAAGACCUCUGCCAGAAGAAGCUAAAAUUGAGGAAACUGCUAUCAGUUCUUCCAUGGUCAUAAAGAACUGCAAGAGAAGUCACCAGGGUAUCUAUACUCUCCUUGCUAAAAAUGCAGGUGGAGAAAGAAAGAAGGCUAUUAUUGUUGAUGUACUAGAUGUACCUGGCCCAGUUGGAGUUCCAUUCCUUACGGAAAACUUAACCAAUGACUCUUGCAAACUUACAUGGUUUUCUCCAGAAGAUGAUGGAGGUUCAGCUAUUACCAACUACGUCAUUGAAAAGCGUGAAGCAGAUCGCAGAGCUUGGACACCAGUGUCCUAUACUGUCACCAGACAAAAUGCAACUGUGCAGGGACUGAUUGAGGGCAAAGCAUACUUCUUCCGCAUUGCACCAGAGAAUAUCAUUGGCAUGGGCCCCUUUGUAGAGACGAAAAAAGAGCUUAUAAUCAGAGAUCCAAUCAGUGUGCCAGAGAGGCCUGAGGAUCUUGAAGUAAAAGCAGUAACUAAGGAUUCUGUUACACUGACUUGGAACCCACCAAAGUAUAAUGGUGGCUCUGAUAUAACUAUGUAUGUUUUGGAAAGCCGACUCAUUGGAAAGGAUAAAUUCACUAGAGUUACAAAAGAGAAAAUGCUUGAUCGGAAAUACACCGUGGAAGGUUUGAAGGAAGGCGACACUUAUGAAUAUCGUGUGAGCGCUUGCAAUAUUGUAGGACAAGGCAAACCUUCAUUUUGUACAAAACCCAUCACGUGCAAGGAUGAAGUCGCUCCUCCACAACUUGAGCUUGAUAUCAGAGAAAAACUCACAGUCCGUGUAGGAGAAGCAUUCAGUCUAACUGGCCGUUAUUCAGGCAAGCCGGCACCAACGGUUACUUGGUUCAAAGACGACAUUACAGUGAAAGAAGACAAACGAACUAAGAUCCAGACUACUCCAGCUACAAUUUGCUUGGGAGUAUUGAAAUCUGUCCGUGAAGAUUCAGGCAAAUAUUCUGUUGUUGUAGAAAACAGUUCAGGAUCAAGAAAAGGAAUCUGUCAAGUUACUGUUGUUGACCGUCCUUCGCCUCCAGUGGGCCCUGUCAUUUUUGAUGAAGUACAUAAGGACCACUUUAUUAUUUCCUGGAAACCUCCCUUGGAUGAUGGUGGCAGUCCAAUUACAAAUUAUAUUAUUGAGAAGAAAGAUGCCCACAGAGAUCUCUGGAUGCCGGUCACAUCAGCAAGUGUCAAAACAACAUGCAAAGUCCCGAAAUUAUUGGAAGGAAGAGAAUAUGUGGUCCGAAUUUAUGCUGAGAAUCUGUAUGGCAUAAGCGAUCCACUGCUAUCUGAUGAAAUGAAGGCCAAGGAUCGUUUUAAUGUUCCUGAUGCACCAGAGCAGCCAAUUAUUAAGGAUGUCACCAAAAAUUCUGCAUUAGUUACCUGGAACAAACCACAUGAUGGAGGAAAACCAAUAACCAAUUACAUACUUGAAAAGAAGGAAACAAUGUCUACUCGAUGGGCAAAAGUCACUCAAGCACCUAUUUAUCCAGAUACCCAAUUUAGGGUAACUGAUCUUCUUGAAGGCUGUGAAUAUGAAUUCCGGGUUUCAGCAGAAAAUGAAAUUGGUAUUGGUGACCCAAGCCCCCCAUCAAAACCAAUCUUUGCUAAAGAUCCAAUUGUUAAGCCAAGUCCUCCAAUUAAUCCAGAAGCAGUGGAUAAAACUAAAAAUUCAGUUGAUUUGUCCUGGCAACCACCACGUCAUGAUGGAGGAGGGAAGAUUAUAGGCUAUCUUGUUGAGUACCAAAAGGUUGGAGAUGAGGAAUGGAAGAAAGCCAAUUAUACUGCAGAUUCCUGCCCUGAUACAAAAUAUAGUGUAACUGGCCUCACUGAAGGCACUAAAUAUAAAUUCAGAGUCAUGGCAGUUAAUGCAGCAGGUGAAUCAGAGCCAGCCUAUGUUCGUGAUCCAGUGGAAGUCAAGGACAGACUUGAGCCUCCAGAGUUAAUCUUGGAUGCUAAUAUGGCACGGGAACAACAUAUUAAAGCUGGAACUACACUGAGACUCAGUGCUCUAAUUAAAGGAAUUCCAUUCCCAAAAGUGACCUGGAAGAAAGAAGAUAAGGAUGUUUCUACAAAAGCAGAUAUUGAAAUUACAAAAGUUGGUAGUAAGCUGGAAAUUCGUAAUGCUGCCCAUGAAGAUGGAGGAAUUUACUCCCUUACUGUGGAGAAUCCUCUUGGAUCAAAGACUGUUUCAGUAAAAGUUGUUGUGCUAGAUAAGCCUGGGCCUCCUAGGGAUCUUCAAGUGAGUGAAGUUAGAAAAGAUUCUUGUUACCUGACUUGGAAGGAGCCUGAGGACAAUGGUGGCUCUGUCAUUACCAACUAUGUUGUGGAAAGGAAGGAUGUUGCUGCUGCUCAGUGGUUACCAAUAUCCUCCUCUUCUAAGAAACUCAGUCUGUUGGCUAAAUACCUUAUGGAAGGCACUCAGUAUCUCUUCCGUGUUGCUGCUGAGAAUCAGUAUGGACGAGGGCCUUUUGUUGAAACUCACAAGCCUAUUAAGGCUUUAGAUCCACUUUAUCCACCUGGGCCACCAAAGAACUUGCAUCAUGUAGAUGUGGACAAGACAGAAGUCUCUCUUGUUUGGAAUUACCCUGAUCGUGAUGGUGGUGCUGAAGUAACUGGAUUUUUAGUGGAAUACCAAGAAGAAGGUACAGAGGACUGGACAAAAUUCAAAACAGUCCCUGUGCCAGAAUGUGUUGUUACAGGCUUACAACAAGGAAAGAUUUACAAAUUCCGUGUGAAAGCCCAAAAUAUUGUGGGUCUUGGUCUCCCAGACACAACUGUACCUAUUGAAUGCCAAGAAAAAAUAGUACCACCAUCUGUUGAGCUAGAUGUGAAAUUAAUAGAAGGGCUUGUUGUUAAAGCUGGCAGCACUGUAAGAUUCCCUGCAAUCAUGAGAGGAGUACCUGUUCCCACUGCCAAAUGGGUUACUGAUAAUACUGAAAUCAAAUCAGAAGGCAAUUAUAAGAUUGAUACUGACAACUACUCAACAGUUCUUACUAUUAAAAGUUGUACAAGAAAAGAUACUGGAGAAUAUUUACUCACAGUAUCCAAUCUAGCUGGAAGCAAAACUGUAGCUGUUCAUUUAACAGUUUUGGAUGUUCCUGGUCCUCCUACUGGCCCAAUUGAUAUUGUGGAAGUAGCUCCAGAUUACAUGGUUAUUGCUUGGCGUCCUCCUAAAGAUGACGGUGGUAGUCCUAUAACCAAUUAUAUUGUUGAAAAGCAAGAGUCAAAGAAAGAAACCUGGGGAGUAGUCUGUUCAUCACUUAGUCAAACUAGACUUAAAAUUCCACGCCUGCAGAAGGGUACUGAAUAUAUCUUCCGCGUUCGUGCAGAGAAUAAGAUAGGCAUUGGUCCACCUCUUGAUUCUCAACCAGCAGUUGCUAAGUCCAUGUUUGAGCCACCAUCUCCUCCUGGUAAACCAACAGUUCAUGAUAUUACUGAAAAUGCUGCAACAGUAAAUUGGACUAUACCAAAGUCUGAUGGGGGAAGUCCAAUAACUGGAUAUAUUCUUGAACGCCGUGAAAUCUCUGGCAAAUGGAUACGAGUAAACAAAUCACCAGUACUCGAUCUGAAGUUCAGAGCUACCGGCCUUUAUGAGGGCAACACAUAUGAAUUCCGUGUUUUUGCAGAAAAUAGUGUUGGCCUAAGCAAACCAUCUCCAGUUUCAGACCCAAUAAAAGCAUCACGUCCUAUCUCACCUCCUGGGCCUCCAAUUAAUCCAAAGCUCAAAGAUAAGACCAGAGAAACAGCUGAAUUGGUAUGGACAAAACCACUCAAAGAUGGUGGUAGCCCUAUACUGGGAUAUGUCAUAGAAUGCCAGAAAAGCGGAACUACUCAAUGGAAUAGAAUUAAUAAAGAUGAACUUAUUAGACAGUGUGCCUUUACAGUACCUGGGCUAAUUGAGGGAAAUGAAUACAGAUUCCGUAUCAAAGCUGCAAAUAUUGCUGGAGAGGGAGAACCUAGAGAAGUGCCUGAAACAGUUCUUGCCAAAGACAUUCUGUCUCCUCCAGAACUAGAACUGGAUGUGACCUGCCGUGAUGUAAUUACUGUUAGAGUAGGCCAAACAAUAAAGAUUCUUGGCAAAGUGAAAGGUAGACCAGAGCCUGAUAUAACAUGGUCGAAAGAAGGCAGAAUACUGAUGAAAGAUAAGCGCAUUAACAUAAUUCAGGAAUUUCCACACAUAGAGCUGCAAAUUAAAUCAGCUACAAGAGCAGACCAUGGCAAAUACGUUAUUUCAGCUAAAAACAGCAGUGGACAUGCCCAAGCAUCAGCCAUUGUUAAUGUACUUGACAGGCCUGGACCUUGCCAGAACCUGAAAGUAAGCUAUAUCACUAAGGAUUCCUGUAUGGUAUCUUUUGAGAAUCCAGAAGAUAAUGGUGGCUCUGAAAUUACAAAUUAUAUAGUAGAAUAUCGUCAACCAAGUCAGAAAGGCUGGUCAAUAGUCUCUUCUGAUCUUACUAAGCGGUUGGUAAAAGCACAUCUCAUAGAAAAUCAUGAGUAUUUCUUCCGUGUUUGUGCAGAAAAUAAAGUAGGUCCAGGCCCAGUUGUUGAGACCAAGACUCCAAUCCUUGCCAUUAAUCCAAUUGAUAGGCCGGGUGAGCCUGAAAAUCUUCAUAUUGCAGAAACAGGAAAAACAUUUGUGCAUCUGAAAUGGAGAAGGCCAGACUAUGAUGGUGGUAGCCCCAAUUUAUCUUACCACGUUGAGCGAAAACCAAAGGAUUCGGAUGAAUGGGAAAGGGUACACAAAGGCAGCAUAAAGGAAACACAGUAUAUGGUUGACAAAUGCGUUGAAAAUAAAAUUUAUCAGUUCAGAGUUCAGACUAAGAAUGAAGCAGGAGAAAGUGAUUGGGUAAAAACAAGUGAAGUUGUUGUUAAAGAAGACGUGCAAAAGCCAGUACUUGAACUGAGACUGAGUGGAGUACUCACUGUGAAAGCUGGUGAACCAAUUAAAAUUGAAGCAGGACUUAAAGGCAAGCCACAACCAGAAGUAUCUUGGACAAAGGAUGCUGAAGAUUUAUCCAAGUCUCCAAGGGCCAAAAUUGAAACAACUUCACAUUCAUCUAAAUUGCUUCUUGCAAAAUCGAAACGUACUGAUGGCGGUAAAUACGUUAUCACAGCUACUAAUCCAGUUGGUAGCUUUGUAGCAUAUGCUACUGUAAAUGUUUUGGACAAACCAGGACCAGUAAGAAAUUUGAAAGUCUCUGAUAUUUCAAGUGAUAGAUGUAGACUCAGCUGGGACCCACCCGAAGAUGAUGGUGGUUGUGAAAUACAGAACUACAUCGUGGAGAAAUGUGAAAGCAAGCGUAUGGUUUGGACCACAUAUUCCUCCUCGGUGUUAAUGAACUCUGUACAAGUAACACCUCUCAUAGAAGGGAAUGAAUAUAUUUUCAGGGUUCGUGCAGAAAACAAAAUGGGCACAGGUCCACCAACAGAGACUAAGCCAAUUAUAGCCAAAGCAAAGUAUGAUAGACCUGGUCGUCCUGAUCCUCCAGAGAUCACAAAAGUCAGCAAAGAGGAGAUGACUGUAGUUUGGAAUCCACCAGAAUAUGAUGGUGGAAAAUCAAUUACAGGGUAUAUAUUAGAAAAGAAGGAGAAGAGGUCACUAAAAUGGGUUCCUGUUACCAAAACUGCAAUUCCAGAAAGACGCAAGAAAGUUACAGAUCUUAUUCCAGGAUAUGAAUACCAAUUCCGUGUGAAGGCAGAAAAUGAAAUUGGAAUUGGUGAACCAAGUUUCCCAUCAAAGCCAGCAAUAGCAAGAGACCCAAUAGAACCACCUGGUCCUCCCAUUAAUCUUAAGGUUGUUGAUAGCACAAAGACCUCUGUUACUCUUGGCUGGGGAAAGCCACUCUAUGAUGGUGGUGCUCCAAUUAUUGGAUAUGUGAUAGAAAUGAGGCCAAAAGCUGAAAAAGCUGGUCCUGAAGAAGGAUGGAAAAGAUGCAAUGUCGCAGCACAAGUCAUUCAUACAGAAUUUACAGUGACAAGUCUGGAUGAGAAAGAACUAUAUGAGUUCCGUGUUUCUGCCCAAAAUCAGGUUGGCAUUGGACCUCCAGCUGAUUUGAAGGAAGCUGUUUCUCCCAAAGAAAUACUUGAGCCUCCUGAGAUAGAACUGGAUGCUAGCAUGAGAAAAUUACUGAUAGUCAGAGCUGGAUGCCCCAUAAGACUCUUUGCUAUUAUUAGAGGACGACCAGCACCUAAAGUCACCUGGAGGAGAGUGGGAAUUGAUAAUGUGAUCAGAAAGGGCCAGGUUGACCUGGUUGACACAAUGGCCUUCUGUGUCAUUCCCAAUUCAACUCGGGAUGACUCGGGCAAAUACUCUUUGACUCUUGUUAACCCUGCUGGAGAAAAAGCUGUGUUUAUCAAUGUCCGUGUUCUUGAUACUCCUGGACCUGUUGCAGACUUCAGGGUCUCUGAUGUCACUAAAAUGACAUGUCAGCUUUCAUGGACACCACCUGAGAAUGAUGGUGGUAGUCCUGUCACACAUUACAUUCUGGAAAAGCGUGAGGCUGAUAGGAAAAGCUGGGGGACUGUUAUUUCAGAUGUAAAGAAGACUAGUUUCAAAGUUGCUAAUCUUGUGCCUGGUACUGAAUACUUCUUCAGAGUAACCGCAGUCAAUGAAUAUGGUCCAGGAGUUCCAACAGAUACACCAAAGCCAAUCAUGGCAACCGAUCCAUUAAGCGAACCUGAUCCUCCAAGGAAACUUGAAGUGACUGAAAUUACCAAGAACAGUGCCACGUUAGGCUGGCUGCCACCACUGCGUGACGGUGGUGCCAAAAUUGAUGGGUACAUUAUUUCAUAUCAACAAGAAGGGCAAGCUGCUGAUCACUGGACACAGUACUCUGUUGUAAAAGAUCUGAAUAUUGUUGUUGCUGGCCUAAAGGAAAAAAAGAAAUAUAAAUUUAGAGUGGCUGCUAGAAAUGCUGUUGGAGUAAGUUUACCAAGAGAAACAGAAGGCAUGUUUGAAAUCAAAGAACAACUCAUGCCACCUAAAAUUCUGAUGCCAGAUCAUAUCGCUAUAAAAGCUGGGCAGAAACUCAGAAUUGAAGCACAUGUUUAUGGGAAACCUCACCCGACCUGUAAAUGGAUGAAAGCAGACGAAGAUGUGCUUACUUCUAGUCGCCUGGCAGUGCAUAAAGCAGAGGGCACUUCAGUUCUCAUUAUUAAGGAUGUAACUAGGAAAGACAGUGAUUACUACAGUCUAACAGCAGAAAACAGCUCUGGAGUAGCUACUCAGAAAAUCAGAGUCGUUGUCAUGGAUAUCCCUGGCCCGCCUCAGCCACCGUUUGAAAUUUCUGAUAUAGAUGCUGAUGCCUGUAGUUUGUCCUGGCAUAUCCCUCUUGAAGAUGGUGGUAGUAACAUCACUAACUACGUGGUUGAAAAGUGUGAUGUCAGCCGAGGUGACUGGAUCACAGCAAUAGCUUCUGUUACAAAAACAAAUUGCAGACUUGGAAAACUGACCCCUGGGCAAGAAUACAUGUUCCGUGUUCGUGCUGAGAACCGAUUUGGCAUUUCUGAGCCGCUUCAGUCUGAUAAGAUGGUUGCAAAGUUUCCAUUUGAUGUCCCCAGCGAACCCAAAAAUGCACGUGUUACCAAAGUAAACAAGGAUUGCAUUUUUGUGGCCUGGGACAAGCCAGACAGUGAUGGAGGCAGUCCAAUAACUGGAUAUCUCAUUGAGCGUAAAGAAAGGAACAGUCUGCUGUGGGUCAAGGCCAACGAUACCCCUGUGCGAUCCACUGAGUACCCAUGCACAAACCUGAUUGAAGGGCUGGAAUACACAUUUAGAAUCUAUGCUCUGAACAAAGCAGGGGCGAGCAAGCCUAGCAAACCAACAGAUUUUGUAACUGCAAGAAUGCCAAUUGAUCCUCCUGGUAAACCUGAAGUUAUUGAUGUGACAAAGAGUGCUGUGUCUCUUGUCUGGGCAAGACCAAAACAUGAUGGUGGUAGCAAGAUAAUUGGAUACUAUGUUGAAGCCUGUAAGCUGCCAGGUGUUAAAUGGGUCCGGUGCAAUUCUACUCCCCAUCAGAUCCCUCAAGAAGAGUACACCGCAACUGAUUUGGAGGAAAAUGCUCAGUACCAAUUCAGAGCAAUAGCAAAAACAGCAAUAAACAUUAGCGGGCCCUCUGAACCUUCAGAUCCAAUAACUGUUCGUGCAGAAAAUGUACCACCAAAGAUAGAGCUUGGUGUAGGUAUGAAAUCCUUACUUGUAGUAAAGGCUGGAACCAAUGUUUGCCUGGAAGCAAAUGUAUAUGGUAAACCUAUGCCAACUGUUACUUGGAAGAAAGAAGGGGAGGUUCUAAAACCAGCAGAAGGAAUUAAGAUCACCACCAAGAGAAACUUGUCUACUGUGGACCUCUUUGGCGUCGUUAGAAGGCAGACAGGAGACUAUAGUAUUACUGCUGAGAAUGCAAGUGGUUCCAAGUCAGCAACUAUAAAGCUUAAAGUAUUAGACAAACCUGGUCCUCCAGCUUCAGUCAAGAUUACAAAUAUGUAUGCAGAUCGAGCAAUGCUUUCUUGGGAACCUCCUCUUGAAGAUGGGGGGUCAGACAUUACCAACUACAUUGUUGAUAAACGUGAAACAAGUAGACCCAACUGGGCUCAAGUCACUGCAAAUGUCCCAAUCACUAGUUGCAGUGUUGAAAAACUGAUUGAAGGACAUGAGUACCAAUUCCGCAUUUCUGCUGAGAACAAAUAUGGAGUUGGUGAUCCAAUCUUAACUGAAAAUGCAGUGGCUAAAAACCCAUAUGAUGUACCUGGGCCUUGUGAUCCACCAAUAAUUAGUAAUAUAACAAAGGACUUCAUGACUGUAAGCUGGAAACCUCCUGCUGAUGAUGGUGGCUCCCCUAUAACUGGAUAUAUUGUUGAGAAACGUGAAACUAAGGCUCUUAACUGGACAAAAGUGAAUAGAAAGCCAGUUAUUGAAAGAACUAUAAAGGCCACUGGACUCCAAGAAGGAACAGAAUAUGAAUAUAGAGUCAUUGCCUUCAAUAAAGCUGGACCAGGCAAACCUAGUGGAGCAUCUAAGGCAGUAUAUGCUCGUGAUCCUCAGUAUCCUCCUGGGCCACCAGCCUUCCCAAAAGUUGUUGAUUCUACACGUAGCUCUAUCAGCCUGUCUUGGGGCAAACCAGCAUAUGAUGGUGGAAGCCCCAUUAUUGGCUAUCUCGUUGAAGUGAAACGAGUUGACACAGAAAACUGGGUCCGAUGCAAUUUGCCAAAGAAUUUGCCAGAUACACAUUAUGUAGUGACUGGACUUACAGAGAACACGGAAUAUCAGUUCCGUGUUUAUGCUGUCAAUAAGAUUGGCUACAGCGACCCAAGUGAUGUACCUGAUACGCACCUUGCCAAAGACAUUCUAAUUCCACCUGAAGGAGAACUUGAUGCUGAAUUGAGGAAAGUCCUUGUGUUACGUGCUGGAGUCACUAUGAGGAUUUAUGUGCCGGUAAGAGGACGGCCACCUCCAAAGAUUUUUUGGACUAAAGUGGGUGCCAACAUAAGAGAUCGGCAAGGAAUGGACAUCAAAUCAACUGAUUUUGACACUUUCCUGCGCUGUGAAAAUGUCAAUAAGUAUGAUGCUGGAAAAUACGUCCUGCAUUUAGAGAACAGCUGUGGCAAAAAGUCAUACACCAUUGUAGUCAAAGUGCUUGAUACUCCUGGUCCCCCUAUUAAUCUGGUUGUAAAAGAAGCAUCUAAAGAUUCUGCUUUCAUCUCUUGGGAGCCUCCUCUAAUAGAUGGUGGCAGCCCAGUGAAGAAUUAUGUGGUUGAAAAACGUGAUGCAGAGAGAAAAUCAUGGUCCACCGUGGCUACAGAAUGUCCAAAAACUAGCUUUAGGGUCUCUAACUUAGAAGAAGGCAAAUCCUAUUUCUUCAGAGUUUUUGCUGAAAAUGAAUAUGGCAUAGGUGAUCCCUGUGAAACUCAUGAUGCUGUUAAAGCUUCAGAAACACCUGGACCUGUCGUAGACUUAAAGGCUCUGAAUGUCACAAAGUCAUCCUGCAAUUUAUCUUGGAAAAAGCCUAUUAGUGAUGGUGGAAGUCGUAUUGAGGCAUAUAUUGUUGAGCUCAUGACUCCUGAAAACCAGUGGCGAGAAGUUAUGAGAUCAAAGAAUCUCCACUACUCCACCAGAGACCUGAAAGAGGGAAAAGAAUAUCUUUUCAGAGUGAGAGCACAGAAUGAAGCUGGGUACGGGACACCGAAUGAAAUUACAGUGCUGGCAAAGGACGAUAUUGUGGCACCUGAUCUUGAUUUAAGAGACCUCCCAGGCUUGUGCUAUUUAGCUAGAGAAGGAAGCUCUUUCCGUCUGAAAAUUCCAAUCAAAGGGAAGCCGGCACCAACUGUGACAUGGAAGAAAGGAGAAGACCUUCCUCUUACUGAAACAGGAAGAGUUGCAUUUGAAGCUACAGCAGUUAACACUUCGCUCCUUGUUCGUGACUGCCAUAAAAAUGAUGCUGGAAAAUAUACAAUCACCCUGAAGAAUAUUGCUGGUAGUAAAGAAGGCACUAUUUCUGUAAAAGUGGUUGGCAAACCUGGAAUUCCGACAGGCCCUGUGAAAUUUGAAGAAAUUACAGCUGAUGCUAUGACAUUAAAGUGGGGUCCUCCCAAAGAUGAUGGUGGUUCAGAAAUCACUAACUACAUCCUUGAGAAGAGAGACAAUGUGAAUAAUAAAUGGGUGACGUGUGCAUCUGCUGUGCAGAAAACUACCUUUAGAGUUACAAGACUUCAUGAAGGCUGUGAAUAUACCUUCAGAAUCAGUGCUGAAAAUAAAUAUGGUGUAGGUGAAGGUCUAAAAUCUGAACCUGUAAUUGCAAGGCAUCCUUUCGAUGUUCCUGAUGCUCCUCCACCACCCAAAAUUGUUGAAGUUAGGCAUGAUUCUGCAUCUCUAACAUGGACAGACCCUAAAAAGACUGGUGGCUCACCAAUAACAGGCUACCACCUUGAAUGCAAAGAAAGAAACAGCAUUUUGUGGAAACGAGCGAACAAGACUCCUCUAAGAAUGAAAGAUUUCAGAGUGACAGGACUAACUGAAGGCUUAGAAUAUGAAUUCAGAGUAAUGGCAAUAAAUCUAGCUGGAGUUGGUAAACCAAGUCUACCAUCUGAACCAAUUGUGGCCCUUGAUCCAAUUGAUCCCCCUGGGAAACCUGAAGUUAUCAGUGUAACUAGAAACUCAGUAACUCUGGUCUGGACAGAACCAAAAUAUGAUGGUGGACACAAAUUAAUUGGCUACAUCGUGGAAAAACGUGAUCUACCUUCCAAAACGUGGAUGAAAGCAAAUCAUGUGAAUGUUCCUGAAUGUGCAUUUACAGUAACCGACCUUUAUGAAGGCUCAAAAUAUGACUUCAGAAUUAGAGCAAAGAAUACUGCUGGAGCCAUUAGUCCACCAUCUGAACCUACAGGAGCCAUUACAUGCAAGGAUGAGUUCGAGGCACCAAGUAUUGUUAUUGAUCCAACUAUCAAGGAAGGCCUAACUAUUAAAGCAGGAGACACCAUUGCAAUGUCUGCUAUAAGCAUUCUUGGCAAACCACUUCCAACUUCAGUGUGGUCGAAAGCAGGAAAAGACUUUAAGCCUUCAGAGACUGUUCAUAUUGAAUCAACACCAACCUCCUCUACCCUUACUAUCAAGUAUGCUGCCAGAAAAGAUUCGGGUGAAUAUACAAUCACUGCAACUAAUCCUUUUGGUACUAAAGAGGAACAUGUGCAUGUGACAGUUUUAGAUGUACCAGGUCCCCCUGGACCAAUUGAAGUCAGUAAUGUCUCUGCUGAAAAAGCUACUCUCACAUGGACUCCUCCUACAGAAGAUGGUGGCUCCCCAAUCAAGUCUUAUGUGCUUGAAAAGAGAGAAACUAGCCGAUUGCUAUGGACUCAGGUUGCUGAAGACAUCCAGUCUUGUAGACACGUUGUUUCUAAACUUAUACAAGGAAAUGAAUACAUAUUCCGUGUCUCAGCUGUGAACCAGUAUGGCAAAGGAGAACCAUCUCAAUCAGAGCCAGUUAAAAUGGUGGACAGAUUUGGCCCUCCUGGUCCUCCUGGUAAACCAGAAGUAUCAAAUGUUACAAAAAAUAGUGUGACAGUGAACUGGAAGAGGCCAAUAGAUGAUGGUGGCAGUGAAAUAACAGGUUACCAUGUGGAAAGAAGAGAAAAGAAAGGUGUGAGAUGGAUGAAAGUUUCAAAGAAGCCGGUGUCAGAUCUUAGAUUCAAAGUAACUGGACUACAAGAAGGAAAUGAAUAUGAAUUCCGUGUCAGUGCAGAAAACAGAGCAGGAAUUGGACCACCAAGUGAUGUUUCUCAAUCAGUACUAACGAAGGAUGCUGCAUAUCCACCAGGACCUCCUUCAAAUCCACGAGUAACUGACACAACAAGGACAAGUGCUAGCCUGGCAUGGGGGAAACCUCAUUAUGAUGGUGGACUUGAUAUUAUUGGCUACAUUGUAGAGCACCAGAAAGAAGGAGAAGAAACAUGGGUGAAAGAUACCACAGGAACUGCUCUAAGAAUCACAGAAUUCGUUGUUGCUAAUCUCCACCCAGGAGCCAAAUACAAUUUCAGAAUAAGUGCUAUCAAUGCUGCUGGUGUUGGUGAACCAGCAAAAAUCCCAGAUAUUGAAAUCAAGGAACGUGAAGUGGUUCCUGAUUUUGAAUUAGAUGCUGAGCUGAGAAAAACUCUUGUCGUUAGAGCUGGAUUAAGCAUUAGGAUAUUUGUUCCAAUUAGAGGACGCCCGACUCCUGAAGUUACAUGGACUAAAGAUGAUAUCCCACUUAAAGCACGGGCCAAUAUUGAAAAUACAGAUUCAUUCACUCUCCUCAUUAUCACCGAAUGCAAUAGAUAUGAUGCAGGAAAGUAUGUAAUGACACUUGAAAAUGCUGCUGGCAAAAAGACUGGCUUUGUAAAUGUGAAAGUUUUGGAUACACCAGGGCCACCAAUAAACCUGAAGCCCAGAGACAUAUCUAAAGAUAGCAUCACUCUCCACUGGGAUAUGCCUCUAAUCGAUGGAGGUUCACGUAUAACAAAUUACAUAGUUGAAAAACGUGAAUCCACACGCAAGUCAUAUUCAACUAUCACAACAAAAUGCCCAAAAUGUUCCCUUAGGAUUCCCAAUUUGGCUGAAGGGUGUGAAUAUUACUUCAGAGUAUUUGCUGAAAAUGAAUUUGGAAUUGGUGAACCUGCUGAAACUCCUGAACCUAUAAGAGCGACAGAAGCACCAUCACCUCCAGACAGCCUUAAUAUUAUGGAUAUCACAAGGAACUCAGUCAGCCUGGCUUGGCCAAAGCCAGAACAUGAUGGUGGUAGCAAGAUUACCGGCUACGUAAUUGAAGCACAGAAAAAAGGAGCAACUCAGUGGACACACAUCACUACUGUGAAAGCAUUAGAAUGUGUGGUGAAGAAUCUAACCGAAAAUGAAGAAUAUACUUUCCAGGUUAUGGCAGUCAACAGUGCUGGAAGAAGUGACCCGAGAGAAAGCAGGCCAGUUGUUGUUAAAGAGCAAAUGAUGCUUCCUGAAUUUGAUUUGCGUGGUAUCUAUCAGAAAACUGUAAUUGCCAGAGCUGGUGACAACAUCAAAGUUGAGAUUCCUGUUCUUGGCCGCCCAAAGCCAACUGUCACCUGGAAAAAAGAAGAUCAAUUGCUGAAGCAAACACAAAGGGUAAACUAUGAAAGUACGGCUACUGCAACAAUUCUGAACAUUAAUGAAUGCACAAGAAAUGACAGUGGCAGAUAUCCGGUCUCUGCUAGAAACAUUGUUGGUGAAGUUAGUGAUGUCAUAACUGUUCAAGUGCACGAUGUCCCUGGACCACCCACGGGACCCAUUAGAUUUGAAGAAGUUUCAUCUGAUUUUGUCACGUUUUCAUGGGAACCUCCACUAAAUGAUGGAGGGGUUCCAAUUAGUAACUAUAUUGUAGAAAUGCGCAAAACUGACAGUACCUCCUGGGCUGAGUUAGCGACCACUGUUAUACGUACCACAUAUAAAGCUGCUCACCUGACUACUGGGAUUGAGUACCAAUUCCGUGUUAAAGCUCAGAACAGAUAUGGCUCCGGUCCAGCUAUCAGUUCAGAGAAUGUCAUUGCUAGCUUCCCUUUCAAAGUUCCUGGGCCUCCAGGCACUCCUCAAGUCAUUGCAGCCACGAAAGAUUCAAUUAGCAUUAGCUGGCACGAGCCCCUUACAGAUGGGGGAAGUCCAAUUUUGGGAUACCGCAUUGAAAGAAAAGAACGGAACAGCAUUCUUUGGCAGACUGUCAGCAAGGCCUUAAUAUCAGGCAACACCUUCAAAUCAAGUGGGCUGGUGGAUGGCAUUGCAUACGAAUUCAGAGUCAUUGCAGAGAAUCUGGCAGGUAAAAGUAAACCAAGCAAGCCCUCUGAGCCAACCUUUGCUCUGGAUCCUAUUGAUCCUCCUGGAAAGCCAGUUCCUGUAAACAUAACAAGACAUGCGGUAGCACUAAAGUGGACAAAACCUGAAUAUAGCGGAGGCUUUAAGAUAACUGGCUACACUGUUGAAAAGAGAGAUCUUCCAAAUGGCCGGUGGCUAAAAGCAAACUUUAGCAACAUCUUAGAAACUGAGUUCACUGUGAGUGGGCUUACCGAAGAUGCUGCUUAUGAAUUCCGUGUCGUUGCUAGAAAUGCUGCUGGAGCUGUUAGCCAGCCAUCUGAGCCAUCAGAUGCAAUAACAUGCAGAGAUGAAAUUGAAGCACCGAGGAUCAUGGUUGAUGCUAAAUACAAAGACACUCUAGUAGUAAAAGCAGGUGAAAUUUUCAGACUUGAAGCUGAUGUUGCAGGUCGACCUCCACCAACUCUAACAUGGACAAAAGAAGACAAGGAACUUGAGGAUACAGCAAAAUUGGAAAUUAAAAUAGCAGAUUUCUCAACAGUUCUCACCAAUAAGGACUCCACAAGGAGGGAUGGUGGUGCAUACAUACUUACAGCAUCCAAUCCAGGUGGCUUUGCAAAACACAUUUUCAAUGUCAAAGUUCUAGAUAGACCUGGCCCUCCACAGGGACCUUUGGCAGUAUCUGAUGUUACCAUGGAUAAAUGUGUCCUGUCAUGGUUGCCACCUUUAGAUGAUGGAGGUGCCAGUAUUGACCACUACGUUGUUGAAAAACGUGAAACAAGUAGAUUGGCAUGGACUUCUGUAGCUACAGAAGUUCCUGUAACAAAACUGAAGGUCACAAAGCUAUUGAAAGGCAACGAAUAUGUGUUCCGUGUAAUGGCUGUUAAUAAAUAUGGAGUUGGUGAAGCCCUAGAAUCAGAGCCUGUCCUUGCAGUGAAUCCUUAUGUAGUACCUGAUCCUCCCAAGACACCUGAAGUUACAGCUAUUACCAAAGAUUCUAUGGUUGUAUGCUGGGGACAACCUGAUUCCGAUGGAGGAAGUCCUAUAACCAAUUACAUUAUAGAACGUCGUGACAGAACUGGAUUACGCUGGGUGAAAUGUAAUAAGCGGGUGGUGACUGAUUUGCGUUACAAAGUUUCUGGACUCACAGAAGGCCAUGAGUAUGAAUACCGAGUAAAGGCUGAAAAUGCUGCUGGUGUAAGUGAGCCAAGUCCUAGCAGUCAAUUCUACAAAGCUUGUGAUACUCUUUUUAAACCUGGUCCACCUGGUAAUCCUCGUGUCUUAGAUACAAGCAGGUCAUCAAUUACAAUUGCUUGGAAUAAACCCGUAUAUGAUGGUGGUUCAGAAAUCACUGGCUAUAUGGUUGAAACAGCAUUACCUGAUGAAGAUGAGUGGAAAAUUGUAACUCCACCAGCAGGUCUAAAGGCCACAUCUUUUACCAUCACUAAUCUAAAAGAAAACCAGGAGUAUAAAAUCAGAAUUUAUGCCAUGAAUUCUGAAGGCAUCGGUGAGCCUGCUCUUGUUCCUGGGACACCAAAAGCUGAAGAACGAAUGCUUCCCCCUGAGAUUGAACUUGAUGCAGAGCUGCGUAAAAUUGUGACACUUCGAGCUUGUUGUACUUUGAGACUUUUUGUCCCAAUUAAAGGAAGACCAACACCUGAAGUAAAAUGGUCACGAGAACAUGGAGAGUCUUUAGACAAAGCCACAAUUGAAUCCACAAGUUCUUAUACUCUACUUACAGUUGGAAAUGUGAAUAGAUUUGACAGUGGCAAAUAUAUAUUGACUAUAGAAAACAGUUCAGGUAGCAAAUCAGCAUUUGUAAUUGUAAGAGUCCUUGAUACACCUGGUGCCCCACAGAAUCUGAAAAUAAAAGAGGUCACAAUGUCAUCUGUCACACUCACAUGGGAACCUCCCCUCAUAGAUGGUGGCUCUAAAAUAAAGAAUUAUAUUGUUGAAAAGCGUGAAGCAACAAGAAAGGCAUACUCUACUGUUAUAGCCAAUUGCCACAAGACCAGCUGGAAAGUAGACAUGCUACAAGAAGGUUGCAGCUAUUACUUCAGAGUUCUAGCUGAAAACGAAUAUGGAAUAGGUCUUCCUGUUGAAACAUCUGAAUCAGUUAAAGCGUCUGAGAGGCCUCUUCCUCCAGGAAAAAUAACUUUAUUAGAUGUGACAAGAAACAGUGUGUCUCUGAGUUGGGAAAAACCUGAGCAUGAUGGAGGAAGCAGAAUUUUGGGCUACAUUGUAGAAAUGCAAAGCAAAGGCAGUGACAGGUGGGCCACAUGUGCCACUGUUAAAGUUACUGAAGCUACUAUAACAGGAUUGAUCCAAGGGGAAGAAUAUUCUUUCCGUGUUUCAGCACAAAAUGAAAAAGGAAUCAGUGAUCCUCGACAACUGAGCGUACCUGUCAUUGCAAAAGAUCUUGUGAUACCUCCAGCCUUCAAACUCUUGUUUACCACAUUCAGUGUACUAGCAGGCGAAGACUUAAAGGUUGAUGUUCCAUUUGUUGGUCGACCCAAGCCAACUAUAACAUGGCUUAAGGAUAAUGUGCCACUAAGACAAACUACUAGAGUAAAUGAAGAAAAUACAGAAAACAACACAGUGCUAACAAUAAAGGAAGCAUGUAAAGAAGAUGUUGGACAAUAUCUGGUAAAACUUUCAAAUUCUGCAGGAGAAGCAACUGAAAUUCUUAGUAUUAUUGUCCUUGAUAAGCCAGGCCCCCCCACUGGACCAGUGAAGAUGGAUGAAGUAACUGCAGAUAGCAUUACCAUUUCUUGGGAGCCACCCAAAUAUGAUGGUGGCAGUUCCAUCAACAAUUAUAUUGUAGAAAAGCGUGAUACAUCCACUACUGCUUGGCAGAUUGUUUCAGCAACUGUUGCACGAACAACUCUAAAAGUGGGUAGAUUAAAGACUGGAACUGAAUAUCAGUUCAGAAUUGCUGCUGAAAACAGAUAUGGAAAAAGUACAUAUCUCACGUCACAGCCUGUGGUUGCCCAAUAUCCAUACAAACUACCUGGCCCGCCUGGAACUCCGUAUGUACCAGAAAUCUCCAGAGAUUCCAUGGUGGUACAUUGGCAUGAGCCAGUCAGCGAUGGUGGCAGCAGAAUUAUUGGCUAUCAUUUGGAGCGCAAAGAAAGAAAUAGCAUCCUAUGGGUUAAACUGAACAAAACAGCAAUUCCUGACACUAAAUUUAAAACAACUGGACUUGAAGAGGGACUGGAAUAUGAAUUCAGAGUUUAUGCAGAAAAUAUUGUUGGCAUUGGAAAGGCAAGCAAAAGUUCAGAAUGUUACACAGCUCAUGAUCCUUGUGAUCCUCCCGGCCGUCCAGAACCUAUAAUUGUCACAAGAAAUUCUGUUACUCUUCAGUGGAAGAAACCAGAGUAUGAUGGUGGAAGUAAGAUCACAGGCUACAUUGUGGAAAAGAAAGAAUUACCAGAAGGCCGCUGGAUGAAAGCAAGUUUUACUAACGUGAUUGAGACUCAAUUUACAGUAACUGGCCUGGUUGAGAAUCAAAGGUAUGAGUUCCGUGUGAUUGCACGUAACGCAGCAGGUGUUUUCAGUGAGCCCUCUGAAAGUUCAGGGGCUAUCACAGUGAAAGAUGAAGUAGAACCACCUCGUAUAAGUAUGGAUCCCAAGUUUAAAGAAACACUUGUAGUGCAUGCUGGUGAAUCAUUUAAGAUUGAUGCUGAUGUUUAUGGAAAACCGCUGCCUUCUGUUCAGUGGCUGAAAGGUGACAAGGAACUAGCAAACACAGCACGUUUGGAUAUAAAAAGUACUGACUUUGCCACAUGCCUAAGUAUAAAGGAAGCUGUUCGUGUUGACAGUGGACAUUAUACUUUGUUGGUGAAGAAUGUUGCAGGUGAAAAAACUGCUUCUAUUCAUGUCAAAGUUCUCGACAGACCUGGACCACCUGAAGGGCCUGUUCUUAUAACAGGGACUACUGCUGAAAAAUGUAUGCUAUCAUGGAAGCCGCCAUUGCAGGAUGGAGGCAGUGACAUUUCACAUUAUAUUGUUGAAAGAAGAGAAACAAGUCGCUUAGUUUGGACUUUAGUUGAUGCCAAUGUACAAACUCUUGGUUGCAAAGUUACUAAACUCUUGGAAGGCAAUGAAUAUAUCUUCCGUAUCAUGGCUGUCAAUAAAUACGGUGUCGGCGAACCUCUUGAAUCUGAGCCUGUACUUGCAAAAAAUCCUUUUGUAGUACCACUUCCACCAAAGGCUCCAGAAGUUUCAGCUGUUACCAAGGAUUCUAUGAUUGUUGUAUGGGACAGACCAGCUUCUGAUGGUGGCAGUGAAAUUUUGGGAUAUGUGCUAGAAAAGCGUGACAAAGAAGGCAUUCGGUGGACAAGAUGUAACAAGCGUUUGAUAAGUGAACUUCGAUAUCGAGUCACAGGACUUCUGGAAAAUCAUGACUAUGAAUAUAGAGUCUCAGCUGAAAAUGCAGCUGGUCUCAGUGAACCCAGUCCACCUUCUACCUACUAUAAAGCUUGUGACCCUAUUUAUAAACCAGGUCCACCAAAUAACCCCAAAGCAAUAGAUGUUACAAGAUCUUCAGUUUUCCUUUCUUGGGGUAAACCAAUCUAUGACGGUGGCUCUGAAAUUCAAGGAUACAUUGUUGAAGCAUGUGAUGUAAGUGUUGGGGAGUGGGCAAUUUGUACACCACCAACUGGAAUUAAGAAAACAAAUAUGGAAGUAGAAAAAUUGUUGGAAAAACAUGAAUACAAAUUCCGAAUUUGUGCUGUUAAUAAAGCAGGAGUGGGAGAGCAUGCUGAUGUUCCUGGAAUCAUCCUUGUUGAAGAAAAGUUGGAAGCUCCAGAUCUUGACCUUGACUUAGAACUGAGAAAAGUGAUCAAUGUAAGAGCCGGUGGUUCAUUAAGAUUAUUUGUUCCUAUCAGAGGCCGUCCAACACCUGAAGUAAAAUGGAGUAAAGUAGAUGGUGAUAUCAGAGAAGCAGCUAUUAUUGACAGCACCAGCAGCUUCACCUCACUUGUUCUUGAUAAUGUGAAUAGAUUUGACUCUGGAAAAUACACUCUUACUUUAGAAAAUAGUAGUGGAACAAAGUCUGCCUUUGUCAGUGUAAGAGUCUUGGAUACUCCCGGUCCUCCUGUCAACUUGAAAAUUAAGGAGAUCACCAAAGACUCCGUUUCGCUUUCAUGGGAGCCUCCACUGAUAGAUGGCGGAGCUAAAAUUAAAAAUUAUAUAAUUGAAAAGCGUGAAGCCACAAGAAAAUCCUAUGCAGCUGUUGUAACCAACUGCCAUAAAACAUCCUGGAAAAUUGACCAGCUUCAAGAGGGCUGCUAUUAUUACUUCAGGGUUUCUGGAGAGAAUGAAUUUGGAAUUGGCCUGCCUGCUGAAACAAGUGACCCAGUUAAAGUGGCUGAAGUUCCUCAACCUCCAGGAAAAAUAACAGUGGAUGAUGUUACGAGAAACAGUGUUUCAUUGAGCUGGGCAAAGCCUGAACAUGAUGGUGGAAGUAAAAUCUUACAGUACAUUGUAGAAAUGCAAGUUAAGGGUAGUGACAAAUGGUCAGAGUGUACACGUGUUAAAGUUCUUGAAGCAGUUAUUACUAACCUAACCCAGGGAGGAGAAUAUCUCUUUAGAGUAAUGGCUGUAAAUGAAAAAGGUAGGAGUGAUCCACGAUCACUUGCAGUACCAAUAACUGCUAAGGAUCUUGUUAUUGAACCAGAUGUCAGACCAGCAUUCCAUAGUUACAGUAUACAAGUGGGACAUGAUCUGAAGAUUGAAAUACCAAUAUCUGGUCGACCUAAGCCUACUAUUUCUUGGACCAAAGACGGCACUCCAUUAAAACAGACAACUAGAGUUAAUGUAACUGAUUCACCUAAUCUUACCGUUCUAAAUAUUAAAGAAGCAAAUAAAGAGGACAGUGGAAUAUAUGACAUUGCAGUUGCUAAUGUUGUUGGACAAAAAUCUGCAUCUAUUGAAAUUAUAACGCUAGAUAAACCAGAUCCUCCUAAAGGCCCAGUUAAAUUUGAAGAUAUUAGUGCUGAAAGUGUCACAUUAUCAUGGAAUCCUCCAGUAUAUACAGGUGGUUGCCAGAUUACUAAUUACAUUGUUCAUAAGAGAGAUACAACCACUACUUUAUGGGAAGUAGUUUCAGCUACUGUUGCAAGAACUACUUUGAAAGUGACUAGGCUGAAAACUGGGUCAGAAUAUCAAUUUAGAAUAUUUGCGGAAAAUAGAUAUGGGCAGAGUUUUGCCCUGGAAUCUGAUCCGGUUGUUGCUCAAUAUCCCUACAAAGAACCAGGCCCCCCUGGGACACCAUUUGUGACAGUAGCUACAAAAGACUCUAUGAUUGUGCAAUGGCAUGAACCGAUUAAUGACGGUGGAAGUAGAAUUCUAGGUUAUCAUCUUGAACGAAAGGAAAGAAACAGCAUUUUGUGGACAAAAGCAAACAAGGCCAUUAUUCCAGAUACACAUUAUAAAACAACUAAUCUUGAAGAAAACAUCGAAUAUGAAUUUAGAGUUUCUGCAGAAAAUAUUGUUGGUGUAGGCAAAGCAAGCAAAGUUUCAGAAUGCUAUAUAGCACGUGACGCAUGUGAUCCACCAGGAUGUCCUGAAGCUAUUGUUGUUACAAGAAGCGCCAUCACACUGCAGUGGACUAAGCCAGAAUAUGAUGGUGGCAGCAAAAUAACAGGCUAUGUAGUAGAAAAACGUGAUUUGCCUGAUGGUCGUUGGAUGAAAGCAAGCUUUACCAAUGUCACUGAAACUCAGUUUACUGUGACAGGUCUUACUGAAGACCAGCGAUAUGAAUUUAGAGUAAUUGCAAGGAAUGCUGCUGGAGCUGUAAGCAAACCUUCUGACAGCACAGGGCCUAUAACAGCAAAAGAUGAAGUUGAACUUCCAAGAAUUUCCAUGGAUCCAAAAUACAAAGAUACCAUUGUUGUAAAUGCUGGUGAAACUUUCAAACUUGAAGCUGAUGUACAUGGGAAACCAAUUCCUACUAUUAUGUGGUUGAAAGGAGAUAAGGUCCUUGAAGAUACUGCUCGAUAUGAAAUAAGGAAUACAGAUUUCAAGGCUCUGAUUACUGUGAAAGAUGCUAUACGUGUUGACGGCGGGCAGUAUAUUUUGCAGGCCUCCAAUGUUGCAGGAACAAAAUCAGUACCCAUAACAGUAAAAGUACUAGAUAGGCCAGGGCCUCCAGAGAGUAUUCAAAUUUCUGGAGUUACUUCUGAAAAGUGUUCCUUAGCAUGGGCUCCACCAAUCCAUGAUGGUGGCAGUGACAUUUCUCACUACAUAAUUGAGAAGAGAGAAACUAGUCGUCUUGCUUGGACAGUUGUUGCCUCAGAUGCUGUAGCCACAAUGCUAAAAGUAACCAAACUUCUGGAAGGCAAUGAAUAUGUCUUCCGCAUAAUGGCAGUUAAUAAAUAUGGAGUUGGUGAACCUUUGGAAUCUGCACCAGUACUUAUGAAAAGCCCAUUUGUUGUUCCUGGUCCACCAACGUAUCUUGAAGUGACCAAUAUUACGAAGGAUUCUAUGACAGUCUCCUGGCAUCGUCCAGGUAGUGAUGGUGGCAGUGAAAUUAUUGGCUACAUUGUGGAAAAAAGAGAUAGAACUGGUAUUAGAUGGGUGAAAUGUAAUAAACGAAGAAUUACAGAUUUACGUUUAAGAGUCACAGGACUAACUGAAGAUCACGAAUAUGAAUUUAGAGUAUCUGCUGAAAAUAUAGCUGGAAUUGGUGAACCAAGUCAAGUUACUCCAUACUGGAAAGCAUGUGAUCCUAUGUUCAAGCCUGGUCCACCCACUAAUGCCCAUGUUGUUGAUACAACCAAGAAUUCAAUCACAGCGGCAUGGGGUAAACCUAUUUAUGACGGUGGCUGUGAAAUCCUGGGAUAUAUUGUAGAAAUCUGCAAAGCUGAUGAUGAAGAAUGGGCAAUAGUUACUCCACAGACUGGUCUGAAAGUCAAUCGUUUUGAGAUCAAGAAACUCAUAGAACAUCAAGAAUACAAGCUAAGGGUGUGUGCUCUCAACAAAAUAGGAGUCGGGGAGCCUGCAGCAAUUCCUGGUAUAGUGAAACCAGAAGAUAAACUUGAAGCUCCUGAACUUGAUAUAGACUCAGAAUUAAGGAAGGGAAUUGUCGUUAGAGCUGGUAGCUCUGUCAGGAUAAAUAUACCAUUUAAAGGACGCCCCACUCCUGAAAUCUCAUGGUCUCGUGAAGAAGGGGAAUUUACAGAUAAAGUUCAAAUUGAAAAAGGAAUAAAUUACACACAGCUAUCCAUUGAUUAUUGUGAUAGAAAUGAUGCUGGGAAGUAUAUACUUAAACUGGAGAAUAGCAGCGGUUUGAAGUCUGCAUUUGUUACGGUUAAAGUACUUGACACACCAGGUCCACCACAAAAUUUAAUAGUCAAAGAAAUAAGAAAAGACUAUGCUGUAUUGACAUGGGAGCCUCCAGCUAAUGAUGGUGGAGCAAAGAUAAAGAACUAUGUCAUUGAUAAACGUGAGUCAACCAGAAAAGCAUAUGCAAAUGUGACUGCAAAGUGUAACAAAACAAGCUUUAGAGUUGAAAACCUUACAGAAGGAAGCAUUUAUUAUUUCAGAGUUAUGGCCGAAAAUGAAUUUGGAAUUGGUAGUCCAGCUGAAACUGCCGAUGCUUCAAAAGCAUCAGAGCCACCUCUACCUCCUGGAAAAGUGACACUCACUGAUGUGACACAGAGAAGUGCAUCGUUUAUGUGGGAGAAGCCUGAACAUGAUGGAGGUAGCAGAAUUUUGGGAUACAUUGUUGAAAUGCAGCCAAAAGGAUCUGAUAAAUGGAGUGUUGUUACUGAAACCAAAGUCUGCAAUGCAGUUGUAUCUGGUUUGAGUUCUGGACAGGAAUACCAGUUCCGUGUCAUGGCAUACAAUGAAAAAGGCAAAAGUGAUCCUAAGCCACUGGCAGUUCCUGUGAUUGCCAAAGAUCAGACAAUUCAGCCCAGUUUCAAACUGAUGUUCAACACAUAUACUGUGCAAGCUGGAGAAGAUCUUAAAGUAGAAAUUCCCUUUAUAGCUCGACCAAAGCCUACUAUCACUUGGGAGAAAGAUGGCCAGCCUCUAAAACAGACAACCAGAUUACAUGUUGAAGAUACAGCAACUUCGACUACAUUGGUGAUUAAAGAAAGCAACAAGGAUGACUUUGGAAAAUAUACUGUAACAGCAACCAACAUCGCAGGCACAGCAACAGAGCACCUUAGUAUAAUUGUGCUAGAAAAGCCUGGCCCACCCCAAGGCCCUGUCCGCUUUGAUGAAGUUAGCUCAAACUUUGUGGUCUUCUCAUGGGAACCACCAGCAUAUACAGGUGGCUGUCAGAUAUCCAACUACAUUGUCGAGAAACGUGACACUACGACCACUGUUUGGCAUAUAGUAUCAGCAAUGGUUGCAAGGACAACUAUUAAAGUAACAAAACUUAAAACAGGUACUGAGUACCAGUUUAGAAUUAGUGCUGAAAACCGAUAUGGAAAGAGCACUGCACUAGAUUCUAAGCCAGUUCUUGUACAAUACCCAUACAAAGUACCAGGGCCACCAGGGACCCCAUAUGUCACUACAGCCACCAAAGACCACAUGAUAGUACAAUGGCAUGAACCAGUUAAUGAUGGAGGAAGCAAAGUUCUUGGAUAUCAUCUAGAACGUAAAGAUAAAAAUAGCAUCCUUUGGGCAAAGGUGCAUAAGGCCCUUAUUCAGGACACAAAAUAUAAAACAGAAGGUCUUGAAGAAGGUCUUGAAUAUGAAUUCAGAGUUUCUGCUGAAAACAUUGUUGGAAUAGGUAAAGUUAGCAAAUGUUCCGAACUGUAUGUUGCUCGGGAUGCUUGUGGCCCACCAGGCCGUCCAGAUGCCAUUGUGAUCACUAGAAAUUACGUAACGCUAAAAUGGAAAAAACCCGAAUAUGAUGGUGGUAGCAGAAUAACUGGAUACAUUGUGGAAAAGCAAGAACUACCUGACGGCCGUUGGAUGAAGGCCAGUUUUACAAAUGUAAUAGAAACUGAGUUUACAGUAAGCGGCCUUGUAGAAGACCAAAGAUAUGAAUUCAGAGUAAUUGCAAGAAAUGCAGCUGGUAGCUUAAGUGAACCCUCUGAAAGCACAGGGCCAAUUAUUGCUAGAGAUGAAAUAGAAGCACCAAGAGCUUCCCUGGAUCCUAAAUAUAAAGAUCUCAUUGUUGUUCGUGCGGGAGAAACAUUUGUUCUUGAGGCUGACAUCCAUGGAAAACCUGUUCCUAAUAUUAUAUGGUCAAAAGAUGGGAAAGAAUUUGAAGAAGCAACUGCAAGAAUGGAAAUUAAGUCUUCAAUUGAAAGAACAACUCUCACAGUCAAAGACUGUGUCAGAAUAGAUGGAGGCAUUUACACACUUACACUGAGUAAUGUUGGUGGCACAAAAUCAAUACCAAUCACUGUAAAAGUGCUUGACAGACCUGGACCCCCAGAAGCCCCUUUGAAAGUUACAGGUGUGACUGCAGAAAAAUGUUACCUUGCAUGGGGACCACCUUUACAAGAUGGAGGUGCUAGCAUUUCACAUUACAUUAUAGAAAAAAGAGAGACAAGCCGGCUUUCAUGGACACAAGUGUCAUCUGAUGUUCAAGCUCUGAAUCACAAAGUAACCAAACUUCUUUCUGGCAAUGAAUACAUUUUCCGUGUAAUGGCUGUUAAUAAAUAUGGAAUUGGUGAUCCUCUAGAAUCAGAACCUGUGUUGGCAUGCAAUCCAUAUAAGCCUCCAGGUCCUCCUUCAACACCUGAAGCUUCUGCAAUCACAAAAGAUUCUAUGAUUGUAUCCUGGUGUCGCCCAACCGACAAUGGUGGAGCUGAAAUUGAAGGUUAUAUACUAGAAAAGCGAGACAAAGAUGGCAUUAGAUGGACCAAGUGCAAUAAAAAGACACUGACAGACUUAAGAUUGAGAGUAACUGGACUGACAGAUGGUCAUUUCUAUGAAUUUAGAGUUUCUGCUGAAAAUGCUGCUGGUAUUGGUGAACCCAGUGAACCAUCCAUUUUCUACCGUGCUUGUGAUGCAUUAUAUCCACCAGGCCCUCCAAACAAUCCAAAGGUAACAGAUACUUCCAGAUCAUCUGUGUCCCUUGCAUGGAGCAAACCUGUUUAUGAUGGUGGUGCUCCUGUUAAAGGAUAUAUUGUAGAAUUUAAAGAAGCUACUGCUGAUGAAUGGACAACUUGCACACCCCCAUCAGGUUUACAAGGAAAGCAAUUCACAGUAACCAAACUUAAAGAAAAUAGCGAGUACAACUUCCGCAUUUGUGCCAUCAACUCUGAAGGAGUUGGAGAACCAGCAACUAUCCCUGGUAGUGUUGUUGCUGCUGAAAAAAUGGAACCUCCUGAAAUAGAACUCGAUGCAGAUCUCAGAAAAGUGGUCACCGUGCGUGCGAGCGGCACAUUGCGCUUGUUUGUCACCAUUAAAGGAAGGCCAGAGCCAGAAGUGAAAUGGGAAAAAGCAGAAGGCACUCUGAGUGACAGAGCCCAGAUUGAGGUAACCAGUUCAUAUACAAUGUUAGUAAUUGAUAAUGUGAACAGAUUUGACAGUGGAAAAUAUAACCUGACUUUGGAAAACAACAGUGGCAAGAAAUCAGCAUUUGUUAAUGUGAGAGUGCUUGAUACACCAAGUGCCCCUGUAAAUUUGACCGUCAGAGAAGUAAAGAAAGAUUUAGUGGCAUUAGCUUGGGAGCCUCCACUUAUUGAUGGCGGAGCUAAAAUUACAAAUUACAUAAUUGAAAAACGUGAAACAACAAGAAAAGCCUAUGCCACUGUUACAAAUAAUUGCAACAAGAAUGUCUUCAGAAUUGAACAGCUACAGGAAGGAUGCAGCUACUACUUCCGGGUCUUAGCUGUAAAUGAAUAUGGAGUUGGUUUGCCAGCAGAAACAUCUGAACCAGUUAAGGUUUCUGAACCACCUUAUCCACCUGGAAAAGUAACUCUUGUUGAUGUUACGCGCCGCAGUGCUACUAUUAAAUGGGAGAAGCCAGAGAGUGAUGGUGGCAGUAAAAUAACUGGCUAUGUAGUAGAAAUGCAAACUAAAGGUAGUGAAAAAUGGAGCACCUGUACCCAGGUUAAAACAUUAGAAGCAACAAUAUCUGGAUUAACUAUGGGAGAAGAAUACACUUUCCGUGUCUGUGCUGUUAAUGAAAAAGGGAAGAGUGAUCCAAGGCAGCUAGGCGUUCCAGUAGUUGCAAAGGACAUUGAAAUCCAGCCUUCUGUUGAGCUCCUUUUCAAUACAUUCAGUGUUAAAGCUGGUGAAGACCUUAAAAUUGAUGUACCCAUCAGAGGAAGGCCAGUACCAUCUGCCAGCUGGAAAAAGGAUGGCAUGCCUUUAAGAGAGACAACUAGAGUGAAUGUCCAAACUUCAAAAACAUCAACAUCACUAGUAAUCAAAGAAGCUUCAAGAGAGGAUGUAGGAAACUAUGAAUUAAAUGUUGCAAGCAGUGCUGGCUCUACAACAGCUUUCAUCACCGUAAUUGUUCUUGAUAGACCAGGACCUCCAACCUCAUUACGUAUUGAUAAUGUCAGUGCUGAUAAUAUAACUAUAUCUUGGGAACCCCCUGAAUAUGAUGGUGGCUGUCAAAUUAAUAAUUACAUUGUGGAUAAAAGAGAAACUACAACAACAAUGUGGACCACUGUAUCUGCAGCAGUUGCACGAACUUCAAUUAAAAUAGCUCGUUUAACCACUGGAUCAGAAUAUCAAUUCCGUGUUUUUGCAGAAAAUCGCUAUGGCAAAAGCACUUUCGUUGAAACUGCACCUGUUGUUGCAGAGUAUCCAUUUAAUCCACCUGGUCCACCUGGUACUCCUCGAGUUGUACAUGCAACUAAAGCCUUCAUGAUUGUAAGUUGGCAGGAACCAGUUAAUGAUGGAGGUAGCAAAGUCCUUGGUUAUCAUCUUGAACGUAAAGAACGUAGCAGCAUCCUUUGGACUAAAGUUAAUAAAAUCCUCAUAAGUGAUACUCAGAUGAAGGUCACAGGCCUUGAUGAAGGCCUGAUGUAUGAAUAUCGUGUGUAUGCUGAAAACAUUGUAGGCAUUGGCAAAUGUAGCAAAUCAUGUGAACCAGUUGCAGCAAGGGAUCCAUGUGACCCACCUGGUCAACCAGAAGUGACUAAUAUUACCAGAACAUGUGUCUCGCUAUCAUGGACCAAACCAGAAUAUGAUGGCGGUGCUAAGAUUACAGGCUACAUUAUUGAGCGGAAAGAGCUCCCAGAUGGUCGUUGGCUGAAGUGCAAUUUCACCAAUGUACAGGAAACUUUCUUUGAUGUGACAGGGCUUACUGAAGACCAGCGUUAUGAGUUCCGUGUUAUUGCCAGGAAUGCUGCUGGCCAAUUUAGUGAACCAUCAGAAUCCACUGGGCCAGUUACUGUAAAGGAUGACAUAGAAGCUCCAAGAAUUAUGAUGGAUGCCAAAUUCAGAGAUGUUGUCAUUAAAGCUGGAGAGAUUUUAAAAAUCAGUGCUGACAUUGCCGGACGACCCUCGCCAAUAGUUUCAUGGACAAAGGAUGGCAAAGAGAUUGAAGCAAAGGCAAGAGUUGAAAUAGUCUCAACAGAUCACACUACAACAGUAACUGUUAAAGACUGUAUUCGACGUGAUUCAGGGCAGUAUGUGUUAACAUUACAAAAUGUUGCUGGAACAAAAUCAUUAGCAGUUAAUUGCAAAGUACUUGACAGACCAGGUCCACCAGCAGCCCCACUAGAAAUUAAAGGACUGACUGCUGAGAAAUGUUAUUUGUCAUGGGGAGCACCUCAAGAAAAUGGAGGGGCAGAGAUUGACUAUUAUAUUGUGGAAAAACGUGAGACUAGUAGGAUUGCAUGGACUAUUUGUGAAGCAGAACUUCCAACAACAUCCUGCAAAGUAACAAAACUACUCAGAGGAAAUGAAUAUAUUUUCAGGGUGAUGGGUGUAAAUAAAUAUGGUGUUGGUGAACCCUUGGAAAGUGAUGCUGUCAAGGCCCUGGAUCCUUUUACUGUUCCAAGCCCUCCUAAAUCUUUAGAGAUUACCAAUGUGACAAAGGAAUCCUUGACUCUUUGUUGGGCAAGACCUGACAGUGAUGGAGGAAAUGAAAUUUCUGGUUAUGUGAUUGAAAGGCGCGAGAAAAACAGUUUACGGUGGAUACGUAUAAAUAAAAAGCCAGUUUAUGACCUCAGAAUAAAAUCUUCAGGUCUCCGUGAAGGAUGUGAAUAUGAAUAUAGAGUAUAUGCAGAAAAUGCUGCAGGCCUUAGUCUUCCUAGUGAUACUUCACCACUAAUAAAAGCAGAAGAUCCAGUUUUCCUGCCAUCACCACCAUCUAGGCCCAAGAUAAUGGACUAUACAAGAACUCAUAUAACAAUUGGAUGGACAAAGCCAUUAUUUGAUGGCGGAGCUCCUAUUAUUGGAUACACUAUUGAAUACAAGCUAACUAGUGAAACUGAUUGGUCAACUGCUAUUCAAAGCUUAAGAGGUACAGAAUACACUGUAAUGGGUCUUACAUCAGGAGCAGAAUAUGUUUUCAGAGUAAAGUCUCUGAACAAAGUUGGUGCUAGUGAUCCAAGUGAUGCCUCAGAACCUCAAGUAGCAAAAGAAAGGGAAGAAGAACCUGUUUUUGAUAUUGAUAAUGAAAUGAGAAAGACUUUAAUUGUGAAAGCUGGCGAAUCAUUUACAAUGACUGUGCCGUUCAGAGGAAAACCUAUCCCUAAUGUGCUAUGGAGUAAGCCAGAUACUGAUCUCCGUACACGAGCAAAUAUUGAUUCCUCAGAUAAACGCACCUCACUUACUAUUGAAAAGGCAACACGAAACGAUUCUGGAAAGUAUACACUGACAUUACAAAACAUUGUAAACACAGCUAGUUUGACAUUAGUUGUUAAAGUUCUUGACUCACCAGGGCCUCCAUCUAGUAUCAUUGUAAAAGAUGUAACAAAAGAGUCUGCUAUGUUAUCUUGGGAAGCUCCGGAGAAUGAUGGAGGGGCUCCUGUGAAGAACUACUACAUUGAAAAACGAGAAGCAAGCAAGAAAGCUUGGGUCACCGUAACCAACAAUUGCCAUCGUCUUUCCUACAAAGUCACCAAUUUACAAGAAGGUGGAAUUUAUUACUUCAGAGUCUCUGGGGAAAAUGAAUUUGGUGUUGGAGUUCCCAUUGAAACCAAAGAUGGAGUUAAAAUAACAGAAAAACCAAGCCCACCAGAAAAACUGGGAGUAUCGAGCAUGACUAAGGACAGUGUAUCCCUUGUAUGGCUAAAACCCGAGCACGAUGGUGGAAGCAGAAUUAUAGGCUACCUUGUUGAAGCCCUAGAGAAAGGGCAGCAAAAGUGGGUCAAAUGUGCUGUAGUCAAGACAACCCAUCAUGUUGUCCAAGGUCUCAAGGAGAACAUGGAUUAUUUCUUCAGAGUAUUUGCAGAAAACGAAGCUGGCCUGAGUGACCCUAGAGAGCUUCUUCUUGCUGUCACAGUUAAAGAACAAAUGGAAUCUCCUGAAGUGGAUAUGAAAGGUUUCCCAAAUCAUACCAUUUAUGUGAGAGCUGGUUCAAAUCUAAAGGUUGAGAUUCCAAUUUCAGGAAAACCCUUGCCAAAGGUAACUUUGUCCAGAGAUGGCAUUCCUCUCAAGCCAACCAUGAGGUUUAAUACAGAAACCACUGCAGAGAGUGUAAUUGUUAACCUUAAGGAAAGUGUGGCUGCUGACGCUGGCAGAUAUGACAUCACGGCUGCAAACUCCAGCGGAACAACAAAAUCCUUCAUUAAAAUUGUUGUCCUGGAUAGACCAGGUCCCCCAGUUGGUCCUGUGGUGGUUAGUGACAUCACUGAAGAAGGAGUCACCCUGAACUGGGAGCCCCCACAUUAUGAUGGUGGAAGCCAAGUCACAAACUACAUUGUGCUAAAAAGAGAAACAAGCACAGCUGUGUGGUCUGAAGUGUCUGCAACAGUUGCUAGAAAUACUAUUAAAGUCAUGAAGUUAACCACUGGCGAAGAGUAUCAGUUCCGUAUCAAAGCAGAAAAUCGCUUUGGCAUUAGUGACCAUCUUGAUUCAGCAUGUGUAAUUAUAAAACUGCCUUAUACUACACCUGGGCCACCUUCAACACCAUGGAUCACUAAUGUAACUCAAGAAAACAUCACUGUUGGAUGGCAUGAACCUGUUUCUAAUGGAGGCAGUGCAAUCAUUGGUUACCAUCUGGAAAUGAAGGACAGAAACAGUAUUUUAUGGAAGAAAGUGAAUAAAAUGAUUAUACGCACAACUCACUUCAAGACCUCUAACAUUACUGCUGGACUAAUUUAUGAAUUCAGAGUUUAUGCUGAAAAUGCAGCAGGCAUUGGAAAACCAAGUCAUCCAUCUGAUGCAGUUCUUGCAAUUGAUGCAUGCGAGCCACCAAGAAAGGUUCGUGUCACAGAUAUUUCCAAGACAUUUGUCAGCCUGUCUUGGACACAACCAGCUUUUGAUGGUGGUAGCAAAAUCACUGGAUACAUCGUGGAGAAACGCGAUUUUCCAAAUGGAAGAUGGGCAAAGGCCAGCUUUACCAACGUCAUAGAGACCCAGUUUACUGUAUCAGGAUUGACUCAGAGCUCUCAAUAUGAAUUCCGUGUCUUUGCUAAGAAUGCAGCAGGUUCAGUUAGUAAUCCAUCAGAUGUUUUAGGACCUAUCACCUGUGUGGACACAUAUGGUGCACCUGAAAUAGAUGUACCACCAGAAUAUACAGAAGUAGUAAAAUACAAAGCUGGCACUGCCGUUAAGCUCAAACUUGGGAUUUCAGGAAAACCCAUACCAUCAAUAGAGUGGUUUAGAAAUGGCAAAGAAAUACAGACAAGUGCCCAAAUAUCUAUUGAAAACACCACCGAAUUCGCCUCUGUACUGAUCAAAGAUGCAACUCGUCUUAAUAGUGGAAGCUAUGAACUGAAAUUAAAGAAUGCCAUGGGUUCAGCGUCUGCUUCCAUUAAAGUACAAAUACUUGAUAAGCCAGGACCUCCAUGUGGGCCUGUUCAGUUUAAAACAGUCACUGCUGAAAAGAUUUCUCUUAUGUGGCAACCACCAGCUGAUGAUGGAGGUGCCAGAGUGACACAUUACGUUGUUGAAAAACGAGAAACAAGCCGUGUGGUAUGGUCUAUGGUUUCAGAAAAACAAGAAGACUGCAACGUCACUACCACCAAAGUCAUAAAAGGAAACGAAUAUGUAUUCCGUAUACGAGCGGUAAACAAAUUUGGUGUUGGCGAUCCACUGGAAUCUGAUAGCGUUGUAGCUAAAAAUGCAUUUGUUACCCCUGGACAACCUGGUAUGCCAGAGGUCACCAUGAUAACAAAACAGUCAAUGACUGUAACCUGGAGCAGGCCUAUUGUGGAUGGUGGUAGUGAAAUAAGUGGAUAUUAUCUUGAAAAGCGCGAUAAGAAAAGCCUAGGCUGGUUCAGAGUAAUUAAAGAAACCAUUCGGGACACCAGACAGAAAGUGACAGGACUAACAGAAAACAGCGAAUACCAGUUCAGAGUCUCUGCUGUGAAUGCAGCUGGCCAAGGUCCCUUCUCUGACACAACUGACUUUUUCAAGGCUGCAGAUCCUAUUGAAAAGCCUGGGCCACCUGUUAAGUUAAAGGUUGUGGAUACUACAAAGACAUCUAUCACACUUGGCUGGACUAAACCAGCUUAUGAUGGAGGAAGUGCAAUUACCAGCUAUGCUAUAGAAAAGAGAGAAGGUGAUGAAGAAGAAUGGUCUGUAGUGAGUGCCAGAGGAGAAGUGAGAACCACAGAAUACGUUGUUUCUCAGCUUCAGCCAGGACUCAAUUACUACUUCCGUGUAGCUGCUAUAAAUUGUGCUGGACAAGGUGAACCUAUUGAAAUGACAGAACCUGUACAAGCUAAAGACAUUCUUGAGGAGCCAGAAAUUGAUCUGGAUGUGGCUCUCAAAACCUCAAUUGUAGCUAAAGCAGGUCAAGAUGUGCAAAUAAUGAUCCCAUUCAAGGGAAGACCUCCUCCAACUGUCACAUGGAGAAAGGGUGACAAAAAUCUUAGUGUUGAUGAAAGAUACACCAUCCAGAACACAGAUUCAUCUACACUUCUUAGUAUUCCUCAAGUCACUCGCAAUGAUACAGGGAAAUACGUCCUUACAAUUGAAAACGGAGUUGGAAGAGCCAAAACCUCCUUUGUGAAUGUCAAAGUGCUUGACACUCCAUCUGCAUGCCAGAGGCUGCACCUAAAAAAUGUUUCUCGUGGAACUGUGACUUUGGUAUGGGAACCACCACUCAUAAACGGCGGUUCUGAAGUAACAAAUUACGUCAUUGAAAAAAGAGACGCUACAAAAAGAGCUUGGUCUACUGUAACAGCAAAGUGCUCUAAUACAUCCUUUAAGAUAACUGACUUAUCAGAGAAGGUUCCAUACUUCUUCCGUGUCCUUGCAGAAAAUGAAAAUGGAUUAGGUGAACCAUGUGAAACUUCAGAACCAGUGAAAGCUGCAGAAGUUCCUGGACCUGUGAGGGAUUUGGCCAUGAAAGAUUCGACCAAGACCUCUGUCACCCUACAGUGGACCAAACCUGAGUUUGAUGGUGGUAGUAUCAUAUCAGAUUAUAUCAUUGAAAAGAGAUUAAAGGAUGAAACGGAAUGGUCAUAUGCAGGCAUGAGUAAGGCAUGUGAAUUUGAAGUUGAAAAACUUAAGGAGCUUUCUGUCAUGGAAUUCAGAGUGUCAGCCAAGAAUGAAAAAGGAAGAAGUGACGGUGUUACAGUUGGGCCAAUUACAGUGAAAGAUUAUGUAAUAACACCUGAAGCAGAUCUUUCUGAUAUACCUGGAGGACAGGUAACAGUGAGAAUAGGUUAUAAUGUACACCUUGAAUUGCCAUAUAAAGGAAAGCCAAUACCCACUAUGAGUUGGCUGAAAGACAACAUGCCUCUUAAAGAGAGUGAACUGGUUCGCUUCAAGAAAACAGAAAACAAAAUAACAUUAAGCAUUAAGAAUGUGAAGAAAGAAAAUGGUGGCAAAUACACCUUAAUUCUUGAUAAUGGCGUCCACAGAAAGACAUUCCCAUUUACAAUUAUAACACUUGGCCCACCAUCUAAGCCAAAAGGACCCAUAAAACUAGAGGAAAUCAAAGCAGACAGCAUGGUUCUUUCAUGGGGUGCUCCUGAAGAUGACGGAGGUGGAGAAAUUACAGGCUACAGUGUUGAGAAGCGAGAAACUUCACAAACCAAUUGGAAAAUGGUCUGCUCUAGCGUGGCAAGGACAACAUUCAAAGUUCCAAACCUCAUUAAAGAUACAGAAUAUCAAUUCAGAAUUCGUGCAGAAAAUAGGUAUGGAGUAAGUCCACCACUUAACUCUGUAGAGGUCAUAGCUAAACACCAGUUUAAGCCACCAGGUUCACCAGGGAAACCCAUUGUUUACAACGUAACAGCUGAUGGGAUGACCAUAUCUUGGGAUGCUCCGCUUUAUGAUGGAGGUGCAGAAAUUACUGGGUACCACGUGGAAAAGAAAGAAAGAAAUAGCAUCCUGUGGCAGAGAGUAAAUGUUUCAUCCAUAUCUAAUAGAGAAUACAGAAUUACUGGAUUAAUGGAAGGCUUGGACUAUCAGUUCCGUGUAUUUGCAGAAAACUCUGCUGGAUUAAGCCCUGCUGGCGAUCCAAGCAAAUUCACUCUGGCUGUUUCUCCAGUUGAUCCACCUGGCACCCCUGAUUAUAUUGAUGUGACAAGAGAAACAAUUACUCUGAAGUGGACUGCACCACUACGUGAUGGAGGCAGCAAGAUUGUGGGUUAUAGUGUUGAGAAACGGCAAGGGGCUGAAGAUCGUUGGGUCAGGUGCAAUUUUAUUGAUGUCAGUGAAUGCCAAUAUACAGUUACAGGACUUAGCCCUGGGGACCGAUAUGAAUUCCGAAUCCUUGCAAGAAAUGCUGUUGGGACUAUCAGCCCUCCUUCUCAGUCUUCAGGCUAUAUCAUGACCAGAGAUGAGGCUGUUGCACCGAAUAUUGAAUUUGGUGCUGAGCAUUUUGAGGGUCUUACCGUCAAAGCCGGUGAAAGCAUAAGACUUAAAGCCCUUAUCACAGGCCGGCCAGUUCCUCAGGUGACAUGGAUUAAAGAUGGAGAAGAGAUUGACAAGCGAUUGAACAUUGAAAUAACCGAUGCUAUUGGUUCUAGUACCAUAUUUGUUAGAGAUGCUUCUCGGGACCAUCGUGGAGUAUAUAGGGUGGAAGCCAAGAAUUCAUCAGGCACCAAACGAGCAGACAUAACCAUAAGAGUCCAAGAUACUCCAGGGAAAGUAGGGGGGCCGAUACGCUUCACCAAUAUUACUGAAGAGAAGGCAACACUCUGGUGGGAGCCUCCAGCUAACGAUGGCUGUGCAGCCAUUACUCAUUAUGUCAUUGAAAAGCGUGAAACCAGCAGAAUAGCCUGGGCACUAAUUGAAGAUCACUGCGAAGCCUGCAGUUACACAGCACUUAGGUUAAUCAAAGGCAAUGAAUAUCAGUUCCGAAUCUCUGCAGCUAACAAGUUUGGGGUCGGCAGGCCUCUGGAAUCUGACCCUUUUGUAGCACAAGCACAUUACACUGUUCCUGAUGCACCUGGUACUCCAGAACCUAGCAAUGUAACAGGGAACAGCAUCACUCUCACUUGGACAAGGCCAAAAUCAGACGGUGGAAGUGACAUUGAUCAGUAUAUCUUGGAGAGAAGAGAAAAGAAGAGCAUUCUCUGGGUCAAAGUAUCCAGCAAGAGACCCAUUUCUGAGACAAGAUUCAGAGUCACAGGCCUAACUGAGGGCAAUGAAUAUGAAUUCCAGGUUAUGGCAGAAAACAAGGCAGGUGUGGGGCCACCAAGUGGUGUGUCAAGGCUGAUUAAAUGCCGAGACCCAGUUCAUCCACCAGGUCCUCCUACUGUGGUCAAAGUGACCGAUACAUCAAAGACAAGUGUCAGCUUAGAAUGGACCACACCAGUCUUUGAUGGUGGCUUGGAAAUCAUUGGCUACAUCAUUGAAAUGUGCAAAGCUGAUUUGGGAGAUUGGCAUAAAGUCAAUGCUGAGACUUUAAUCGCUACCAAGUAUACUGUGACCGACUUAGAACCAAAUGAGCAUUAUAAAUUCCGAGUCAGUGCUGUAAAUACUGCAGGCAGAGGAGAAAGCUGUGAAGUUGCUGCUUCAGUGCAAACAGUAGAUAGGCUCUCUUCCCCUGAACUUGAUAUUGAUGCUAGCUUCAAGCAGACUCACAUUGUCCGAGCAGGUGCAAAUAUUCGUCUCUUUAUUGCCUUCAAGGGCAGACCUGUUCCUAUUGCUACGUGGUCCAAAACAGAUUCUGAUCUCAACUUGCGUGCUAACAUUCACACAACAGACUCAUUCAGUACAUUAACUGUAGAGAACUGCAACAGAACGGAUGCUGGAAAAUAUGUGUUUACUGUAGAAAACAACAGUGGCAGCAAAUCUAUUGCUUUCACAGUGAAAGUGCUAGACACUCCUGGACCACCAGGCCCUAUUACAUUUAAGGAUGUGACUAAAGGCUCUAUCACUUUAAUGUGGGAUGCCCCCAUUUUGGAUGGAGGCGCACGUAUCCAUCAUUAUGUUGUGGAGAAGCGAGAAGCAAGCCGCCGUAGCUGGCAAACUGUUUAUGAAAAAUGUACCCGCCAAAUAGCUAAAGUGACUGAUCUUGCAGAAGGUGUACCCUAUUUUUACCGUGUCUCAGCAGAAAAUGAAUAUGGAUUAGGUGAACCAUGUGAAUUAACAGAGCCGGUGGUGGCCACUGAAGAACCUGCUCCACCUAAGAGAUUAGAUAUUGUUGAUACCACUAGGUCAUCUGUGGUACUUGCUUGGCUUAAACCUGAUCAUGACGGUGGCAGCCGUAUCACUGGAUAUCUCCUAGAGAUGAAACAGAAAGGAACUGAAGUUUGGCGUGAAGCAGGUCAAACAAAGCAGCUUACUUUUACAGUAGAAGGUCUUACUGAGAAUAAUGAAUAUGAAUUUAGGGUCAGAGCAAAGAACGAUGCUGGCUACAGUCAGCCAAGAGAAGCUUUCUGUUCUGUCAUUAUUAAAGAGCCACAGAUUGAACCAACUGCAGAUCUUAGUGGAAUAACUAAACAGCUUAUAACUUGCAAAGCUGGAAGCGCCUUUACUAUUGAUAUACCUAUUAGUGGACGUCCUAUUCCAAAAGUAAUCUGGAAACUUGAGGAAAUGAGACUUAAGGAAACUGAUAGAGUAACUAUCAAGACAACAAAAGAUAGAACUACACUGACUGUUAAGGACAGCAUGAGAGGUGACUCUGGCAAAUACUAUUUGACUCUUGAGAACACAGCUGGUGUGAAGACAUUCACUGUCACAGUUACAGUUAUUGGAAGGCCAGGUCCAGUUAUGCACCCCAUAGAAAUAUCAUCAGUGACAGCAGAAUCCUGUGUAUUGUCUUGGAAGGAACCUGAAGAUGAUGGUGGUUCUGAUAUUACUAACUACAUUGUUGAAAAACGUGAAUCUGGUACAACAGCAUGGCAACUAGUAAAUUCCAGCGUCAAGCGUACACAGAUCAAAGUAACUCAUCUCACUAAAUAUAUGGAAUAUACCUUCCGUGUCAGUUCGGAAAACAGAUUUGGGGUCAGCAAGCCUGUUGAAUCAGUUCCAGUUGUGGCUGAGCAUCCAUUCGUCCCACCAAGUCCCCCCACAAGACCUGAGGUCUAUUUUGUUUCGGCCAAUGCCAUGUCUAUUCGAUGGGAGGAACCAUAUCAUGAUGGUGGCAGCAAAGUUGUGGGAUACUGGAUUGAAAAGAAAGAACGCAACACAAUCCUUUGGGUAAAGGAAAACAAAAGUCCAUGUUUUGAGUGUGACUACAAAAUUACUGGGCUUGUAGAAGGUCUGGAGUAUCAAUUCAGAACAUAUGCAUUAAACGCUGCUGGAGUAAGCAAAGCCAGUGAAGCUUCUAGGCCAUUAGUGGCCCAAAACCCAGUUGAUCCACCAGGUAGACCAGAAGUGACAGACGUCACACGGUCUUCAGUUUCAUUAAGCUGGACUUCUCCACUCUAUGAUGGUGGAAGCAAAAUUGUGGGCUAUAUUAUAGAACGCAAGCCCUACAAUGUGGCUGGAGAUGGACGCUGGUUGAAAUGCAAUUACACCAUUGUUUCAGAAAACUUCUUUACCGUAACAGCCCUAAGUGAAGGAGAAGAAUAUGAAUUCCGCAUAUUAGCAAAGAACAGUGCUGGGGUGAUUAGCAAAGGUUCUGAAACAACAGGUCCUGUCACCUGUAAAGAUGAAUAUUCACCACCUAAAGCUGAACUGGAUGCCAAAUUACAAGUAGAUGUUGUAACUGUUAGGGCUGGAUCUGAUCUUGUUCUUGAGGCAUCGAUUGGUGGAAAACCAGAACCAAAAGUGUUUUGGUCUAAGGGUGACAAAGAGUUGGAUUUAUGUGAAAAGAUCUCUUUGCAAUAUACCAGCAAGCAUGCUGUUGCAAUCAUCAAGUUCUGUGACAGAAGCGAUACUGGAAAAUACACACUGACUGUUAAAAAUGCUAGUGGAACAAAACAAGUUGCUGUUUUUGUCAAAGUACUUGAUUCUCCUGGUCCAUGUGCUGGCAAAAUCACUAUUAGUAGAGUGACAGAAGAGAAGUGCACCUUGGCCUGGAAUCUUCCUCAAGAAGAUGGAGGAGCAGAGAUUACCCACUACAUUGUGGAGAGACGUGAGACCAGUAGGCUGAACUGGGUUAUUGUUGAUGCAGAAUGUCCAACACUCUCAUGCGUAGCAAUAAGACUUAUCAAAAAUAAUGAAUACAUAUUCCGUGUAAGAGCUGUCAAUAAGUACGGACCUGGAGUUCCACUUGAAUCAGAAACUAUAAUUGCUAGAAAUUCAUUUACUAUUCCAUCACCUCCCGGGAUGCCUGAAUCAGUGGGUGCUGGCAAAGAGCACAUCAUUAUUCAAUGGCUGAAACCAGAAUCUGAUGGGGGUAAUGAAAUAAGCACCUAUCUUGUAGACAAACGAGAAAAGAGAAGUCUACGCUGGACACGAGUAAACAGAGACUACACCAUUUACGACACCAGGUUGAAAGUCACUGGUCUCAUGGAAGGCUGUGAAUAUCAGUUCCGUGUUACCGCAGUAAAUGCUGCUGGUAACAGUGAGCCUAGUGAAGCUUCUCAAUAUAUUUUGUGCAAAGAACCUUCAUACACUCCUGCACCUCCUUCACCUCCAAGAGUUGUAGAUACUACUAAGACCAGCAUAAGCUUAGCUUGGACAAAGCCCAUGUAUGAUGGUGGAGUGGAUAUUUUGGGCUACAUUCUUGAAAUGAAAGAAGAAGGCACUGAACAAUGGUUCAGGGUCCAUACCACAGCCACCAUCAGGAAUCCUGAAUUCACUGUGACUGGUCUUAGAACAAGCCAGAAAUACCGCUUUAGAGUGGCUGCCACCAACAUAAAUGGCAUGAGUGAAUACAGCGAGUCGCCAGCCGAAAUAGAACCUGUGGAAAGGAUAGAAAUACCUGAUCUUGAGCUUGCUGAUGACCUAAAGAAGACUGUUACUGUCAGAGCUGGUGGCUCUUUACGUCUAAUGGUCUCAGUGUCUGGCAGACCAGCGCCAAGAAUUAUGUGGAGUAAAGCAGGUGUUGACCUAGCAAACCGGGGUAUCAUUGACACCACGGACAGCUACACGCUAUUGGUCGUGGAUAAAGUUAACCGGUAUGAUGCUGGAAAAUAUGUCAUUGAGGCUGAAAAUCAGUCAGGAAAGAAAUCAGCAACAGUUCUUGUAAAAGUCUAUGAUACUCCUGGCCCUCCAGGAGCUGUGAGAGUAAAAGAAGUCACAAAAGAAUCUGUAACUCUUACUUGGGAUGUUCCUGUCAUUGAUGGUGGAGCACCAGUCAACAACUAUAUAAUUGAGAAACGUGAGGCUGCCAUGAGAGCUUACAAAACAGUAACUACUAAGUGCAACAAAACCAUUUAUAGAAUUUCUGGACUUAUGGAAGGCGCUCUCUACUAUUUCCGAGUUCUGCCAGAAAAUAUCUACGGAAUCGGUGAACCUUGUGAGACAGCUGAUACGGUGCUUAUAUCUGAAGUCCCGAGUGUGCCACAGAAACUGGAGGUGGUUGACAUUACUAAAACUACUGUAUCGCUUGCAUGGGAAAAACCACAGCAUGAUGGUGGCAGCAGAUUAACUGGCUAUGUAAUUGAGGCCAGUAAAGUUGGAACAGAAAGGUGGAUGAAAGUCGUAACCCUGAAACCUACAGUCUUUGAGCAUACAAUCAUUUCAUUAAAUGAAGGAGAACAGUACUUGUUUAGAGUCAGAGCACAAAAUCAGAAAGGUGUCUCAGAACCAAGAGAAAUAGUUACAGCAGUGACAGUGCAAGAUCAAAAAGUUCUACCCACCAUUGAUCUUGCUGGAAUUCCUCAAAAGACCAUUCAUGUACCAGCUGGAAGACCUGUAGAAUUAGCAAUUCCAAUUUCUGGACGACCACCUCCAGCUGUUUCUUGGUUCUUUGCUGGCUCCAAACUAAAAGAAUCAGAACGUGUCAAGGUUGAAACAGUUGCUAAACUAACUAAAUUAACUAUACGUGAAACAACAAUACAUGAUAGUGGGGCAUAUACACUUGAACUGAAGAAUACAAGUGGAACUACUCUUGAUACAAUCAAAGUUGUUAUUCUUGAUAAACCUGGACCACCUACUGGACCUAUUAAAGUAGUUGACAUUGAUUCAACUUUUGUAACUAUUUCCUGGGAACCACCUGAGAUGGAUGGUGGUGCAGCAUUGAGUGGAUACGUGGUAGAGCAACGUGAUGCUCACCGUCCAGGAUGGUUACCGGUAUCUGAAUCUGUAACUCGGACAAUAUUUAAAUUUUCUAAACUUACUGAGGGUGCUGAAUAUGUAUUCCGUGUGGCUGCUACGAACCGCUUUGGAAUUGGAUCAUACUUGCAAUCUGAGAUUAUAGAAUGCAAGAGCAGAAUCAGCAUUCCAGGUCCUCCUGGUACUCCAGAAGUAUUUGAUAUCUGCCGUGAUGGAAUGACACUUACUUGGUAUCCACCAGAAGAGGAUGGUGGUUCACAGAUCACUGGUUAUAUUGUGGAACGCAAGGAAGUUAGAUCAGACAGAUGGGUCCGUGUAAACAAAAUUGCAGUGACUAUGACACGCUAUCGAUCUACAGGGUUAAUUGAAGGCCUAGAGUAUGAACACCGCAUCACAGCUAUCAAUGCUAGGGGCACCGGCAAACCAAGCCGAGCAUCAAAGCCUGCAAUUGCUAUGGAUCCAAUUGCUCCUCCAGGCAAACCUCAGAAUCCAAGAGUUACAGAUACUACAAGAACGUCGAUUUCCCUAGCUUGGAGUCCACCUGAAGAUGAAGGUGGAUCUAAAGUCACUGGCUAUUUAAUUGAAAUGCAAAAGGUUGACCAGUUUGAAUGGACUAAAUGCAAUACCACACCCACCAAAAUUCGUGAAUACACUCUAACACAUCUUCCACAAGGCGCGGAGUAUAGAUUCCGUGUUAUAGCCUGUAAUGCUGGAGGUCCUGGGGAGCCUGCUGAGGUGCCGGGAACAGCCAAAGUAACAGAAAUGCUUGAAUAUCCUGAUUAUAUACUUGAUGAAAAAUACCUGGAAGGUAUAUUUGUAAGGCAAGGUGGAGUAAUUAAGCUCACAGUGCCAAUUAAAGGUAAACCUAUUCCAAUUUGCAAAUGGACUAAGGAAGGACAUGAUGUCCUCAAGAGAGCCAUGAUUGCCACUUCUGAAACAGAUACUGAAUUGGUGAUAAAAGAUGCAGAAAGAGAAGAUUCUGGUACUUAUGAUCUGACACUUGAAAAUAAAUGUGGCAAGAAGGCAGUCUACAUCAAAGUCAGAGUAAUUGGCAUUCCAAAUCCACCAGAAGGACCACUUGAAUAUGACGACAUACAAGGACGCUCCGUUAGAGUCAGCUGGAAGCCUCCAACUGAUGAUGGUGGUGCUGAUAUAUUGGGAUAUAUUGUUGAAAGGCGUGAAGUACCAAAGACCGCCUGGUACACAGUUGAUUCCAGAGUAAAAGGUACAUCAUUAGUGGUGAAAGGACUCAAAGAAAAUGUGGAAUAUCACUUCCGUGUUUAUGCUGAAAACCACUUUGGUGUGAGCAGAUCCCUGAAAUCUGAACAGCCAGUUGUGCCAAAGACACCUUUGAAUCCUCCAGAACCUCCAAGUUAUCCACCAGAAAUACUUGAUGUCACAAAAAGUUCUGUUAGCUUAUCUUGGUCCAGACCUAGAGAUGAUGGUGGCUCUCGUGUCACUGGCUACUAUAUUGAACGUAGAGAAACAUCUACUGAAAAAUGGGUCAGGCACAACAAGACCCACAUCACAACUACAAUGUAUACAGUCACAGGACUGAUUCCAGAUGCUGAAUAUCAGUUCCGUAUUAUUGCUCAAAAUGAUAUUGGUGAAGGUGAACCAAGCCCUGUUUCUGAACCAGUUAUAUGCAAAGAUCCAUUUGAUAAACCAAGCCAGCCUGGAGAAAUUGAGAUCCUGUCUAUAUUUAAGGAUAGCAUUACUUUAGAAUGGGAGCGCCCUGAAUGUGAUGGUGGUAAAGACAUCAUUGGAUACUGGGUUGAAUAUCGCCAAUAUGGAGAGACUGCAUGGAAAAAGUGCAAUAAAGAACGCAUCAAAGACAGACAGUUUACAGUGGGAGGCUUGCUGGAAGCUACUGAAUACGAAUUCAGAGUUUUUGCAGAAAAUGAAACCGGAAUCAGCAGGCCACGUAGAACAGCAAUGACUGUGAAGACAAAACUGACAUCUGGAGAAGCACCAGGAAUAAGACAAGAAAUAAAAGAUGUCACUACAAACCUAGGGGAGCCAGGUCAGUUAUCAUGCCAGAUUAUUGGGAGACCUCUUCCUGAUAUUAAAUGGUAUCGUUUUGGCAAAGAACUAGUACAGAGCCGAAAAUACAAGAUGUCGUCAGAUGGGCGCACCCAUACGCUGACUGUGCUGACAGAAGAGCAGGAAGAUGAAGGACUUUAUACCUGUAAGGCUAUCAAUGAUGUUGGAGAAAUUGAAACGAGUGGCAAGCUCUUACUGCAUGCUCCUCCACAAUUCCACCCUGGCUUCCCCUUGAAAGAGAAGUAUCGUGCAGGUGUGGGUUCCACUCUCCGCCUCCACGUUUUAUACAUUGGUCGUCCAGUGCCUGCUAUUACUUGGUUCCAUGAGAAGAAACUAUUAAAGAAUACCGAAACUAUUACAAUUGAGAACACAGAGCAUUACACCCACCUUGUCAUUAAAAAUGUACAACACAAGACACACGCUGGAAAGUACAAAGUACAACUCAGUAACAUUUUUGGAAGUGUUGACACUGUACUCAAUGUGGAAAUACAAGAUAAGCCAGAUAAACCGGUAGGACCGAUUGUGGUGGAAGCUAUGCUGAAGAACUCUGUAGUGAUCAGCUGGAAGCCACCUGAAGAUGAUGGCGGUGCCUUAGUUACAAAUUACAUUGUCGAGAAGAGAGAAGCAAAAGAAGGUGCCGAGUGGCAACUGGUGUCAUCAAGUAUAGCUAGCACCACCUGUAGAAUUGUUAACCUGACUGAAAAUGCAGGAUAUUAUUUCCGGGUCUUUGCGCAGAAUGUAUUUGGCAUCAGCGAAGCAUUAGAGGUUUCCUCCGUUGUUAUAAUCAAGACACCUUUUGAAAAACCAGGACAGCCACCUCAGCCAACUGUAUCUGCUGUUACAAAGGAUUCCUGUGUUGUCUCUUGGAGGCCACCUACAAGCGAUGGAGGCUCAAAGAUUAGAAGUUACUACCUUGAGAAGCGGGAAAAGAAGCAGAACAAAUGGAUUGCUAUAACAACAGAAGAAAUCCAUGAAACUGUCUAUUCUGUCACAGGCCUUAUUGAAGGCCUGGAAUAUGAGUUCCGUGUAAAAUGUGUAAAUCUAGGUGGUGAGAGUGAAUGGAGUGAAAUUUCACAACCAAUCACUCCCAGGUCUGAUAUACCAAUUCAGGCACCACAUUUCAAAGAAGAGAUCAGAAAUCUGAACGUGAAAUUUAGAGGUCAUGCCACAUUUGUUUGCAAGGUCACUGGUCACCCUAAGCCUGUCGUAAAAUGGUUCAGACAGGGCAAGGAGAUUAUGCCAGAUGGUGAAAAGGUGAAGAUACAAGAAUUUAAGGGAGGCUAUCAUCAACUGGUGAUUACAAAUGUAACAGAUGACGAUGCUACUGUGUAUCAAGUGAGAGCAACCAACCAGGGAGGAUCUGUUUCCGGAACUGCCUCCUUGGAUGUUGAAGUUCCUGCUAAGAUCCACUUACCUAAAAAUCUUGAAGGCAUGGGAGCUGUUCAUGCACUCCGUGGUGAAGUUAUUAGCAUCAAAAUUCCAUUCAGCGGCAAGCCUGAUCCAGUGAUCACAUGGCAGAAAGGGCAAGAUCUCAUUGAUACUAAUGGACAUUACCAAGUUAUUGUUACACGGUCCUUCACAUCUCUUGUUUUCCCUAAUGGUGUGGACAGAAAAGAUGCAGGCUUCUACAUUGUCUGUGCUAAGAACAGAUUUGGCAUUGAUCAGAAAACUGUUGAAUUAGAUGUGGCUGAUGUACCUGAUGCACCAAGAGGAUUGAAAGCAAGUGAGGUUUCAAGGGAUUCUGUCAACUUAACAUGGAAUGCUCCAGCCAGUGAUGGUGGAAGUAGAGUCACCCACUAUACUAUUGAGAAACGUGCUACCACAGCUGAAAGAUGGAUUCGUGUUGGCCAAGCUCGUGAUACACGAUACACCGUGGUAAACCUGUUUGGUAAGACAAGCUAUGUCUUCCAUGUUAUAGCAGAAAAUAAGUUUGGGCAGAGUCAGCCAUCUGAACCAACAGACGCUGUUAUAACCAAAGAAGAUAAGACAAGAGUAUUUAAUUAUGAUGAAGAAGUUGAUGAGGCCAGAGAAGUCACCACAGCAAAGGCAGCUCAUUCUUCUACAAAGGAACUGUAUGAUAGAUAUAUGAUUGCUGAAGAACUCAGCCGUGGGCAAUUUGGAAUUGUCCACCGGUGCGUUGAGAUUGCUUCCAAGAAGACUUACCUGGCUAAGUUUGUCAAAGUUAAAGGUGCUGAUCAAGUGCUAGUAAAGAAAGAAAUUUCUAUCUUAAACAUUGCUAGGCACAGAAAUAUUUUACAUCUUCAUGAAUCAUUCGAAAGCCUAGAAGAGUUGAUCAUGAUCUCUGAAUUCAUAUCUGGACUUGACAUCUUUGAAAGAUUGAAUACUCCUGGUUUUGAACUUAAUGAAAGAGAAAUUGUAAGCUAUGUACGCCAAGUAUGUGAAGCUCUGGAAUUUCUACACAGUCACAGCAUUGGAAACUUUGAUAUCAGGCCUGAGAACAUUAUUUAUUUCACAAGAAAAAGUUCUAUAGUUAAACUUAUUGAAUUUGGUCAGGCAAGACAACUGAAACCUGGUGAUAAUUUCAGGCUUCAAUUUACCUCUCCUGAAUAUUAUGGCCCUGAAGUCCAUCAGCAUGAUUUGGUUAGCACAGCCACAGAUAUGUGGUCUCUUGGAACUCUAGUGUAUGUACUUCUAAGUGGCCUGAAUCCUUUCCUUGCUGAAACAAACCAACAGAUGGUUGAAAACAUCAUCAGUGCUGAAUACAACUUUGAUGAUGAAGCCUUCAAAGAUAUAAGUAUUGAGGCCUUGGACUUCAUUGACCGCCUACUAGUAAAAGAAAGAAAAUCUCGUAUGACUGCUACCGAAGCUCUUAACCAUCCAUGGUUGAAGCAGAGAACAGAGAAAACCAGCACUAAAGUAAUCAAAACACUAAGACACAGACGUUACUACCAAACGCUGGUGAAGAAGGAAUGGAGUAUAGUUGUAUCAGCUGCCCGCGUUUCAUGGGGCGGUGCUGUCAGAUCUCAGAAGGGAGUUACAGUUGCUAAAGUUAAAGUGGCAUCAAUUGAAAUUGGACCCAUUUCUGGGCAAAUAAUGCAUGCUGUUGGGGAAGAAGGUGGACAUAUCAAAUAUGUCUGCAAAAUUGAAAACUAUGACUCAGCCACACAAGUGAACUGGUAUUUUGGAGUAAGACAACUAGAAAACAGUGAAAAAUAUGAAAUCAGCUAUCAUGAAGGUGUGGCUACAAUGUAUGUCAAAGAUAUUGUUAAAACAGAUGAUGGUACCUAUAGAUGCAAAGUUGUAAACGACUACGGGGAAGACAGUUCCUAUGCAGAAUUAUUUGUUAAAGGUGUCAGAGAAGUUUCUGACUAUUACAGAUAUAGAACUGUCAAGAGAGUGAAGCGCCGAGUGGAUACCUUGCGACUUUUGGAGAAGCCACCAGAAUUUACUUUGCCCCUGUAUAACCGAACUGCCUAUGUUGGUGAAAAUGUCCGGUUUGGAGUAACUAUAACAGUUCACCCAGAACCUCGUGUAACCUGGUUCAAAUCAGGCCAGAAAAUCAAGCCAGGAGACGAUGAUAGGAAGUACACCUUUGAAACAGAUAAAGGCCUUUAUCAACUUCUAAUCCAUAAUGUUAAUGAGGAGGAUGAUGCCGAAUAUACUGUGCUGGCACGUAACAAAUAUGGUGAGGAUAGCUGCAAAGCUAAACUAACCGUGGUUCAGCAUGCUCCUGCAGAGGAUACCACUCUGAGACCUAUGUUCAAAAGGCUGUUGGCAAACGCAGAAUGUCAAGAAGGCCAACGGGUCUGCUUUGAGGUAAGAGUGUCUGGUAUACCAAAACCAACACUGAAGUGGGAAAAAGAUGGUCAGCCUCUCUCGGCUAGUCCCAAUAUUGAAAUUGUACAUGAAGGAUUAGAUUAUUACGCUUUGCAUAUAAGAGAUACUUUGCCGGAAGACAGUGGCUAUUACAGAGUUACUGCUACAAACAGUGCUGGUUCUACAAGCUGCCAGGCUUACUUGAAAGUAGAGCGCUUGAAAUACGUCAAGCGUGAAUAUACGUCUGAAGAGGAGAAGCGAAAAAUUGUACAGAGAAGAAUUGACAAGACUGUGAGAAUGGCAGAAAUUCUUUCGAGGACAGAAUCUGUUCCGCUGACACAAGCAGCACAGGAGGCUCUGAGAGAGGCUGCCAUUCUGUAUAAACCAGCUGUAAGCACAAAAACCGUCAAAGGUGAAUUUGAAUUGAGGGAGGAGGAAAUUAAAGAGGAAAAGAGACUCCGAAUGCCUUAUGUGAUCCCAGAGCCCCGCAGGCAUGCGGCCGCUGCUCUUGAAGAAGAUCAGAACAUCAAAUUAUUUGUGCCCAUGUCAGACAUGAAAUGGUACAAGAAACUGAGAGACCAGUAUGAAAUGCCAGGAAAACUUGACAGGAUUGUUCAGAAGCGUCCCAAGCGCAUUCGUCUUUCCAGAUGGGAACAAUUCUAUGUAAUGCCACUGCCACGCAUUUCUGAUCAAUAUAAACCUAAGUGGCGCAUACCUAAAUUGUCACAAGACGACCUUGAAAUAGUGAGACCAGCACGUCGCCGUACACCAUCUCCUGAUUAUGAGUUUUAUUACAGGCCAAGAAGGAGAUCACUUAGUGACCUGUCUGAUGAAGAACUACUUCUGCCUGUUGAUGAUUAUUUAGCCAUGAAGAGAACUGAAGAAGAAAGACUGCAACUUGAAGAAGAACUGGAGUUAGGGUUUUCUGCUUCACCUCCAAGCAGAAGCCCUCCACGCUUUGAGCUGUCCUCCCUGCAUUACUCUGCAGCAGAUGCACGAAGAGCUGCAGAAAUAUCUAGGGAAAGGGAGUUGAGAUAUGCAACUUAUCAUAUACCAACUAAAGAAGACACAGCUGCAACUUAUGCACAGCUUCGACAACGUCAUGACAGAGCAGUGUAUAGGCCACCUAAACAAAGGGAGAGAAUAAUGGCUGAGAAAGAAGAUGAAGAACUCCUACGACCAGUUACUACCAGGCAGCGGCUCUCUGAAUACAAGAGUGAACUGGAAUAUAUGUCACAAGAAGAAAAGAGAUGGCUGAGGAGAAGGAGAGAAAAAGAAAUAACUGAGAUCACAUCAAGAGAGGAAGAAGAGGAAAUAGAAGUGGUGAGACACGUUGAAAGGGAAUAUUCACCUCCUUCGAGGUUACUCAGAAGAAGACGCUCUCUUUCUCCAACUUAUAUUGAACUGAUGCGGCCUGUGUCGGAAUUAAUUCGGCCCCGUUCACAUCCUGUGGAAGAACCUGAGAGAAGAUCUCCCACGCCAGAAAGAACUCGCCCACGUUCACCAAGUCCAGUAUCCAGUGAGAGAUCUCUCUCUAGAUUUGAAAGGACGGCAAGAUUUGAUAUAUUUUCCAGGUAUGAGUCCAUGAAAGCUGCUUUGAAAACUCAAAAAACAAUGGAAAGGAAAUAUGAAGUUCUGACUCAAGAACCUUUCACUCUAGAUCAUACUCCACGCAUCACUCUGCGAAUGCGCUCACAUCGUGUACCGUGUGGCGCCAACACCAGAUUUAUUCUGAAUGUUCAGUCCAAGCCAACUGCUGAGGUGAAAUGGUAUCACAAUGGUGUUGAAAUCCAAGAGAGCCCCAAGAUUCAUUUCACGAACACUAGUGGUGUAUUGACCUUGGAGAUCUUUGAUUGCCAUAUUGAUGACAGUGGCACAUACCGUGUUGUGUGCACAAACUAUAAAGGAGAAUGUUCUGACUAUGCAACAUUAGAUGUUGCAGGCGGAGACUAUACUACAUAUAGUUCCCAGCGCGGAGAUGAGGAAGUUCCUAGAACUGUUAUUCCUGAUCUGACAAGGACUGAUACGUAUGCAAUCUCUUCAUUUAAGAAAAUUUCUGCGACAGAAGCAAGCUCCUCAGUAAGAGAAGUCAAGUCAGAACUGACAGCAACAAGGGAGUCAUUAUCAUCAUAUGAACGUCAUGCUUCUGCUGAAAAGAAAAUCAGUGCAUCAGAGGAAAAAUCACUAGAAGAAAAAGCUGCGCACCGGAAAUUUAAAACCACUCUGCCUGCUACAAUAUUAACAAAGCCCCGGUCAAUCACUGUUUCUGAAGGAGAGACUGCAAGAUUUUCUUGCGACACUGAUGGCGAGCCAACACCAACAGUGACAUGGAUGCGUGGUGCGCAAGCACUUGUUUCUUCUGGGCGUUAUCAAGUAACACGCACUCAGUAUAAGUCUAUAUUUGAGAUUUCAUCUGUCCAGAGUUCAGAUGAAGGCAGCUAUACUGUUGUGGUAGAAAAUUCUGAAGGAAGGCAGGAAGCACACUUUAGUUUAACUGUUCAAAGAAAAAAGGUUCCAGAAAAAGCAGUUACAUCACCUCCAAGGGUCAAGUCUCCUGAACCUCGUGUGAAAUCCCCAGACAGAGUAAAGUCUCCAAAGCGAGUAAAGUCCCCUGAACCAUCUCCUGCCCCCUCCAAAGCAAAAUCAACUGCUGCAGAGAAAACGACACCAGCUGAGAAAGUAGACUUGCCAGUUGCUGCCCCCCCCAAGAUAAAACAACAACUGAAAGCUGAUGUUUCUGGUGAUAAAGUAAAACUGUUCUGUUCAGUUGAAAGCAGUGUGUUAAGUGUUCGAGAAGUAUCCUGGUAUAAAGAUGGCAAGAAAUUAAAAGAAGAUGAUCGUUUCAAAUUUCAUUAUGCAGCUGAUGGAACUUACGAACUUAACAUCCAUAACCUUCAGGAAUCUGACCAGGGUGAAUAUACAUGUGAAAUUAUUGGGGAAGGUGGCUCUUCCAAAACUAGCUUGGUGUUCACUGGACAAGCAUUCAAAAAUAUGAUUUCUCAGGUAUCAAGCUUAGCCAAAACGCAAAAGCUGGUUCAGAAAGAAGCAGAAGUACUUGAAUUAUCUACUGAAAAGAAAGCUACAGUGACUUCUCAAGAAAAGGCAAUAGUCCAAGAAGAAAUUGUUAAGAAGUCUCUAGUACCUGAAGAUAUUAAAAUAACUUAUCCAGAAAUUAAAGCUACUACCACCAAAAUGUCAGUGGCUGAAGGUCAAAGAACUAUUCUCAAAGCCAAUAUUCCCAGUGCUUCUGAGGUAAAAUGGCUGCUAAAUGGAGUAGCACUAACUAACUCGGAAGAUUAUAGAUACGGUGUAUCUGGAAGUGAUCAUACUUUGACCAUUAACAAGGCUACCCAGAAAGAUGAAGGAAUACUUACAUGUGAAGGGAAAACAGAAGAUGGUAUCAUCAAAUGUCACUUUGAAAUGAAUGUUUCCAAAGAUCUUUCAAAUGCCCCAGCCUUCGUCAUGCAACCAAGAUCUCAAAAUGUUAAUGAAGGACAAGGUGUGCUGCUUACCUGUGAAGUCUCUGGAGAUCCUUCUCCUGAGAUCCACUGGUUUAAAGACAAUCAACCCAUUGCUCUCUCAUCCAACAUCCAAGUAAAUCGUUCCAAGAAUGUUUAUUCUCUUGCGAUUCAAAACGCUGCAGUGAGCGAUAGUGGAAAAUACACAGUCAAAGCAAAAAAUUUCCAUGGGCAAUGCUCUGCAACAGCAUCCUUGACUGUCCUUCCUCUAAUUGAAGAAUCUCCAAAAGAGGUAGUGUUGAGGACAAGUGGUGAAGCAAGCAUGCAGGAAGGUUUCUCUUCGCAGUCAUUUCAAAUGUCCGCUUCUAAACAAGAAGCUUCGUUCAGCAGUAGCAGUAUGACUGAAAUGAAAUUUGCAAGCAUGUCUGCCAAAAGCAUGUCUUCCAUGAAAGAGUCCUUUGUAGAGAUGAGCUCCAGCAGUAUAAUGGGGAAAUCUAGUCUGACCCAAAUGGAGAGUUCAACUAGUAGCAUGCUUAAGUCUGAUAUGAGAGGAACACCUCCCAAAAUUGAAGCUCUUCCAAGUGAUAUCUCCAUAGAGGAAGGAAAGGUUCUGACCAUCUCCUGUGCCUUCUCUGGUGAACCUACUCCCGAAAUAACUUGGUCCCGCAGAGGGCAAAAUAUUUCUAGUCAGGGUGGCAGAUUCCACAUUGAAACCUGUGAAGAUUUAACCACUUUUAUCAUAAUGGAUGUUCAGAAGAAUGACGAGGGCCUUUAUACUCUGAAUUUAGAAAAUGACUUUGGCAUUGACUCUGCCACUGUGAACAUUAACAUCCGAUCAAUGUAGAAAGCAUGAUUAUUUUCUUUGCACUUGACUUCUGGCAAGUGACUCGUAUGGACUGAAAUAACUGAUUUGUAAAUAUAUAGUUUUUAAAAUAGUAUUUUUAUACCUUCCUGAACAAGACAAGGUCCUAGAAAUUACACUAUGACUUAAAGUCAUCAUUAUUUGACUUUAAAACUUUUUUUUCAUUUGACAUGUACAUACUGUAUAUAGCCGAUGAUAACGGUUAUGGAGUUUUGUACCAUUUAUUUUAUGACAUUUGAAAAUGUAACUUUUGGAACCGUUGGUAGGAGAAAGUUUCUGAUGGAACGAAUACCCUGCUCAACAUUGAACUAAUAUUGGUGCCUCAACAAAACGUUGAUGUCUAAGAUUGCCUCAACAGGUAGAGAGGCUCCCUGUUGAAGACUCCUUUCCUGACACCUAAGAGAUUAUGCUGUGCACGUUUCAUGCGUGCAUGAAUUUAUUUGCUAUCAGAAACAUAAGCCAUUGGUGAGGUUUGCAUUUACCCUCCUGUAAGCCCCACUGUAAUAGCUUAUGUUGUAUCUGAUCAAAGUCAAACUUUCAUUUGCUCAUGACUGAUUUACCAUAGAUCGAACAAAAUGUCAGCGGCCAGCAUUUUGUUCAUCGCCUCUUUAUGCAUUGUUUCUGGACAAUGACUGCCUGAACAGCUUUACGAUAAAGUAACAUCACCUGGCUAUCCCGUUGUUGAACGAAGCUGUUUGGGGACUCACGUGCAGAAGCAGUGCCAGCUCUUGGAGGUUCCUUGGAUGCAGUGCUGUGUAAUAGUGUUAGCAUUUUGGUAGAUGAUAAUGUCAACUCCAGGCAACUAAGGUUUGAACCACAGUUUAAGGAAAAUUUAAACUGUUGCUAUAACAUCACACUUUGCCCUGAACGUAAAUUUAGUUUUAGUUUCAUAGGUAGUAAACUAUUAGUAAGCUGUUAGCUGUUUUACUGAACCUCCUUGAGAUAGUGUUCUUCAUUUUAAAUAAAGCAUGCCACCUGCACAUCACCA